AUGGCAUUUUUGCACGCCGUCGAAAUACUUCAAGUAGGUACCUAUUAUACCUAUAAUAAUAAAACGAUAACAAUAUAUUUAUGAGCGGAUAAUGAAUAUAUUAUAAUUUUAUGCAUUACUUCACUCUCCUUCAAAAAUAAAAAAAAAUAAUAAUAAAAAGCUGAUCUGGAGACGGGUAUGCUACUGUUGUAGGUAAGGAAUUUGGAAGGUAGGAACAUAAAGUUAUUUAAUGUAUAUCUGUAAACAACCAUAAACGAAUGCUUAUAAAACACGGUUCGGAACGAAACCUGGAACUUUAUAUUAAAACCCUUAUAGAAAAAAAAAAGUAUUAAGUAUGAUUUUUUUUUUUCGAUCACUAAGUACGACUUAUAAUGAACCUCUUAUCUAAUUUUCAAACAUUUCUAGCCGUUUAGCCAAAUAAUUGUAUCCACAAAUUAUCUACCAAAUAAAAAUUACGUACAAAUUCGCAAAAUCGAAAUGUCUAUAAAUACUAUUUGCAUUUGUUUUACCUUCAAAAGUAUGAGAUUACACAUACUUUAUAAAACAAAAUGAUUCAAAUUUCAAUUAACCUCGAACCGGUCAGUAAAAUGAUUUACGUAUCUAAAAUAUUAUUAUAAUUAAUCGCGUACACUUAUAUGACUAGACGGAUAAUUACACUUACAAAUCAUUCAGUAUAAUAUUAUAAUACUUGGCGAUGGCCCGAGGCUGGAAAAAUCAUUUGGCCUAAUAAUUUUAUCUGUCCAUAUCUCUUUCUUUAUAGAUUUUCCUAUUUCUAACUCUCAUUCACUUCCACUAAUAAAAAAUAUUGUACUCACCCGUGUGAGUAUACAAAUAAGUAUCAAUUAGUGUUUUAUUUUCAUAUAUCACGUGCAAUUAGUACAAAAUAAAACUAUUAUGUAAUACAUUUAUCUACAUUAUUUCGGUGCCAAUAAAUAAUAAUCCUAGUAAACGGAAAUAAUAUUAUGUCGCGCCCGUUGGGCUUAGCCAAUAAUCGCGGUAAUUUUUCAUUCGUAUAGGGACGUUAUAAUACGUAGCCCAUAAUUUAUCAUUUCCGACCUAAUUAAAUAAAUCAAUUUUUUUUUCCGAAAAUUAUUUAUUUCCAACUCUUAAUAACACAAUCAAUAUUUGGUAAUAAUUGGUAAAAUUUAGUCACCCUACUCGUAUAGUUACAAGUUUUACAAUUCAAUUCAAUUUUAAUUUAUUUUGACGUAUUUCAUUUAAUAUUUUGCUUUUUUUUUUAUUAAACUGUUUCAUUUAAUCUAUGGUAUAAUUAUUGUAGGUAUAUAAACUAUAUAUGUAUAUACAAUACAAAUUCAUUUGAAUAAUAUUUUAUUAUCAUUAAAAUACCAAAUUUCCACGGACGUAAUUUAUUUUGAAUUUGGUUCCCUAACUGUAAGUAAAAACAAAAUCGACCAUAUAAUAUUAUUACCUAUUUACGUUUGGAUGAUUAAAAAAAACAUAAUAUUUUGAAUUAAGCAUUAAUUUAUAAAGCGAUUCGUUUUGUGUGAAACUUUUCACUGAUAAUACAAAAUAUAGAUAAUAUUAUAAUACAGUUUAAUUAGAUUUUAAGUUCCCGAAGUGAAUCCUAUAAUGUUGAUUUAUUUUCAUACAAUGCACAAUAUAUAAAAGUAUAUUAAAUUAUCACAUCGAAAAGUAUUGUUGAGACGUUUAUUUUCUCGAGCGAUUAGAACCGUAUAUUAAUUUUAUUUAUUUUUUUCUGCCCCUUAAAAAACACGGACAUAUCGUCAUCCACAAGACAAUGGUAAUUUAUGGUGAUCAAAUCCAUACGAUUAAUUGGACUAUAUGAUGGGGAAAAAAGCUUAAUUGACUAUAUGAAUUCAUUUGAAUUUGAAUAUGUGAUUUAUCAUACUUUUUUUCAUUAUUUUUUGCAGUAGUGAUAUUAUUAUCAUUUUUUUUUUUUUUUUUUUUUUUUUUUUUUUCGUUUGCAAUCGGUUCAAAAUAAUGACAUUUGCCUUUUUGACACUUAUCCUCGACGGGUCCGUUCCAACACGCCCCUCAACGCAGGACGAUAAUAAUAAUACCAUAGUCUUUUAUUUGUAUCCCGUUUCAUCCUUAGGACCGUAGAUACCUAUACGUCGACGACAAAGAAUAUAAUAAUAAAUGGGGACCUUUAUAGGAAGGAAUACGAUAUUCUUAAGGGGGUGGCCAUUAUGUUUUGGGAAGUAUAGUGUAAUAUGCGAGCAAUAAUAUUCAGUGCCACUUGAAGUAACACACGAGACACGUCCGGCGUCCCGGCGUCAAGAAAUAGAACCAAUAGUUUUAUCCACACACAAAAUAAAGAUAGUGAUAAAAGAAUUAUCCGAGAUAAAGAUAGAAAAUAAUUUUCAACCAUAUCACUAUUAGAAGGAAGUUGUUGACAACGAAUAAUUUAAUCGAUUUAAACCUAAAAGCCACACAGAACUUAAUAGAAAUUGCGUUUGACGAAUUUCUAUUUUAUUUUCCAUUUUUGGUUAUAUCAACAGUAAUAAGUAUUGAAUAAUAAUUAUUAUACAUGAAAAAACAAUUUCUAGGCAUGUAUUGUUUAUUUAAUUAUAUUUCUUAUACAAAUAAUAAUUCUAUUUUUGUUGUAUUUUUACCAAAUUGCAAAGCUUAAAUUUAGUGUAGACUAGUAUAAAAUUUACAUAUUUUGCAUCCUCCAUCACCAAAAAAAAAAAAAUAAAAAAAAAAUACCUUGAUACCUUAAUAAAAAAUAAAUAAAAAAAUACCUUUAUAAAGCUUUGAUAUAUCUUAAAUUCUGAGCGAAUGCAAGGAAUGUAUUGGGUUUUGCAAUGAUUUUUAUUUUAAAAAAGAAAAUGUUUUUAUUUAUUUUGUAUACAAAAUUUCAAUCAGAAAUCUUCCUCCAAUUUUCAAGUGUAGUUUGUUUUCUGUAAGGAAAUUUUAUCUGAGAGAUACUUUAAGGAAGUCAUUUUUUUGAUUUUCCAAGUGGUUUUCAUAAUAAUUGGGAAGAUUCGAAAAAACGAGAAUAUUUACGAAAUAAUGUUUUAUUAUGUUUAUGUUCAUUUGUUUGUUGUUUUAAUCCAGUUAAAAAAUAUUCGUAGAGGCUUGAAUUUUGACAGCAAACUUAUGUUAUAUUUGACUUUUCUAGACAGUAACAUUUUCAAAAUAGUUUUAUCAUUUUUGAGCUAUUAAUAGACAUUUUAAUUUUGCUAGUUUUUAUUACGUAGGUACUCUAUGAAUAAAAUUGUAAGUCCAAAUAGAAAUGAUUGAAAAUUUAACACGAAGCUCAUUAUUAGACGUUAUUAGUGGUAAAAAAAAAACCUUAGUACCCACAAAUGUAAAGUUUUUUUUUUAUAAGAAUUUGUAUAUCAUAUUUUGACAAAAAUGUUCGUAAACAGGCUAACCUAUUGCAAAGAGCCUAGUCUUUUCGCAAAAUGACUCAUUUUCCAUAUGGCCUACGACAUAAACAUUAUACAUAAUGUAUUAAAAAUAUUUAAGAUGAUAAAGAUAAAGAAUUUAAGUUUUAUUUAAAUAAAAAGUAAAAGAUAGUUCCUAUCGUUUUUCCCAGAUUAUAUUUUAGUUAAUUGUGCCUGUCUACAUAAUCCCAAUUAUGUUAAAUCGACAUUUCACUGGACCAAUUGGAACAACUAUGUAUAAUUUUGCUGCGAUAUUUUAUUUAUUAAAACCGAAAAGUUUUUAGUUUUGGAGUUAGCGAUUUCGUUUGGUACAUACGCGGCGCGUAUUAUGCAUAGUCAAACGAUUAAAUUAACAGUACUAUGUGCGACCCCAUCGGCCGCAACGUCGUUGUUUCACGAAUAAAAAAUGCGUUGAAAUAAUACGACGACGACCAGUACACUAUACGUUCGGAUACAAUCAGUAAAAAAAAUUUAAAAAACCCCCACUAAAAACAGUUCAUUAAAAUAAAUAAAAGAGGUUUUGUUUUUAUUUGUCUUACGAGUUGAACGAGUCCGAGUUGAACUCGUACCAAAAAAACGUCCAACGAAUUCCACGUCGUAAAUGAAUAUUCAUAUUUUUGUUCUAGUUUCGGCGGAUUCGAGCUUGUCGCAGCAAAAUGUACAACCGGCGUCACAAAAAGGUCCGCCUAUACAAAGACCGCUUUUUGACGACAUUUCACCUCACAAUGUGACGGCUGUUGUCGGACAAACGGCCAUUCUCCAUUGCAGGGUCAAGCAUGUAUCUGACAGAACGGUAAAUAAAUAAUUAUACGUUUUUUUUUUUUUUUCGAUAUGAAUAGAAUAAAUAUAUACUGCACAGAUGUGUAUUUGAAAACUGGGACUGAAUUUGUCUUAUUUUUUUGGUUUGAUGUGCUCGUACUUAUUAUAUAAUACCUAUUUAUAAUUUGAUUGUAAUUUAGAUACUCAGUCGGAAUAUCAUUUCAUUUUUUUGUGGUAUACUUUUAUCACGGUAAUUUACUUAUUUUAUUUUAUUCGAUAUAAUAAUAAUACAAAAUAGUAUGAUUUAAAAAAAAAAUAUUACAUUUACAAAAAUAAAAUUUAUAUUGCCUAGCGUAUAUUUUAGACGAGUUAACUAUAUUGUAACAACUAGGGCUUAGAAUAUAAUGCUAUAUAAAACCCUAAAACAUGAUUUUAUAGUCUGAAAUUUCUAAAUAUUAGACUAAAAAAGAAAGUUUUUAUUUUUAAUGAGUUUGGUAUAAAUUAUAUUAUGCAUAUAAAUUUAAAAAAAUUUAUACAGACAGAACUGGAUAUCAUCGACUUGGGAUUUCUUGUAAUCUGGAAAAAGUCGAAUACUCGAGUAAAGUUAUAUACUCGAUUUUAUUUGAAUACCAAAAAAAAAAUUAGCAAACUACUCGACCAACUAAAAAUUAAAUAUAAAUACCAUAAUAUAUAAUAUAAGUGUUACAAUAAAAAUCUAUAUUUCUAAAUUAAAAUCGCCAACAUGGUAAUUUUAUUGGAAAUAUCUAAGAUUAAAGAUAUGUGAGAUAUUGGUAACUUAUACCUAGAUAUUAUGUUCAUUUUUAAAAUAAAAUAGUAGAUUAUAUACGAGUCAAUUAAAGUACUCGACAAACUCUAUACAUAACUAUUGUCCGAUAAUAUCAUACGAGUUCCUAUUUUAUAAUUUGUUGGACAUAUUAAAUUCAUGUCAGUAUGUUAGAAAUCUGAAAACCAAAUUUGUAACUCAAAGUUUGUAUCGAAAAACGUCAAAAUCAGUCGAAAAAUGGUCAGUAAUAUUAUUUUGAAUGACUCCAACCUCUAUAUUAAGACAAUGAUUAUUAGGUUCUUUAACAAAUAUAUGAUCUAUACAUGAAUGUUUAUGAACAGUAGGUGUUUUGGUGUAUACGUUUAUAUACGAUUUGAAAUCGUGUUCAGAAAAAAUAUUUAAGUAAUCAUUAUCAAUGAAGUCCGUACCUAUAAUAUUGGAUAUAGUAAUAAAAAAUAAAUAUCUCCGGCGCCGUUCACGUUACAAUAUUUGUACAGUGAGUAUAAUAUUAUGUACGAUAAACCCUUUAUAUAAUAGAGACAUUUUUAAACAUAUACCUACCGACUCUAAUAAUGGUACUUGAACAUUUCACCCUCUUAAUAGUGAGCACAUAUAAUGUAUCGUCGGAUCAAUUUUCGUGUCCCGUAAGUGUCCGUUAUGCACAAUUGUCUAUCUUGGGUAUUAGAUUUAACAACAAUGUUAUAUUCACGAGUUAGCCUAUGAAAAUCAUUUCCAUAAACCUAUAUUAACUAUAAGUAGAACGCACCCAUUUAUCUGAUAAGAAAAAAAUUGUACACGUGAAAAAAAAAUAGUUAUGUCUAGUUGUUUCAAUGAUAUGAUUUCAUUAAUACAGUUGAUACAGUUUCAUUAAUUUUAAAUAAGAAUACCAUAGCGAUAAUAUGAUUUAAUUUUACGGUAUGAUAUUAUUAUUUAUGAUUAAUGCUUUUCACGGGGAAAAGAAAAAAAACACACGGAAAACCUCUGGUUUUUGUCCCAGAUAAACCUUUUUCCUUAUUAAGAUUAAUUUUUUGUUUUAUCGGUGUCCACCACGAACCAAGAUAUACAGGACUAAAAACAACCAACUGCCAAAAAAGUUUUAAGUAAUGCGGGGUGCGUGGUUAUUUUCCCUUUAUUGUACCCCUGCGCUGUCUUUGCAGAUGAUUUUGAAACUAGCAUACUUAACUAGUACAUAUUUAGUUCAAAAGCACAUAAAGUAAAUGAUGUCUCUAUAGCCCGCAUUACAUAUUACUUUUUUUCUAUCCACGAUAUUAGUACUCGUUUUCUUAUCAUAGUACUUACUGUCCAGUAGGUGGUUAUUAAUAAACCUAUGGCAAUUUUGGUGUAAUGUCACUGCGCUUCUCAUACGAAUUUCUGUUUUUCAAUAUAUAAUAUAAUAUACUCAGUCGUAAAUCCGUAGUCAAUCGAACGGGGCAUCAUUUUUCUCUCGCCUUUUAUUGCUGUACUAGAAUAAUUAUAGUAGCUCUUGGUCACAAAUCAAUUUUACGGCUUACGAAUUAGCAAAUAAAUUUCACCUGUCACUUUGACGAGUCUAUAUUAUAAUAUCAUUUGUGAAAUCGAUAAAUCAACAGGUACCGCCUAGCCCGCGGCCGUAUUUCUCAGUCAACAUAAUAUAAUAUUAAAACAUCGCUGGCGUACAAUUGCAAUAUAAUAACGGUAGCAUUUCAAAAAAAAAAAAAAUCGUACUCGAAUUUUUUAAUUUAAGCAAAAAUCACGUCAUCUCUAACGGAAAAAAAAACAUAAUAAUAAUAAAUGUAUCUAAUUUAAAUUCGCUGGAUAUUGUUAAAUUCGCUGACAUGACGUAUAUAUAUUUAGAAUACGAAAAAAAUCAAUAUUUUAAUCAUUGUAGAGUGGUUCCUUGACGUUUAAACGAAACGUUAAAAAAUACAAAUACCGUCGAAAGAGGUCUCAUGUUUUAAGAAAUCUAUUCGAGGCAGAAUUUUUCCAGAACCGUUGAAAAUACUACAACGGUAUAGAGAUGUAUAUAAAAUGCGCAUAUAUUCGUCACCUUGCAAACGACUGCACCAGCAAAUUUCGAGAUCUUGUGUACGGAUAAGUGGAUGUUAAUAUGUUUGCGUAUUAAAGAAAUAACUCAGAUUUAUUUUAGAAUAUUAUAAUAUAUUGCAUAAAAGACACAAAAUAUACUCGUAUUAGUUUUCAUAAAAAUGCGAUUUAGAUUAUAUAUAAAUAAAUAAGCGUAUUAUCCGCCGAAAUUACAAAAACUGGCCCGUAAAAGAAAUUUAAAAUUUUCGAGAGGGGUUUUAAAUUAAAUCAUCUAUCAUUAUUGUUACAAACCAAACUAGUUAUAACUUGUAAACAAUAAAUAAUACUUUUGGGCGAAUUUCAACAAACUACCGAAUUAUAUAUUAUUUUAUUUUGACAAUUUCGGGAGUUUGGAACUGUCACAGAAAACAUAUUAUCACAUUCUUGCCUUAUACUAUGAUUCAUGGUAGGGUGAAGAAGAUAGGUACAUCCGACUGAUCGUAAAAAUAUACACUAUAACAAUACAUAAUUAUUUUAACUUCUUAUAUUUAUUUAGUGAUUCAAACAUUUAAAUAUGCAGUAACUAUAAAAAUAUAGUAAACAUCACUAAAAAAACAAUUAUAUGAUAAUUAUAUCAUAGCUAUAUUUACUAUACUUUGUUCUACUAUAAUUUUUUAGCAAUUUUUUUUAUCCGUGUAGUCUCACACCCAUAAACUGAAGUUAGCUAUAAGAAUUUAAUUAUCCGAUAAAAGUCCAAGCUAAGGUAUCAGACACUUUGAAACUUAUGCAUAAUCGAUUGAAUCCCUAUUCAUUAAUUCCGGUGAACUUUAGGAGAUAGGGCGUGAGUAUAAGUAAUGAUUAUUUUUCAAAAUAACCGAGCUACUGCAUUUAACAAAUAAUGCAUAUUAUAUUUAAUCUAAAAAUCAUAGAAAAAUGCAGUACAAGUAAAUAGGCAUUUUAUGUUUUAUUUUUUUGAACAAAUCUGCCGAGAUUUCCUUUUCAGUGAUUUCGUUGAUUGAUCUUUUACUGAAGAGUUAUGAAAUUUAUUCCAACUCUAGUGAUGCUAUUUUAAGAAGAGCUGCAUUCAAAACUAUAUAGGGUAUGUAAAGCUAACAAAUAUAUGAUUUUUCACUUCUCAUUUUUACUCACAAAACAAAAACCUUAAAAAGAGGGACAUAUUUCGUACGUAGGUGGACCACUGUCAUAAGUGAGAAUUAGGGAAGGUAAAGAGGAAAUUUAAUGUAUAUCUGUACGCAACGAUUAACGAAAAAACGAUGCUGAGCAGAGGUCGGUUGAUAGUGUCGCUUUGUCAACAAAAUAUAUAUAUACAUGUGUUAAAUGAUAAAAUAAUACUACAGUAUUGUAUUUUUUUUUAUUUUUUAUUUUUUAAUAUUAUUGUACGUUGUUAUUUGUUUAGUUGAACGUACUAACCGUUUACUAAUUUAGUAAUACUUAUCGAAGCCUAGCUAUGAUAAAAUUAUUAUCGACGAUAACUUGUGGUGUAUAAUUUUAUUAUUCAUACCGUCGGUAGAUUUUCGAAAGUAUUAUGUUAAUUGCAACAAUGUCUGUUCAUUUUAUGAACAACUUAUGAAAAUGCUCUAAACACUAAGAAAAUACACUAAUAUCGUCAAAAACUUCUCUAAUAAUUCAUCAAAGGUCUAUUUUGUCAAAACAAAUGCAAAAUAAAAAUUACUUUAUAAUAGUAAGUAUCGCCCAAAACACAUUUUACACUUGCGGACCGACCUAUCGAAAAACCAAAAAAAAAGAUGCCUUUGCAUCAAAAUCCCAGCCCUAAUUAUGUAUUAUUGUUUAAUAUUUUAAUCUAAAAAUUAAAUAUUUAAAUUCCUAUGUAUUGAAUAAUGCACAUACAGAGAGAUUUAUUCUUAACCACAAAAAGGCAUUUCUGUUAUAGUUAUUUUUCCCGAAUUCCAAGUUAUUAUAUACCUACAAGAAAAAAAACCUAAAACUACUGCUCUCUCAUAAUGCGAAAAAAUAUCCCUUCGCUUUAUACAUUUUCCCACCGAAAUUUAGUUUAAAAAAAAAUUACAUAAAAAAUCCAAACUAAUACAGUAAUAUUACAUUUUAUUAAAUAUGUUUACGUCCUUCUGCAUUCAUGUCGAAUCGGUAGUUUUAUGAGGAGCAUAGGGGGAAGGAGAUAAAGAAAUUUUUAAAAUAUCUAAAACUGGGUCAAUUAUACUGCAUGCAAUAUUUUUCAACAGAAACAUAUCCGUGUUGUAAAUUAAAUUUUUUGAAAAAAAAAAGCUGUCAGAAAACGAUUUUCACAAAGACGGUAUAUUUACUAUAUAUUAUGUAUUAAUAUGUAUUUAUGUGUGUAUGUGUUUUGUGAAAUAAAAAAUAAAUAGGUUAUUCUAUGAGUUCAUGGAUGAACACGGAUGGACGCAUCGAACCACGAUUUAAAAUCGGUGCACGGAAAAUAAUCAUGUUUCUUCAUGAAUCUAAAUAAUCGAUAACAACAUUGAUAACUGUCCAAAAAGUGCCAACCUAAACUAUUAACAGAGUAUGAAUUCAUAAAAAAAAAUAUAGCUGUAGUUGAAAAACAUUUAAUGUGCAGACGAUAUUCCUGCACGAGAGGAGUAUACUAUAUUAUAAAUUAGCUUAUAUUACGUAUUCUGCACUUUUUGUAAAUGCACUUUCAUCACAAAACAUAUAGUUCGAAAUUCAACUGUCAGAACACCAAUUUUAUAUUUCGUACUGUGAUGGCAUCAACAAGAUUUCAGCGAAAUAACGAUAAACUCACCCGACUGCCAGGUAAAUUUUAUUAAAUACAAACAGCGUAUAGUGUAUACGUCUACAGUGACGUUUAUUUUUAUCCACGUCAGAUGAGUUAUAUACCGAGUCCGAAAGCGUCUAACACAAAUCUGCUUACAGUGGAAUUUCAUCUUCCCUCGUUCUAUAACAUCGCAGGCUACGGGAAUCGUCGUUGUCGUUCGUAUAAUGUCGUUUAAAAAGUACUUCUCCUCUCGGGUCCGCGUCCUCGAAACUUAAAUUUUACCUCAUGCGAAUAGAUGUGUAGGUGUACUUCUCAGGAUCCUCUAUAUUCCUUUUUUGGCCCACAUGCAUGCGUAUCACUUGAACUCUAUUACUAACUAUUUAUCGUGUUUGAAUGCCUGAAUCCUUUACCGGGAAAAGACGUCAUAAUAAUAAUAUUAAGCAAGACGUCCACAAUAGUUCCAUGUAGGUUAUAUUAAAUAUAACAGGAAAGAUCACUGUAAGCAAUUUACUCGACAGAUAAUGCGUAAAUUAUAAAUGAUAUUAAUUAUAUUACGAUCGUGCGCACCCUCAAACAACUGCUCUCUUCCGUGGUGACUUAAUAAUUGACGAUCCGAUUUGUUUGCGUUAAAAGAAAUAACGGAAAAUUAAUUUCAUAUUUAUAUUUUCCACAUUUCUAAACAUGAAACUUAAAAAAAAACCAUAUACAUUUGCAUGUUCAUUAAAAAAUCGAUAAAUUCGUGAAAAAAUGUGGAUGCGUAAGGGUCCUUAUACUUAAAACAUUUAUUAUUUUACAUUUUAUUUUCAUUUUUUGCACAUGAUUGAAUAUAAAUUAUUUGAAUUUUUAUUUUUCUACGGUACCUAUCAAGAAUUAAUCAACAAGUUAUAUGAAAUAAAACAUAUGUGACCAAGUAAAAAAUAACAGCUACCCUAAAGUACCUUCUAGUAUACCUUUACUUAUAGUUUUGUGAAUAUCUAAGUUUUAUUGUGAGUAAGCAAGUGUUUAACGUCAGAAAAUAAGCUGAAAACGUGUAUAUUUUGGAACCCUGAUGUUCAUUUAAAAAAACCCUAUUUUAUUCCAAGUUUAUCUUGCUGAAAUGAGUUACGAUUUUUGUGAAUAGUAAAUCUAGAACGAUUUCUAAAGUAAAAUAUAAUACUUAAAUGAUCAGAAUGUACUUUACUUCUUUGCUAUCCAAAAAAAUAAUAAAAAUCAUUAUAUAUCUCGUCUUAAUCAGGCCAUCUAGUUAAUAAUUAUUCCGGCGAAUGUUUCUCGUCUCUAUUUAGAUAUUUUAAAUUUUAAUCUUUAUACAACAUUGAACGUAACAAGCUCGGUUCGUUGUCGCGAGAAUACCUGGAAUAUUUCAAAUGGUAUUAAGUAUAUACGAAUGCUUAUUAUGUAAUAACAAAACAAAUAUUAAUGCGCUUUAUGUAAUAUAUUAUAUAAUAUCGAUUUUUCCGAAAAAAAAGUGUUUGAGAUAAAUAAAUUAAUGGGAAAUAUUGACGUUAAACGAUAUUGAAUGUUUGACGUUUCCGUUGCAAAUCCUCUUAUAUUUUGGCGAACGGUAGUCGUCGAUAUCUUUUAAUGCCUAUACCCGACUAUAUCGUUUUCAAUCAUUCCUCUAAUCCAGUCGAUCGGUAGUCUUUUGCACUACUCUGCCGCAAUGACAAAACGUUAGUUCGAUAUAAAAGAACCUCCGUUGGUUAAUGGCAUACGACACAAUGAAAAAUCGACAAAAAAAUAUAUCCAGUUUCAAGGACAAUACGAUGGGUAUUCGAUUAUGUUGCGCGUAAAUAAACAAAGUUAUCGUGAUUACUGUGAGUUUAAAAAAAUAUCAGUAAAUAAGGAAUAUUGAUCGCAAGUUGGGCGAUGGAUAAAAGACAUACAUAAUCAAUAAUAAUUCAAAAAAAAAAAAAAAAUAACAAAAAAAAAAUAAAUAAAUUAUAUUUGUCUAUAUUAUAUAAAAUUAUAUAAAAAAUGUGUUAACCAUACAUUAUAUAGUUAUAUUGUUUACAUUUUAAAUUGUAUAUACGUAAACGGUACUUAUCUUACAAUGAAAUAGGUAAAAUGGGAUUAAGUGAUAUCAAUAGCAUUUCAAAAUCAAUGUUUGUUUAAAAUCUUCAGGAUUGUAAAUAUUAUAGGAACGAGCCUAAACUAGAUUUUUUUAUUACGUAAUACAUAAGUUUAUUUAUAAGGGAAAAACCGCAAAUAAUAAUAACAAAGUUUAAGACUGUCGAUAACACAUAACUUAUAAAUUCAAUAUACCGAGUCGGAUAGAACAUCUUAACAUCAAUAUAGAUAUUCAAUUUAAUAAAAUGAAAAGCUUCUUCCUAACAACGAGGCUGAUUUGUUUUAGAUUGAAAACGCUAAUAAUAAAAUGGAUACGAUCAAAUUAUCGUACCACAGUACAAUUACGAUUAUUAUUAUCGUAUUAUUAGAGACCAUUUCGAUUUUUACUUUUUACUUUUUGUUAUAUUCUGAGUAAAGUGAGGAAUAUAGUAGUUUUGCUAUGAUGUGUACUUACCUAUUAAUUUGUAUGUCUCCGAACAAUUUUUUAUUACUAAAAAUCUUGCUCUAAUAAAAUAAUAAUAAGAAAACUUUUUUGUCGCAUUUUGGAUUUUGUUGGUGUAUUGAUGAAGUAAUUUUUUUUCAUUUUCAUUGUUAUUUGUUUAGUAUUUGGGGAAAACUGGAAAAAAACGUAUUAAACCCUAGAAAGUUUACUGCAAUAAAAAACGGUUUCACUAUAUUAUUUUCGAUUAGGUAAGGUUUUUUGUUGUGAUUCGGUUAAAAGUAAUCAUAGCAGUGUUUUCUAGAUGUAGUAAAAUGUUCGAACAUUCUGGUAAUAUUUGAGCUAUUUACAAGCAUUAGAAAUUUCAGAAAUUUCUUUGUAUUUUUUCUGUCUGUGAACAACUUUUCUACUAGGAAUUGUGCCUCAAAGUAUUAAGUGUAGCUUUUUUUCUUGAGGUGUUUUGGUUUUAAAAGGAGUUUUCAAAAUAAAUGGGAAAAACCGGAAAGAAAAAAGCAAAAAAUACUAUUUUGUUUCAAAUAACGGCACAACGAUUUCAUAAAUUCAAAUUUUUAAGAUUAUAUUGUCUACUAGAAAUCAUUGUCCCAAUUUCAAUAAAAAUUUGUUUAGUUUGUGAAUAAAAAACUUGUUGUUUUAUUUCCCGUAUAGUUUUCGUAAUAGUUACAAAAAAUCGGAUAAACACGUAGGAAAUACUGCAAAAUGUACGGAAUUUGAGUUUUUUGUCAUUAUUCAGUUACAAAUUAUUUUAGGGACUUGUAUUUUGGUAAACUUAACCUGUGGACGUGUUUAGAUUUUCAAAACACUCUAACUAUUUUUAGAUUAUUUAUAGGUAUUUGAUAUUGGCGUGUGUUCCAUUAUUAAAGUUACAUAACUUAGGAUAAAUGCUUAAAAAUUUAAUAUAACGUACGAUAUAAGUUAUACUCGAUAGUCUAAUAUCAAAUUUGAGGUCAUUGCAUUAAUUUUUUUUUUCACACAAGUGUUUAAGAUAAAAUGUUAACAAAAAUCGUAAAUACUACAGCAUUUCAAGAUAUGAAAACAUUGAAACCAAUAUUAUGAGUUUAAUGUUUACGAUACUAAUAAUAAUAAACCUAAUUUUAUUUAUUGUGAUAAAAUAUCAUGACAGAUAACACUGAAACUUAUACUAAUUAGUAAAUUACGAAAAACGUCUUUGUAAUGAACCCUUUUUUUUUUAUUCGUAAAUAAAACAAUUUUUUUUUUAUCCUAAAAAAAAUAUAUUUUCAAUUGAGUAUAUAAACUAACGAAAUUAAAUUAUAUUACAUACAUAACUCGCUGAAUUUAAUUGUACCAAAAUUAAGUUAUGAUAUUUUUGAAAUAUUGAAAAACGAAUUUUAUUUUAAAGGUUGAAACAUACUAUAUUUCUCUCCGGGUAAUUUUAUAAAUUAAAAAUUAUUGUUUGUUUUAAAACCACCGACUAGAAACUAUAAUAUAGGAAAAGUUAAUGAUUUAAAUUAUUGAUUUAGCUACCGACAAACUGAAUGAUUAUUUACUUAUAUUUAACUAAAUAAUAUUAUCAAUUUUGCCGAAAAACUAGAAAAUAUAAAAUAUCGUAGGUAUGUGAACAAAUAAUGCAAUAGUUCUUCAUUAAUUAUACAAUACAAUGCUAUCUGUUUAAGUAAAAUAAAUAACAUUUUUUCAAGUCUAAUUAUUAUAAAUCAUGAUGGAGCUAUAAUAGUACGUAUUUAGAAUAAUAAUAAUAAUAUGCAUUAUUAUUGUUUUAAACUGGGUGUGUUAUAGUAUAUCUUACUGAGCAACUAUGAUAUUGUUUUAUCUAUGCGAUACGCUCUUCGCAUUCUUUACAAACAGUUUGAGAAAAUAAAUUGAAAUAAUUAUUGUUGGACAAUGGACAUCUUGAAAAUAAAUAAUUGCAUAUCGUAAGCAAAAUAUAUUUUCUAAAAGAUUUGUGAUAUUUAAAAUAUAUUACUGAAUCUAUUAUAAUGUUAUACUGUCGUAUACAAUUUUCAAAGUAGGUACUAAACUUUAUAUUUAUAAUGAAUAUAGUGUUAAUGUGUCAUAUACACGUAAAAAAUAAAUACCUAGGAAUUCAAAUUAUAUAAAAGAAUAUUUUUAUAUUUUAUUUUGGUUCCACUGCGAAUAAAACAUAUUUUUGUAUAUUGAAAAUAAAAAUCGUUUUCAAUUCAAUUUAUAAUUUAUAUUACAUGACCGUUUUUUUUUUUUAUCAUUUUUAAAGCUUAAAAUAAAACCACACUGACCUUUAGUUGAAACCAAUAAAUUCUUUUAUUGUAUCCAAAUAAAAAACUUAAACAAAAUAUUUUCUUUUCCUUUCACAUAUUUCCUAAAUAUUUACUAUUCCCUCUCAUGCCAAAAUAAUUAUUAAAAAAAAAAAAAAAAAAAAUCAAAUAAUUUAUGUAUACAACUCAGUUUCAUAUAUUUAUUAUAUUAAAUGUGUAUUUUCGUUUAAAAAAUCGUUUCAAGUAGUAAAAAUUCCAAUACAUAUAUUUUUAACAAUUUUGAGUAAAUGAAUUGAUUGCAUAAUAUAGUAUUAAAAAUUAAACAAUCAUACAGUAUAUUAUAUAUACAAUAAGAUCUCCAUAAAAAAAAAAAAAAAAAACAGUUAACACUGCUGACUGGUGUACCACUGUAAUAAGGAAGAAGUUGGGGGAGUGAAAAUUUGAGAACAUAAUUAUGAGAGUGGUUCGAUUUAAUAUGUUUAAAAAUGCCAUGAUCUUUACGAUUUUUUUUUGAACUUAAAAUUGAAUUUAAAACUAAUUAAUUGAAUUUAAAACUUAAACUAGGUAUCUUAAAAAGUACGGUAAAUUGAGCUUCGCUCAGAAACGAUUUUGUUUGCAGUGAUUACAAAAACGAAUCCAAUUUUACUCUAUGUACCGUAUCUUCUCAACUUUCCACCGAAAAAAAAUUGCACACCCAUCAGCAGUUUCAUUUAUUUUAUAAUUUUUUUUUUUGUUUUUUUUUUUCUACGCAAUUCGAUAACAAUUAACAAUUCAUUGUAAGAUGAGAACGUAUAUAUUCCACAAUGAUAUACAUAAAUAUUAUUUUGCCCAUCCGCGUGUUUGUAGCCAUAUAAAUACGAUUAUUACCAUUACUACUAUUAUCAAUAUUUAUAUUAUAUUCUACUUUUAUUGGUUUAAAGACUCAAUUAAUUUGGAAAACAUUUUUGCCCCCAAAUUGAGGUGACAUCCGUGGUCUCACACGUCUGCCUAUAUAAUUAUUUCUAAGUACCAUAAUGUACCAUAUGUAGUACCAUAAUACAACAAUAUUCCUAAUCAUAUUAUUAUUACUUAAACCAAAAUACAAAUAAGGAACACGUGACAUAUAUAUCAAACAUAAAACAUUUAACAAACUAUUUUUUGUAUUUUUUUUUUUUUUUUUUUUUUUUUAGUUCUGAACCCUUACGAAAAUAAUAAUAAUAUUAAUGCGCGUUAACUAACAAUAGCUAAUUAUAAUAAUAAUAAUAAUAAUGUAAUAUCUUAUUACAAUAUAACAUAUUAUAACAUAAUAUUAGUAUGUUAUAUUAUUUUGAUUUCUUGUAAAAAUGUAUUUAAACGAUAAUACUACGUCAAAAAAAACCACAAAGGGGCGCUGGGGAAACUUUUUUUUUAUAGUACGCUAAAACAUGUAAUUAAUUGGUCGACAUCCAUUUUUCACUAUGAUUGUCCAAAAAGGAUUAACAUUAAGUUUUAUUUUAUUUUUUUGUUCAAGUGGCGAUGCAAUUAUCCGGGUUACUCAUAUACCUAAACCAUGUAGGUUGAUUUAAUUGUUGAAUACUGAUAUGGUUAACGGUCGUUUAAUAUCGAUGUUAACCGAGUUUAUGUACCGACCUAACCUAAUCAGAUACCACAUUUCAUGUACCUAAUGCGCGACUGCUACUGCGCGUGUAUAACUGUAUACGCGUAUAAAUAAUACACACAUUCAAUAAGAAAGUUUAAAUUUUAGCUACCUACAACAGACCAUAUUCGAAUGCCGUGUGUUUAAGUAAAGUAUUGCGCAUAAUUAUAUCUUGUAGUUUUGAAGUUGAAUGGUAGGUAUAUGUAUAUAGCAAUAAUAUAUGAUGUAUAUUUAUAAAGAGAGAGAGAGAGAGAGAGAGAGAGAGAGAGAGAGACGUUUUAGUUUCACGUGAAGUCGUCUAUCCAGAGUUAAUCGGAGUUAUCACGUCGCAUAACUAUAAAAUGUUAACUGAAGGGCUAAGAAUAUCAGAACGACAGACAAUACACUAAUAAACAUAUGUUUUAUACAUAAACCAUACAUAACAAGUUGAUGUGUAUUUAAAAAUGUAUAAAUAGUAUUCCUCGGUGUUAUUGGUUUUAAAUUCCAAGCGUAGCGAGGGAGCCAUUGGUUUUACAAUGAUGUUUAUUUCUUCUUCUUUUUUGUUCUAGUCUGUGAACACACGUUUUUUCCUAGUAAACUUGCUCCGAUUUUUACGUGUAGCAAUUUUUUUGAAAACUCAAGUUAUCUCGAUUGCACAUUAAAGAUUUUCAACGCCAUUGUUUUAAAUAAAAACGCUUGUGUGGGAAAAAAAUGUAGGAAAACGUAUAAUUUCACGAUUUCAUUAAGUUAUAAAAACACGUACGACGUUUUCUACCAGAAAAAAUGAUUCCACUGAAAAAUUACAAGGUACCUUUUUUUUGCCUUUUGAUUUAAUUUCUUACGGUAAACCAUAAGUAUUGCCAAAACUUUUGAGCCACUUUUGAGCUUUUCAGGAAUUUUAAUUUUUAGGAGUUUUUUUUGUUGUAAUUCAGUUAUAAAUACUCGUAGAGACUUAAAACCUAAUAAUAAAUUAAUCCUUAAAUCCUACAAAUCCUUAAAUUGGGCUUACCUAGAAGUGGUAAAAUUUCCAAAAUUAUCAGAUGACUUUUUUUUUUUAAUAAGCGUAUUCAAAUCAAAUUUAAACGAAAAUCGCAGACAAAAUUACGGCAUUUCAAAUUGAACUGCGCUUGGAAUCGUCUUUCGUCAGCAAUAGUUUAUUAUUGCUUACAGAUAUAAAUGAAAUAACCUUAUGUAUCAUACCUUCCAAAUUUUUCACCUACAACAGUGGCCGUUCUCAUCCCAGAAUCAGCUCUUUUUUUAAUAUUUAAUGAAUUUACUAGAUUUCGGACGACCCAAAUAUAAUGUCUAUUAGCUAGUUUGAAUCCGCUCACUAUGCAUACCCGGCCCAUUGUAUUUUCACUUCUUCGAUAAAUUUUACAAUAUCAUCUCUUUUAUACGCGAGUAAGUUCGUCAAUAGUAUAUUCGUUCUUAUAGUUCCCAUUGUUAUGUUUCUGUAUUAAACUUUGAGCCGUAAAUUUUUCAUUUAAAUUUUUGUAGUUUUCUCAGUCACUUUUUCUUGUGGAUCACGUGGCACAUGCAUAAGUCAAUAUUUUGUUGUAUAAUACUAGUCUAAUAUAACUUACGUACAGUUUUUCUUUGACCUUUUUUUUUUUUACAUUAUUUAAAAUUUUAAAAGGUUGUCUAUUUCAAAAUAGUAUUGGUUUAUCCAGUUUAAUAAAUUAUAAUAAAUGAACUUGUAUUUCAUUUGCUUUUCUGCGUUUAAGGUUUCAAUAAACACAAAUUAUCAAAAUAAAAUUAAGAAGUUAUUCUUGAAUAAAUUAGACUAUUCGUAUAAGUUCCAGAAAAUAAAUUUGUUAGAAAUAUAAUUCUUCUAAUUUUAAUUUAUUUUUCAAAUCCAAGCGCAACGAGGAAUUUAUUAGAUUUAUUAAUAUAAGCAUUUGUUUUCUGUCUACAAAUAAUUUUUCUACUAAAAAUAUUGCUUAUAUUAAAAAAAAAAUAUUUUCCGAAAAAAAAUUGUGUCUGGUUGGUUCGCUUAAGAGGUUAUUUUUAAUAUUUUACUUCAAUUUAGUUAAUAAUUUCGGAAAGCCUGAAAAAUGUGUACAAAUUUACGGUUAUAAGGUUUUUAUUGUUUUAAAUUUUAUUUGGUAUGUUGUAAUAAAAUUAAAAAUAACCGUACAGUCUUGAUAUUUUCACAAAAUACUUAUAUUACCCUUAGACGUGGUUAAAUUUGCAAUACAUUAGUUUUUGAUUGUAAGAAUUAUGACAAUAAUUUAUCAUUAUGUUAGACAUAAAUUAUAACUUUAUGUAUCAUUCCUUUCAACCUUCCCGCCUAUAAUAGUAGCACGCAUAUCAACAGUAUUAACUCUUUUUUCUUUAAUCCUCAUUUUUGUUAAGUUAGGUCGGUUCUAAAAUAAUAAAACUGUAGCAUAAUAAUUAUUACACUUGUACUGACCUUCGAUAGAUAAAAUAAUAGUUUAUUUGUAGUUAAUAUUAUGAGUAAGCAUCACAUUUUAUUUACUUUAUACCUACUUUUUUGAAUGAGUUUUUUACUACAUAAAAAAUAUAAGUACAAAAAAUAAGAUGUAUUUUAAUUCACUAUUAAAUUAUAAUACGAAUCUUACAUUAUAUCUGAAAAUAAUGAAGAAAUUGUGUAACGAUACACUAUAAUUUCUAAAGACUCUGGAUUACUUAACUUUUUCAAUCAUAUAAUAUAUUUAUUUUCAAAAGGAAUGCAAACCAAUCGAAUUAACAUUUUUAUUAUUUAUUUAUGUAUCAUUCUUAUUAUUAUAAUUAUUUUAUUUUUAUUUUUACUGUAUUUUAAUUAGAAUAACGAUCGAUAAAACCAAAUGAAUAAUUUGAUUUUAUAUUCGAGAAAUGUGUACAAUGGAUGAUUUUUGUUUUUUCAUUUUUAUUUAUGACCUAGAACUAUAAUGUUUUAAUCAUUUUUGACCAAACCGCGUUGCAUACGUAAUUACAUUAAAUUAAUAAUUUAUUAUUAUAAGAAAUUGGAAAACUUUGGGAAACGAGCCUGCGGUAUUAUUAUUGUAUUAUUAUAUUAGCUGCAGUAUAAUACAAUACAGUUCAUAAAAUAUUCAUUGACCCGAUAUACUACACAUUGGACUAGAACUUAUUAUGGUGCUCCGGUGUCCCAUUAUUAUAUAGAACCCCAUUAUUAUACGAACUUCAAACUUUGUCCCGUUGACAAUUACAUUAACAAGUUGUAAAGGUGUUCCGUCAUACGAGAAAGAGACCGCCAUCGCCGCCUCCAAUACAUUCACAACUCGAUUUCUCACGUGAAUAAUUUUACUCAAUAAUUUCCAUAGAACGAAUUUAAAAUUUUCAUUUUUUUUUUUUUUCGCGAAUUCGUCAAACAUCAUAAAAACCCUGUCAUUUUUCCCAUAAUUCGUUAAAUAUCUCGUGUACGAUGCAAGUAUAUGUAUCUUGCAAGCUGUUGAUUACUGUCCCGGGAAAAACGCGACUCGUUAUUGUAUGACUGUUCUUUGAAAAUUGAAACUUAAUAUGAAAAAUAAAGCAUUUCUUUAUCGUUCUUGUUUUUGAAUUUUCACCACUCUUGGGAAAACCAAUAAGUAAUUCGAAAAACCUCGUUUUUAUAGUCCGUGUUCGAUUUUUGAGCUCAAAAUAAUAUACACGAACUUUCGAAUACAUUUUAUUUCAUAUUAUUUUAAAUAACAUUAUGUAAAAAACAUUUUCCAUGAAAAUCCGAUAACAGCUUUUCAAAUUAAAUUUAACUCGAUUUCACUAAUAAUAAAUACGUAUUAUAUAGUUUUAACUGACAUGUCAUCAAAAUGAAAAGGUUUCUGUUUAUUUAUGCAUUUUUUCAUACAUUUAAAUGCAAUAAAGUAAAUUUAUGUAACAUUAUUUACACCUCGGAGGAUAAAAGCUAAAAUUCCUAGAAAAUUUCAUUACAACAACUUCUCUAACAGCUAUUAAAUUAACGUAUUGUAACGGACAACAAAUUACUGGAUUGUAUAUUCAAUGAUGCAACGAACUAAUGUACCUAUAUAAGCAUUUACAAUGCAAUAUUUUCUCAUGAAACGGGAAUUAAGACUAACUCAAACCGAUGGGAGACGCGAAUCCAAUUUUUCUUACCUUUCUAAUUUCCGUUUCACAGAUAUGACGUUAGAUAAUUUAAUAAUUCCGGAUAUGGUGGUUUGUACUCGUGACGACGAGGGUGGUCGAUUUUAAAACUGUCAAUUUAACGAGCAACAGUGGUGGCGGCAUUUUAGUAGAUACCGUAGUAUUAUUAUAAUGUUACUUGUGGUUUAGCUAUUUCUAGUUUAGCGUGAGUGAUCCAAUGCGGAUUAUGAUACACAAUGUUAAUAAAUCAAUAAAAAAAUUGUUUAUAGCAAGAAGGGAUAUUUGCAAACGUGUGGAAAUUAAGGAGGAAUUAAAAUUUUGAAUACAUUUUAUAGUACAAAAAUAUGAAAAAAAAAAUUAUAGAAAAGAGAAUAAUAAGUAGUAAUAAAAAAAAUUAUGGUGGUACGUUUACGUACUAUAGUUUACAUUCCAUAUUAUUAACUGCUACAACCUUUUUUAGAGUUAGAUAAUAUGACAUUUUUAUAAAAAAAAAAAAAAAUAAGUAAUACAAAAUAUGUGUAAGUAUAGAUUUUUGUACUUUUAGAAAAAUUUAAUAUUUCAUUUACAAACAUUCACCCCAGAGUACUUUCCGAGUAAUAUACAAAUGAGAUAAGAAUUAACAAAAUAGAUGUAAUAAAAAUAAUUGUUGGUUAAUUCGUUUUGCUGCAAUACUAAAUGCAACCGUAAUAUUGGUUUACUGAAAAAUGAUUCGAGGAUGACAACAUUAUAUAGUAAAUACAGUUUUAUAAAUUAUAUUUUAUUAAAUUUGUUUAGUUUUUAUAACGAUUUAUAUCAUUUUCUCUCUCACCUUAGUCAUCCCGUGUGUUGUAAUUUCUGUGAACUCUACAUUUAAGAAGCCUGUUUGGUAACAAAAGAGUUUUUCUAUAAGAUAUCGAAUUUCGCUCAGAAUCUAAAAGUUCAAAUAGAAUUACGUAGUAAAUUAUUGUAUUAUUAUUACAAUUAGUAUAGUAUUUUAUAAAAAAAGUAAUCAUCAGUCAGAAUAUCACGAAAACAAUUUUGCCGACAACAAAAUACCAUCUCUCUCUCUAUUUCCCCGUUUAUCAAUUUCUUCCUGAAACACUAUCCCAUUUCCAUUGUAUCACGGGACAAUUGAAAGAGGAAUGAUCGAGAUUGGAACCGACGUUGGAAGGAAGGGCAUACUACUCUGGGGUGUUGUUGGUGCCGGUGUCCUCGUGCUCGAGAAUACUGCUGCUCCGGAAUAGUUGUCAAAGUUGGUGAGGGGGGAGGGAUAACAAAAUGCGAUUUACAACCAUUCGCCCGACUGUGGCAUAUCUACAAUACUAUACACAUUUAACAGAAUGCUCCCUCGACAAUAAUUAUUACUGCUGUGCCCGUAUAGUUACCUACCGAAACGCAGUAUAAUCCGAUUCCGACGACUCUCCAUUUAAGUAAUGACUCCCGGCGUGUGUUUCUAGCGUGACUCUUUCUCCUCCAAGAAAACGACGAUGAAGCAAUUCGCCAAUGGGGAGACAACCUGCAAUGCUGUGUGCUUUUGCAAAUGUGAUUGCUUCGCGUGCGCAAAAACGAUCAUAAUAAUACUAAUAUCGCGAUUUGUCGGUUGUGAUUUUAUAACAACUAGAAUUCGAACGUCCAGAAUACAGUAUGGUCUUGGAAAAUAAGGUUGGGAUAUAGCCUAUAUAAUAUUAUAUCUCUUAUUAUUGUGAGCUCGUUUAGAGAUACAAUUUUGCCCUUAUCAAACUUGACUAAAGUAAUGUUAUAAAUAUACUCUUUUGUUUCUUUUUUACCCAUAUAAAUAACAAUAUAAUUAUUAUUAUUUAUUUGAAUUGAUUAUGAUUACGAUGUUUCAAUCUUACUCUAAAAUGUACAAAUUUACGACGCGUAGGUAAUAGUGGAUAAAAAAAGAUACUAAAAUCGCCUCUCUAAGUGUACGCCUUUCAAAUUCCAGUGGGUUUACCUGGUCUUUUAAGACCGCAGUCUACAUGGUAAUCAAUCUAUCAUAAGACACCAAUUAUCUCGGAAAGUAUUAACUUUUUUCGAAAUAAUGAGUGUCUUAUGAUAGAUUGAUCACCCUGUAUAUACAACCACGUAGGAACAAUAUUAUAGUACUACUACCUAUUAUAUGGUUUCCAGGUUACCUAACUGAGUCUAUGAGUAAAUAUAUCCUAUUAUCGAUAUUAUCAUAACAGAAAUUUAAGUCUUUUGUCGACGAAAUGCAAAUCAAUUAUGUAACAAUUAAAAUGAAAAUCUGCACAGUACCUAUCACAUUGGGACGUUGAUUUUUUUCUAUUUUAAAUACUAAUACACACCAUGUGUUUAUGUUGUAUGGAAUGUUUAUUCUAAAAAUGUACACUAGAAUUUAUUAGUUCAAUAGCUUAUGAGAAAGUUUAUGUGUUUAUGAAUUCAAAUUUUGAAAUAACAGUAUGUUAUAGUAUGUAAGAAUGUUUAAAGGAAACGCGGCUCUUUUAAUUGGUAGAAAUAAUAGGUAAGUGAUAAGAUGAUAUUGCUCCGGCUGCUGUCCCUAGACGUUCGUAACUCGAAUCGCGUGGGAGAUUACCUGCGGUUUAAACAGACGCCCGGUAAGAAUAUUAUUUGGAGCGUGUUUGGUUGUACGAUUUUUGUCUUUGGCUGAGUAUAACAGUCGUGAUCUGGACCGUCUUUACGAUCACGGUAUACUAUCAUAUAUAAUAAUAAUAAUAAUAUUAAUUCUCUUUUACGCCCGAAACGAUUUCGUUUAAAUUUCACCAAAGAAAACUCCAGAAUUACCAUUAUGGUAUUAUCAUUGUUGUCUGUUGCCACGUUUUCGUCCGGAAGUAAUGUCAUUUACAGCCUAAUAAAUAACGAACAAGUUAGAAGUUUUUUUUUUUUUAAUCAUAUUUAACUGUGAUGUACUCUUUUUGUACUUGUAUAAAGGUACGUAGAAUAAAAUAUGAUAGUAAAUAAUAAAAUAAUAAUCUCAAAUUGCAUCAUCAUUAUAGGUAUAAGUACAGGUAUAUAGCUUGUAAGUCUUGUUUUUCAUCGUAACCGUUAUAAUAUUGCUUGAUAUAAUUUUUCACAACGAGUUACUAACAUAGUGAUAUAUAGCUGGUCGAUUUUGGUAUAACGAAGAAGCCAUUAGUUUUACCAAUAUUUGUUUUUUUUUCUUCGGAAAAUACUUUUUUGGGUGAAAAAAAUGUUUAUCGUGUUUUCAUACUGUACCUUAAAAGAUGCGAAAUUUCCGGCUUAUGGUAUUUUAACCGAAAUACUUAUCGAAUUGUCGAACAGUUCAUCUCUUAGGUUCUAUUUUAGGUUUUUGAUUUAUGAUUAUUUCUGGAUUACCUUGGUGGUAAGACAAAAAAAACAUCAGACUUCUCAGAAUCUUUUUUUUCGUUUUCAAUUUUAUAUAAUUGUAUACAGUAUAUAAACUAAUACUGUUUCAGGUUUUAGGGUCCAGACCCAUCUUCCAUAAAUAUAGUAAACUCUACUGCAAAUAUGUAUAUAGGUGUAUAUGACGCUGUAUGGGUAAAACUAUUAUAAUAACUAUAAGACUACUAUAAGUGUUAUUAACCGUAAUCUGUUAUGAAUCUAAACUAUAUAAUUAUACAUAUUAAAGAACAAAUAAAAUAAAAAUUAUGCCCCGCCUAUAAAAAAUUCCUUGAUAUAUCCGUGCCGCAUACAACAGUGGCUUACAAAUGAUCCUUGAAAAAUGUCGACAAAUAUAUUUGUUUAUAAUUCAUUUUCAGUAAUAUACAAAUAUCAAUAAUAAUUGUUUAUUUCACAUGUAGUUGUUUGAAACAACAUUUAAAUUGUAAAAUUUUUUGUCUGAAAAUGACAACAAUAAUAAUUUAUUUAAUGCUCAUAAUAAAUAUCUAUUGAUUUUAAUAUGAUCGUUCUUAUGACUUUAUUUUUAUUUAUGAGAAUAUUGUAUACCUUUUCAUAAUAUUUAUACACGUAUGAACAGAUACCAAUACAAUUUAUUAACAAAUAAUAAUAAUAAUAAUUUGUUAUGCAUUCAAAUAUUGCGUAUAAUAUUUUAUAGAAAUGUAUACAAACUUUAGGUACUUCAUUCCUAUAGUCUAUAAGUAUAGAACCAAUAUUUGCAAAAUAUUCGAGAAAUUUUCGAAAAAUACAUUAAAAAUUUAAAGUGAUUAUACGAAAAUAGAAGCUGAAAAUUUUUGGAAAUUUCGAAAAUAUUUUAAAUUAAUAAGCACUGCAUUUUGUAACAUUUUUACUGCGUGUUUGUAAAAUUGAAUUAUUAUUUUAGUUUUUAAUUGAUUGCAUAUAAAGUAUCAAGUUUAUUUAAACACCUACAAUCUAAGUAUCGAAAAUCUUAACAUAAGUGUUUAUGUUGAAGUAUCAUUCCUUCCCCUAAAUAUACUAAAUUAAACAUGGAUGUUUUUGAAGUUCAUUUUGACAUCUCGAUACCUGCCAUUGAAUUAAAAUUUUCCAAUUUUUUACUUUGAAAAACGAAAGUUGAUACUGGAUCUGAGGGUACAUAAGAGGUAGCUUAGGCAUAGCUUCAAUAGUAGUAAAAAUGAGAGAAAAUGAUUAUCUCAACCAAUAGUUUGAGUACACUAUUUGAGUAUCUUGGUGAGAGGAAUUUGAACAGGUAAGAAAUGUAAUGAAAAUAAAUGUAGGAGAAAAGAUGAGCAGAGGAAGACUGAAAAAUAAAAGGUUGGAAGAUAUUUAGAAUAUGAUGUAUCCGGUAUAUACGAUAGAUGGGAGAUCGUGUCAAAUGAUUCAACCUUAAAACGAGUAAAUCAGUAUUUUUUAAGAUAGUGGUUACAUCGUAUGCCACCGUUUCAAGAAGGAAGUUCAAAAGGAGAAUGUAUAGAAUAAUUUAAUUUACAUUUGUACACAAAUGUUAUUAGCCGUAUGUGAAAACAUUUCUCUCGAUUUCACGGUAAUCCAAAUAACAACAAAAAAAAAAUUUUAAAAUGCCAUUUUUUCUCAUUAAUUAACACAACUAAGAGGGAUAUCAAUAAAUCAAAUUCUUUAAAGCACCAAUUUACAUCGACUUUUUUACAAUAAUGCUCAUAACAAAAUCGAAAUUUCUGGUCAAAAAGUUGUUUACGAACACACACACACAAAACUAUAUUUAUAUAAACAAAAACACCUAGAGCACCAAAGCUUCACUCUGAAUAUCUAAAACUGUUAUAUUUAAACGCCGGUGUAUACCGGUGCGCUAGAAUUGCUCGAAAUGCGAAAUUAUAAUAAAAACCCGGAACUCGUUCGUUACCUAGGUACGCGUUCUGCGAACAAACAACGAUAAUAUUAUUAUAAUCUGGCUAAUAGGUCCCGCAAGAUACGAAAUAUUAAACACGGAUAAUAACGAACCGCGGAAUAUAUUGUACAACGAUAUUCAUAAUAUUAUUAUGGUGUUGCCGAUCCUCCAGGGAACAACGAUGUAUUUGCUACAAGCGCGAGAAAGAAAACGGGUCUCUGCAUAAACCGCGCAAACGCAUCAGGAAACCAUUAGACGAUUUAGCGUAUUUUUUUCGGGAGAAGAAAAAGCCGACCAAACGAAUUGUCUCGAUUAAACCCCUCAUACGAUAUAAUAAUAUUAUUAUUAUCGCGUGUUGCGCGCGCUGGCCGCUACGAGUCGCUGCGAAAUCGCGUUGUGAAAUAUUAAUCGUAUUUCUCUAUAUCGCGCGCGUAAUAACGACCCCCGUAACAGUGUUUACCUCUUGUCGCGACAACAGCAAUAAUAAUAAUAAUAAUAAUAAUAAUAAUAAUAAUAAUAAUUGUAUAACUGUAUAACACAGUACAAUAAUAAUAACAGCGAUUGCGGUUUCCGUAGUCGUUAUUGAUUCGAUAAACCAUCACCGCGGUCAAAUCAUAUUACGUGACUAAUUAUUAUUCAUGCCAUUCGUUUUGCGCGUAGCUCUCCAAACGGAUUUUAAUGUUAUUCGAUACGCGCCCCCGGUUAAAAUAUUAUUGUUAUUAUUACUUUUAUUAUCAAUACCGACUUAGCGAUAAGAUUCCGAGUAAAAUACGAGGGAUGGGGGUGUAAAAACCCGGAACGCACAAAUCCAAAAAGUACUGAAUUGUAAUCAGGGGUUAUAAUGACAUCAAAAUCUGUACCGCACAAGCAGAGAACGUACAAAUCAAGAAUUUACAUUCAUUUGUAAUAUCUCAGUUAUUUCGGAUAUCGAAAUCUGAACAGUUUAAAUCUAUAAAUCGAAAUUUUUGAAUUUCAAUGAAAUUAUAAUAGUCAUCGGCAGUUUAAUGUUAGUGUAUGAAUAACUAUAAUUUUGUUGAGAUCGAAAAAUUUGCUACACUAUUACCAGUUUACUCUGCCAUUAUUAAAUUUUUUAAAUUCAAUUUUUUUAUUUUUAUUUAACCACGUUAAGAAAAAAUAUAUGUUGUGAAGUAUUCUGUGAAAAUUACAGCUCUCUUUAAUAUUUUUAUAACCAAAUUCAAAAAAAAACCAACAAAAUUAAAAAUAAUUAAACAGUUAUUGCCGUAAACCUUUUUGCAUUUUCCUAAUUGUAAUUUAAAAAAUUACAACGAAUUUCAAAAAAAAACCGACCACCAAACACACCAAUUAAAUAAAUUUUACUUUGGAAAAAAUGCUACAUUUUAAAUUCAGAGCGAGUUUUCUGGUAUAAAAUAAAAUCAAACGAUUUAAAAAUAACCAAAUUUUUAACGUCAUAAAUAUUUAUCUGUUAAACUUGUAUGUAUUUUUUCGAGUUUCCUCGCAAUUAUAAAAACUACAAGAAAUAUCAAAAAUUACUAACCAUAUUUAUACACUACAUCCCAAACGCAUCAAAAAUCACAAUUAUUUUUUUUUUUUAUUUAGAUGAAGAUUCCUAAUAGAAACAGUAAACGUAAACUUAAACGUAAAUUUAGGUAUUAAUCGUUUUUCAAUAUUGUGAAUUCGAUUUCACGUACCUUUGUGCUAUAAGUUAUGGCCUGCUAAUAAACCUACUACUUAAGCUGGUACUUAUCACUAAUAUUUUUUAAACUUGAAGUUUUAUCGAAAACUAUAUUAUUACUAUCUUUAAUCUCUUUUGUGGUUUAUUUUUCUAUAAGUUUCGGGCGAUAAGGAAAACCUUUUAGGUGUAUCGACUUAUCGUGCUUAACGAUUUUAGGCACUGAAUACAUUAGUGUUUAGAAAAACCAUAAUAUCUUCAAAAGUAAGUACUGUUAAAAAGAUGAAUAAAAAAUUCCUCUAAUGUGUUUUAAACGUAUAUUCAUGAUCAUAAUGUAUUGCGGGAUUUUGAGUUAUUUAUGGCUGUUUUAAAUCUAAGACUUUUUGGUUUUCAAAUUAAGGAGCGAGUAAUAUAUUGUUUAACUAGUAUGUGGUAUGUUAACAAUAUUUCUACCAAGAAAAUCACUAGUUUUUUUUUUUUUUUUGUGGUAUUUUGCAUAUAGUUGAAAUAUUGAAGAUACCAGUUUUUAAUUUUUAUUGUAAUCAGUAUUGUACAGUUCCAAUAAUAAUGGAACCCCAGGAAAAACGUAGAAAAAACGACCAAGUUUACGAUAAUAGUAGUUUCAUUAUUUUCAAUUAUGUUGUUUUUUUUUUUUUUUUUUUUUUUUUUUUGUAAUUUGGCUAUAAUUAAUCAUAGACUUGUGAAAUGUUAAUAGAUUUUUAAAACAUGCUCACGGUUUUCAAAUUAUUUGUAUGUUUGUAUGUAUUAUUUUAAAUCGUCGAAUUCGUUUUAGUUUUUGUUUGGUUAUACAUUUAGUUAUAUAUUACAAUUAUUGUUUGAGCCUAUCCAAAGCGCUUGACAAUUUAACUCAAAGUUUAUCAUCAUUUUUUUACAUGCUAAAAAAAUUUAGGAUGAAUUUUUUUAUAAGCAUUUUAAAUUGAAAUUUUGAAGGAAAUCGUAAAAAUCAUGGUAUUUUAACACAUGUAUAACUGAAGUUUGAAUUGUCAGAAACGUAUUUUGUCAUCAAUGAUGGAAUCAUCAGAAUUAUUGGUGCGUAAAUAUCAUAUAAAUUAUAUAGCUUUAUGUAUCCUACACUCCCAAAUUCCCUCCUACAAUAGUAUAGUACACGCAUCAAAAGUAUUAGCUCGCUUCAGUUCAAAUUUAAUAUAAUAUAUUUAUAUGAUAAUUUGUAUACAUAUGAUGGAGAUUUUACAUACUAUAUGCGUUACAAUAAUACUAUUAUAUUCCAUAUUUUGUGUGAAUACGAUUUUUUUAGCAACAUAAAAAUGAUCAAUAAUUUCAUUCAAAGUUCAUUAUAAAUGGUAAUAAUUAAGCAAAUAAAUGGUAAUGAGUAGGCAGUUAAUUGUUGUGAUUAGUUUUAUAACAGUUAUAAGUUCUAAUGUGUGAUUUAAAAACAGAAAUACUGGAAUUGUAAUUUAUUUUGUUUAAAGUUAAUAAAAUUAAAAAAAUUUUCAGUUAAAAGUUAUUAAAAACGAUCAGUCAAUCUUCGCUUAGAAUCGUUUUUCGUUUUUUAUGAUUUAUCGAUCUUAUGGACAAUAUGUAUUAUAAGUUAAUUAAGCCUAAAUAUAAUAUGAUAUAUAAUGUCUUGUCAUUCUGAUUUGUUUUACCAUAUGAACAUUGAAUAAAAUAAUUAUAAUUUUUAAUAAUAUAUAUACCAAUAAAUGUAUAUUUUCGAGCGUACAAAAUGAAGUAGAUAAUAUUUCUCUACUUAAAAGAAUCAGUUGUAUAGAAUUAAAAUAUUAAUUUUUCGAAAAAAUUAACGUUGUACCUACGCGUCAAUUAUACAUAUGAGGAUGCAUACUAGAUGGUGCCUUAUUUGCAUGACAACCAUAAUAAUAUUUGAUAUUGUGAUUAAUUGAUGCAUCUGUACGGUUAUAAAAUAUAACAAAUUAAACAACCUUUUCUAAUCUGACGGCGUAUCACGUAACUAUGCGCAUCGAUCAUAAAAUAUAAAUCGAAUAAUAUGUGUAUUGUAUUUAUUUAAACACCCAUCGAGAGAGUGCCUAUACAAAACGGUUAAAAACACUAAAAUGUCUGUAAAAAUAUUUUUGUUUUUUUUUUAAUUCAACGGAAGAUGAUCAUAAUAGAGGGUACAGAAAUUAUUUACACAUAUUUAAAAAUAUUGGACAUGUAUUUUUAUACUACAGUUGAGAUCCCUCAAUCUGCAUGCGACAUGUAUCGUAAAAUAAUCCGAUUACGAAAUUUUUUUCUAAAAGACCAAAACUCCUUACAGGGCGGAUUGAACUGGAUUUUUAAAAUAACAUUAUCAAACACUAUAAUUAGAGUUUGGUUAUAACCAUUUUUUAAUACUUAUUUACUUAUAUAUUUUGUAUGAUUUUUUUUCGUCUAACCACGAUUCAAAAUCCAAUUCUAUAUGAAGAUUUCCUCUUUUCAACGAAAAACAAAAUCAAAAUCGGACGUUUCUACGUGGAAAGGGAAGUACCACUGUAAACCAUGUAUUGAGCAAAAAAUCAGUCCUUAAAUACAAAAAUUAAUAUCGACUGAAUUUACCAAUUUGUAAAAAAAAAACACGGGCCCAUAAUUUCAGGUAAUAUAACUUAAAUCGAUGUUCGACAUAUUGUACUCGUGUAAAAAUAAGAAAAACAUAUCAAGAGAAAAUGGGAGUGAUAUUAUUAUUUUCUUCUACAAAUUAGAUAGGUACAAAAUUGUCUUUCACAGUUCACUUUUUUAAAAAUAAAAGUAUUUUCCAAUUUCCUCGAGAUUUUUCUUGAACAAUAAAAUCCGGUUUUUCAUUAAACAUCAAAAUCAAUUUAAUCAAAAAUGUUAUUAUAAUUUCUUAACUUUGGUUGACAUUCACUACUUUAACCGUUGCAAUGUACUGUAGUAUAAUUACUAAUUAGCAAUCGAUCGGGCGAUAAGUAAACUGGAAAAAAUGUCUUUAAUAUUAUGCAUUAAUGCAAAAUGGUUUAUUUUUAUUUUCAUAUUUAUCAUUUUAUAUAAUUUCUAGGAGCAGUCAAUUAUAUACGACAACUAUAUACUGUUUUAAAAUAUUGAAAAUAAUAUUUCUAUAGCGGUGAAAGGAUAACAUUUAACAAACCGAUGAAUCAUAAUAUUAAUAUAAUGUAAUUUUAAAGUUAUUUUUAAGGUGAUUUUUUUUUUAACUUAUUAAGGGACCUCGCAUUAUUGUUAAAUCAUUUAUAGUUUAAAUUAUGUUAAAUCGAAAAACGCAUUACUUGAAAAAUAAAAUUCUUAAUCAAAAUAGGAUAUCCAUAUUACGGUUAUACGAAUAAUUUUUAGAAGAGUAACAAUAAUUUCAUGUUUCGAUUACGGAGGAAAGUGGACUGAGAAGUAAAAUGGCUCCACAUCCGAAAACGUAAAUCAAUACGGUCAAAUAUCGCUGAACUGAUAAUAUUUUCAGUUGUAUAAUAAUAAAUAUAUAGGACUUUAUUUUAUUUUUUUUACUUUUUGAUUAGAUACUCGACGUAUGAAUAUUGAAACAAAUAAUUUGUGUGUAAAAAAAAAAAGGAAUGAAAAAAAUGAAAUAACAUAAACAAUCAAUUUGCAGGUCGCUUGAUAAAGUCCUUCAAACAAGCGUAUUAUACAUUUAUACGAGAGUUAUUAAUUAUACCAUACCUAUACUGACAAUGUCGGUUCGUUUUAGUGUACCUAUAGGCAUAAUAUACAAAAGCAUUAAUAUAAACGAAAGGUUUAUAUACGAUUCAAUAACCGUUUAAUAUAAUCGUAUGGUUUUAAAACACAUACACCGGUUAAUGGGAAUUAUUAUAAUAAUAGAACAUUUAUAUAGGUAAGUACCGAGUGAAAUCUAAUUGGCGAAUCGAUAUAAUAUAUAAAACGAAAGAGUAAAUUUAAUAUUAUAAUGACGAAACAUAGAAACGAUUAAAACAGCUGACAGAUGUCGUUUUUAUUAUGUAUUAAUAUUAUUAUCAUAUCAUUUCAUUCAUUUAAUGAAAUAUUUACAAUCAUUCUUAAUAUAUCGUGUACAGAUAGAGGCUAAGUAUUUAUAAAUAUAGUAACUAGUACUAAUAAGCCUGAUAAUGCAGUGUCCUUUAAUAAUUCAAAAUUCUUUAAAAAUAAAUAAAUAUUUUAUGCCUUAAAAGUGACGAAAUAAUAAUAAGAAAAUGACUCACAACUCACAUGUCGAAAAUUGCCAAAAAAUGCAAAGCAAAAUUAUGUGUUUACAUUGAAAAAUAUACGAAAUUAAUUUGUAGCAAAACGAGCAACGCAUGGCAUGCUUCAGAAAACAGUGCAAAAUGCACCGAAAUCUCAGCCUUAAUAAUUACUAAAAUAAGAGAAUGACGCGUAUAGCGUAUUUUCUAACUUCAAACAGUUUUAAACUCGUAAAAAAAAAAAAACAACAAACCUUUAUUAUGUCGUGCGUAAAAAUUUACUUUUGCGUUAAACACGGGCGCCGCGCCGCCGCAGUGACUGCCACCGGGCGAUAACUGCAGAUAACGCGUUUUGACCGAUAGAAAAGUUUUACUGCAAUAAUAGUUAUACGCUAUAUUAAAAUUAUAAUACUGACAUAUUGUAAACUCCAUAAAUUAUGGCCCGUUACACAAUCGAGACUUACAUAUAUACGUGUCUAUUGAAUUCGACCGACUAGACGUAAACUUAUAUUAUUCCGUACGAAAUCCCGUAUUGGAUAUAAUAAUAUAGGCACUUGUUCGAAUUGCAUACAUAUUAUUAUUAUUAUUAUAAUUCAAUUCAAUAAGUAUUACAACGAUUAUAUAUAUUUAUAACAAUAUAGGUAUAUAAGUAGUAUUACUUAUACCGGCCCAGUGUUUACUACCGUGUUGCUAUUGUGCGGUAUCUCAUAUAUUAUAGUUGAUGUGUAUAUGUAUAUGUAUGAAUUACCUAUAUACAGUGAGUUUUAGUAUCCGACUCUUAUAAAUUCUCGAAGAGUUUGUUCGUCGAUAAGGUAUUGAAAACGUUCCGAUAUGAAAAAAUAAAUAGAUCUAUAUGAUGUAAUAUAAUAGUACGGUAUUCAUAAAAAAAAAAAAAAAAAAAAAAAAAAAAAAAAAAAAAUAGUAAUAAUAACGAUUAAAAUGCAGCGACAUCGAUUGGAAAAAAAAAAAAAACCAACUACCGAGAGAGAAAUAGAACGGAAAAAAAGUCAACCUACAAACUGAUAAAUAACUUUUACGUUGUUCUGCACCAUGUCAACUAUAUUCUAGUAUAACAUUUUUUUUUUUCUUUCGUCGUCGUCUUACGGUCAUGAACGUAAACCGUAGAAAUAUUUUUGGAACGUCGCUUUUGAUAUUUUAUUCAUAUAACUAUUAUAAUAUGUAUAGUGGGCUGGCUUAGAUAUUCGCUCAAAACGUUAUCAUAUCCGUUGUGCAUUGUAUUGUGCAUAAUAAUGAACCUUUGUCUCAAAAGGAGUACACUGUAAGAAACAAGCUUCAAUAUAAUAUUAUGAAUACGGAUCACACGACAGAAUGAUGAUUUUCUAUACUUGGUACAUCAACGUGCCUAUAUCUCGUCUAAGCUGUCUAUUGUAUAACGUAUAGAGAAUUUACGAGACUAAAAAACCUCCAAUUUACAUUCGCCGUGUAACUAGUUUUUUUUUUUUUACUAGAAAACGAGGUUAACGAUGUACUUUAUACAAACUAUUUAAAAAAAAAAAAAGUGAACAAAAGAAAAAUAGAAACUUUCGAAACUUAGUGAAUUUCUCAUCUACAUUUUGUCGCCUGCUCGUAGUGCGAAGUAUUUCCGGCUUUGAAGAAUGGCGCCAGGUAUUGUAAGGCUCUGGACAAAAUACCGUUUCGAGGCCUAAAUAUUUUACACUUCUAACCUUCUUUGACUCAUUCCUUUACUCACCAUAUUUUUAGUCCAAGUAUUCAAGAAUCCAAAAAAUCUGCUUUCAAAAUUGUUUUUAUCGUUUCACUAGUAAAUUAAAUAAAAUGAAACAAGGCUUUUGAAAGAUUUUUUCAUCGAAAUGACUAAUAACUUGUUCAUUUCUCCAUUUGGAAGACUAUAAUAAUAGAAUACAAUUUGAAAUUUAGUCUCGUUUAAGCAAUGUGAAAUUUAAAACCUAGGUACAACUAUAACUAUUCCUUACUAAUUCGGCGUAGCUAAAUAUAUGGCCGAAACCGAGAAGAAAAUUGUUUUCUGUUUUGAGAUUUAUAUCGAGGUCUUUCGGAGACCCAUGACAAACGACCAAUCAACCCUACCUUUCUGUCUUAUAAUAUUAUUAUUGUAAUGAAUUAUUCUUCCUGUUGUUGUAGUGAACUUUUACUUAUUCAUAGAGGUGUUUGAGGUACCGGGUACGUAGGCGUACACGAGGUUAAUAUUAUAAAAUAUUUUCAUUAUUAACGCGUUCAUUGUCUAUUUCGGCUAUAUAUUCCAAUAUUCUAAUAUUUUUCGUUCAGGCUCAUUUUCAACCGGCUGUAACGCAUGUAACUCCUGCUUUCAGGUUCCGCCUACUCAUGUGCUUUCAUUAAGUGAAGUGCGGCGAGAUAGGUUUAUACCUGUAUCUAAAUGCUAGGAAUGUGCACAUUAAUCGGUGAAAUUCUCGUGUUCUCAAUAUUCCAUCGGGUAUAAUAUCGGGUGUAACCAUAACUACCUAAUGAAUGAAUGAAUUUAAUUUGAUGUUCUAUUAUUAGAUUAACAUAAUAUAAAAUGCAAUGCAUAAAGCCUUUAAUAUGAGCUCGUGGUGGGGUAGGCAGUUAAUUACAUACUUAUAAACUAAUUAAUUAUGAUACAGAUAAAUAACUAUGAAAUUCGAUUAAUAAAAUGACCUAAUUCCUUAAAUAUAACAUCAUCGAUAAAAUUGUUGUAAUUCAUUUUUAAUAAAAUCGUUUUAACGUCACAUAAUAUUUUUUCCCAUACGAAAUUUUCAAAAUAUCUGUAAAAGAAAACCUAGACAUUUAAUAAACAAAUAUUAUUAAAAAAAUUUGUUUAGAGAAAUUCAAGUAAUUGCACGUUUAAACUCAGUAUAAUUAAAAUAUAGGUCAACUCAAUGGCUAUAUAUAGUUGACUCAACUUUUUUAAACAUAGACAAAAUAUUUGUAAAGACAUGACCCCAAAUCACCAUGUCAUAUUGCAUUAACACGCGGUCUAAAGGAAUACUAUCCUUUAUUUUAAAAGCUUAUACUUAGACUAUAAUAUAUUAUAUAGUACAAUAUAUUAUCAACCUGACGGUAAUUUUUCUACUCGUUUAUGCUUUGUUUUCGAUCCCUACGAGGUCAGCAGUAUACCUUGCCUAAUGCGUAAUUAGGUAUUUACGAGUAGUAAAUAGACAAAAUACAUCGAAGAUGAGGUUAAACGUUCGCAAGUAUUAUUAUUGUUAUUAUUAUUAUUAUAGUCGUACGCCAGCGAUCUAAUGGCGAUUCCUUGUAAUUUCACUUUGUCGGGGUGACCAUUAAAAGGGUACGAAAGUAAUUCGCCCUUCGAUUUAUAAUACGUAUAAUAUUCAGUGUUAACGUGCGCGCGAAUUUCUCUCGUUGGCCUUUCGUAUAUAAUAAUAUAUAAACAUACCUUUAUAAAAACGUUAUUGGUCCUUUUGAUCUCGGUGACGAUAACUAUGUAUACGAUAGUAUACAAUAAUAAUAAUAAUGUAACACCGGCCGAAAAUGAAAUCAAAUAUUAAAAUGUACCCUUUACAGCGGUUUUAGAACUUCGACUCAUUACGACAAUUUCGAAGACAGAAACUACAUGUAUAGAUAGUAUUUUGCACAUUAUUGAUUUUCGAAAUAAUUGAGUGAAACGAUUAUUGUUGAAGAUUAAUAAUCUGUCAAUUAUUUGUAUAUAUUAAUAUUCAACUAAACAUACGCGUCAUUUCCUAUAGAUAAAAUUGUGUUUUUUGAUUUUAAACGUGGUAAGACUGAUCAUGUUUAAAAAUGCCCACACUCAAUUUCAAAAUAUUCACAUUCGCGCUAUACUUAAUUUCACUGAAUUCACUGUUAGAAAUCGGCAUAUUAUUAAAUUUGAACGGGACGAUUUUUGUGUAAUUUUUUUUUUAAAUCAGCUAGCUGUAAUUACAUAAAAUUUAUCAGAGGGCAUCGUGGUUGUACGGAAAUUUAAUUUUUCCUCAUAUCGGCCGUAUGCAUUCAAAACGGUUGGUAUACAAACUAUCGCUGCACGAUGACAACGGUUUCGCCGAAGGUAGGUGUAAUAUAUAGGUAUACACAGAUUUGUCCGCAACGUAUAAAUCAACGAGAUGAGUGGACGAGAAAAAAAAGGCGUUUUUACCUUUAAGCUUAAAUCCUAGGUGGUGCGCGUAUAUAAUAUAUAUAGGUCGAAGGAUAGUGUGGUGUAGUGGGGCUACUUUCUAAUGCGAUAUUGUCGCAUAAUGCGGAUGUAUCGAUAAAACCGUAUUAUUUACGACCCGACCAGAAAAACCUAUAUCGACUAGUUUUUUUCCCCUACACGUUAUUCUUUUGGCAAAAAAAAAAAAAAAAAAAAAUACCGCCCAGCUAACUCGAGGCGUUAUUCAAAAACUCCAUUUCGCAAUAUUGAUAGCCCAUCAGCUCUCGAGUACCGUACACUAUAAUAAUAAUAAUAAUAAAAUAUCGGUAUAUACUACAGUUUGUAAAAAGGUAUACGCCGGGCCAUAUACCUUCGAAGAAAAGCAAUUUUUUCGUUAUAAUUUUAUUAGUUUUUCUUAAUAUAAAUUUAGUUCAAUAUGCAUUAUUAAAAAAAAAAAAAAAAAUAUCUAAAUAUACUAAAAUAAUGAUACAAAUCAAUGAUAGAUUUAUGAAUAAUAAUACAAAACCAGUAUUAACAAAUUAAUUAAAACAAAAGUGUUCCAAUAUAAUAUGUAUUAUAUUAAUAUAUAUAUUGAUUACAGUGAUUUUUGGCAUAUUUAGAUGCUGAGUUUAUUGAAGAAUGUAUUAGUUUUACAAUGAUGUUUAUUUUUUUUUUUUUAUAUGAACACUUUCUACGAGAAAGCUUACUCCGAAUAUCAGAAGAGAUAGCAUCUCUUCUGAAAGGAAAUAUUCUCUAGGUGAUACUUUAGAGAAGCCAAUUUUUGAAAUUCUCAUUAAUAUUCGAGAUAAUGAGGAAAAUUUGGUUCUUUAGGUUAAAAAAAAAAUCGAAUGAUUAAAAAAAAAGUUGUCAUUGGCAACCGUUUUUAUUUAGUUUUUUUGUUAUUAUUAAGAUUUUAUUAUUUUAAUAUUUUUUAAACAAUCAUUGUUGUCAUGGAAACGCAUAUUGUUAUAAUUAUUUUACCGAUUAUAUAUAUAUAUUGUUGAUAAAGCAACACUAUCAACUUAACUCCGCUUAGAAUCGUUUUUUCAUUAGCAAUGGUUUAUCUUUGCUUACAGAUAUACAUCAAAUUUCUGUCUAUAUCCUACCUUCCCAACUUCCCAUCUACAAUAGUGAUUGCACUCACGUGCCUACUUUCGUCCUUUAUUUUUAUAAUUUUUCUUAUGCAAAUUUGUUCUUUUUAUUUUUCGAUCAACACGGCAUACGUGUAUUAAAAUACCUAAUGACACGUGUUAAACAUAGAAUUAAUUCAUCACUAAGCAUUUGUGUUUCUUAAAAAUAUUUGAGUCAUAUAAUUAUAAAAUGAAUUAAGACAUUUAUAAACCUAUAUUUGGUUAGGCCAUUUAUUAAUUUAGCUAUUUAAGAAUUUUCAAAAUUGAAUUCGCUUGUAUUUAGUCAAUCUGACUUAAUUCCUUCUUGCUUAGGUACAAAGGUAAGCGUAGUGUUUAAGUGAUGACAAACGUAUGUGAAAUUGUGUAAUUUACCUUUAAAGCGAUACAAACUUUAUUGCAUUAUAUUAAAAUUAUUUGUAUUACCAUUUUAAUAAAAACAGACAUUUAUUUUUAUAUAUAUAUAAACAUAUACAUAAUUUCAAAACCAAUUAUUAUGAUAGCUUUAUAUAAAACCCAUAUGGGGUAUAUGGUUCAUUAAAUAACGAAACUACUAAACAAAAUAUCAUUAAUAGUAUAUAUCUAGAUACCUACUGCAGUUUAUUUCAAAGUUUUGAAUUGUAUUCCAAUUUGAAAAAAAAAACGGAACUAGUAAAGUUUCAACAAUGUCAUUGAUUCGAUUAUAAAAUAUAUACGUAGUAAAAGUAUUUUUUAGUAGGUACAUCCAUUAUUGUGUUGUACAGAAUAAAGACUUUGCAUGCAAUUUUCUUGUUUUGGAAAUUAAAUCCAACCGAUUAUUGUAAUUCAAAUAUAUGUUGGUAAUAAAGUUAUUUUUUUCCAUAAAUGCUUAGAUUAAUGUGUUAUUCAGUUUUAAAAUAAGUCAAUUUUUCGAUUGUUUACAACGAUAUAUUUUUUUUAACUAAUUUAUUAUAUUCAUCAUGUCUAAUUCAUUUAUUUUACAACGGCGGCUUGGCUAGCAUCUAGAAUGUUAUCAUAAUUUAUUAUUACAAAAUGUUAGAGGCAUGGUUAAACACAAUGUUGGUCAUGGCCGCUAGGCCACAAAUGCGGCCUGGGCCGAUAACCAUGUUAGUUUCUGAAUGCCCUUGAAGCCCUAAGAUGUAUACAAUUUUCAUAAUUUAACUACCUACUGGCUAUCUUUUGAGCAGAGAUUUUAAAUGAAUACAUAUAGUAUUGUUUAAACUUUAGUUGACUAAUCUUUAGCAGACUACAGUAAAACAUAAUAAAGAAAUCAUUUAUUAUUAAUAAUUGUGCGAGCGAAUAAAUGUAACCACGAAUUACUGAAAAUUUAAAUGUCGCUUAAAAUCGCUUUUGUGAACAUACGACAUAACAAAUUAUAUGAUUAUAAUAAACCUGUAGUCUGAUUGCCACGAAAUUUGCAUGCAUAAAUAAUUGCUCCAAUAUACCAGAUUUCUAGUAAAUCCAUUAUAUUAGUCGAAAAGUAUAUAAUAUUUUACCGACUUUAAGUAUUUUGUUGAUUAUGAAACAAUUAUCGUGUGUAAAUAAAAAUGUGUAUUCAUCGAAAUACUAUAUCGUUAAUAGUCAGGAGGAGAAAAAUAAAUGGUAAAAGAUUAAAGAUUAAAUUGCUGAUAGCUGUAGUUGGCUAUAACUAAUCGAGAAAUUAGCUUUGAGACAGUAAUGUACUCGUGUGUGCGUGGAAAAAUUACACGGAUUAAAAAUAAAAAAAAAGGUCCAGAAUUAGAUUUUGCUCAAUAAGCAAACGCAGUAUCAUUGCGUAUAAAAAAAACCAAUGCAAAAUAAUGGGUCGUAUCCUAGGGAUUGAUUUUGAAUUCCAUGGUUUUAUGCGCUCAACAAAAUAUUACAUUCUCCUUAACAUCUUUUUUUUUCUCUCAUAUUAAGUAAUAAGUUCAAACAUUAACAUUUUAAUACCAAUGUAAAUUGUUUAGCAAGUAUUGGUUAUACUGACGGAAAUCGGUAUAACGGAAUGUGUUGUGUGUGGGAAGAUAAAAUGUGUAAGUACGUUCGAAAUUUGUUUUGAAAUGUAAAAAAUGAUAUUGGACCAUUAUCAUGUUUUUUUUUGGAGGGAGAAGGAAGUCGUUUUUAUUCUGUACACCCCUACAGAUAUCCCAAAUGAAGCCAGUGAAAUUUUGUAUAACCUUGAUAUAAGUAUCAAUUAUGUGCUAACUUUUAACCAUUUCCCCAAUCAUAUUUAUGCUAAAAUUUCAUGUUUUCAUAGUAAACACCAGGCGUGUUAAAUUCCCCUACAGACUAAAAUGAAAUGAAAGUCUGGAAACCAUAAAUAUUUUAUUUUAGAUCUGUUAUAUAAAAAAAAAAAAAUAAUUAAAUAUUAUUACGGCAGAAAGUCCACCGGGAAACAUUUCGACUCAAUCAACGGAACUCUGCUGCCCGGGGGUGUUUUAUUAUUAUUUCUCUAAUGGUUACAACGGAAUACUUAUACGGAUAAUAUUUACCGUUUUAUAGAAGAACUAAAAAAUAAAACUGAUCGCUGUCAAUUAUCAACUAAACUUUAAUAUUUUUAAUCGUCUGCUUAUGAAAGUAAAUUUAAAUAGCUGAUAUUGCCGUUGGGUGUGCCACCAGUGGUAUCACACAACAAAGUGGAUUAGUGUCCCGGGGCCUUAGAAUACAGGGGGUCUCGGGGUCCUUGAAUAAUUCUGAAAUUACUUUUUUAAAAUAAUUGAAAAUUUUGAUGUUUCAAAUCGUAUGUUGUAUUUCCAGUCAAAUAAAAUAGAAUAAUAUUCCGCAUGAUAAUAUGCAAUGAACGGUGUCCGCCGUCCUAUAGUCAUUGUACCGCGGUCCGCGAUUUAAAGACGACCGAAAAAACUAUUAAUAUAAUAUUAUAUUAUACAUUUUACCGUAUUGACUAGUUAUAGCUGAAAUUAUAAGGUUCCAUAAUAUUAUGAAGAGGGCACGGAGUUAUUAAUUUGAAUAUCGAAAUUCAUAAAAACGUAUGUUGCACUAUUUCAAUUUGAUUACUCCCCAGUGAUAACGUGCGAGAAUCACGUAUGAUAUGGUGAAACUCGAUUCCACGGUUUAUUUUAAUUUCCGUAAUAUAUAGUACUCUGGAAGGGGGGGGGGACGAGCAAGUAUAAGCUCAUCAAAACUGAUAAUUUUAUUAUUUUAUAUCACAUCCUGCAGUGCGUGUUGGCAGGUUUAAUAAAUUGAUAAUAUAACUGUACCAUUUUAAUGCGUACCUAUACUAUUAUAAUAUUAUAAUCCCGAAUUUUUUAUUGUUUGCGAAAUGUGUACAACACGGAUUUAUAAAAUUAUGUUUAACGAAACAUUUACUCGCAAUUAUUAUUAUUCCAACGUAAAACUGAAUUGCAAUUUUGUAUUCCUGACCUCUCCCGCCCCCUCCGACCGCUUAAAUGUGCGUUCGUAUAUUAUUCUUAAUUUUUAUGCGGAUUCAGUAAAUAAAAAUAUUAUUAUUAUUAUUACUAUUAUUUUAUUAUGAUUUUUUUUUUUUUUUUUUGAACACUCGACGUGACAGUUUUUUCAUUGUUAACGGCGUAUAUUAUUUUUAUACACUAAUUGCUUUAAUAUAAUAUCAUAACCGAACGACAAAGGCUGACACCUUUAUCUUCAUUGUACAAUAUAACGCAUGUAUUUAUAUAUAUAUAUAUAUAUAUAAAAAAAAAAUAAUCCAUUUAUGAAAAUAGACCGAACGAAACGGAAUGGAAAUUUAACGAGUAUUUUAUGCGUGUACUCGUAUGUAAAAAAAAAACCCUAGUUUUUUAUGACAAUAUUUUCGGUCCAAACUAUAAAAAUAAAAUUACGUAUUCGGUUACCUAUACGCUUUCUUUAUAUCAUUUUCGUAGAAAUUAUACAGAUACCUACUUGAAUAACCGUGAAUGUAUAUGAUGCGUUAAGCUGAAAUAAUAACCAUUAAAAAAUAUGUAAAUAUAUAUAUAUAUAUAUAUAUUUAUAGUUAUUCUGUAUUAUAAUAAAGAAGUUUCUUUAAAAAUUCAAUUUGUUUUGUCCAUUUUGACUUACGUGUUUUAUAUUUACGAAACGAUCACUCUGUAUAUUAUAUUAUUAGUAUUAAAAACUGAUAGAACAUUAAACCUUUUUUUUUUUCCUCUAAAAUUAACGAUUUGUUAUUUCACUUCAAGAAAAUGAGAAAAUAAAUAUAAACUCGUUUAACUCGUAUUAAAAGUUUGGCAGCUAUUUUAAACCGCUUUUCGAUUUCUAACCUAUUUGAUUGUUAUUAAUUACAGCACGAAAACUUUAACGUAGACACGAGUAAUACGUGUCAAUAAUGAUCUAUGUACGUUGCACUAUUCAACAAGUGGUGGCGUUUUAUAGAUGUAUACAAAAUUGAUGUUUACUCCUUUUCGGGAAAUCAGCUAUAAUCGUAUUACUGUUAAUUGGAACAUACCGCUGCUUUUAAAUUACACGCAUAACGUGUUUCGCAAUUAUGUACAACGCACCUACCUCCUAUCCGUUAAAAAUUACCGUAAAUCGGUAAAUGUCAUAUUUAUUAAACAGUGUAAUUUGUACAAUGGUCUAUUCUAUCAAUAGAUACGUAUCUAUGUUUACUUUAUUUUUUUAUCAUAUUUAGAUAACUGUAGGAAAAUAAGCUAUUUAGGAUAAAUAAUUCAUAGUCUCUAGAGAAAAACAUCUUUUAAGAUUGUAAUUUAAUUACCUACGUAUUAUCGAAAGAAUAAGUAUUUAACUAUUUAAUUAAUAUCAGUAGUUUAUAAUUUAACUAUUAAAUUGCACAGAUUACGGAACUUUAAUAAAAUCUAUAUAUAGAUGUGUAGCAUCUUUUGUGGUACCAUUUUAGCAAUCAGUGUUAUAAUAUCGAUAGGUGUGUAUCGUGUGGUCCAUUUAAUUUGGUACACUCAUUACCUCGAAAAGUAUUAAAUUUUUUCAAACAUUUUUUUUUUCAAAACUAAAGAAACAAGCAGUUUUAAAAUAUUUAAUUUCCAUAAUUUUUUGUCACCCUUAUUUUUGGAGGUGAAACGACUUUAAAUUUUUAUCACUUGCUGUCAUCGUUCUUGGAAUUAUCGUUAUAUAUACUUGAAAUUGUAUUUUCAUAAACAACGCCGAAAGUAAUUUAUUGAUUUGUAAUUUUAAUUUAAUUAUCUUGUAUGUAAUUAUUUACAAAAAAGAAAAAAGAGUUUAAUAAAUUUAUAUACUCGUAUUAUAUGAGAAUAGAAUAAUUCUAACAAAUCAAGAUUCAUAAUACAAAUACUCGAGAUUUUGGUGUGGAUCAAAAAUAUUUCAAUUUAAAUUAAAUAUUGAAGAUAUUAUUUUUCUUUUACGUUUGAGAUAGUGAUUGCCAAAUGACGGGCACAGGAUAGUUGUCUGAAAAAUGAAGCUCUAUACAAUCAUAAUGUUAUUAAUGGUGAUGGCAACGUAGAAAAACCAAUGGUUUCAGUUUUUCGAUUUUUGUGUAAUAUCCGGAAUUAUAGGAUCAUAUCUAUAACACGGUUUUAGAUGGGAUAAAUAAAAUAUUUUGAAAAUGAUAACUGAUAAGGAUCCAACAAAUGAUUAUAGUUGUUUGUAUAUUGUUAUUCUGUUGAAAAGUUUUUAGUUGUCUAUUUUUAUGCAGAUACCUGUUAAAGUGUUCUAACUUGUGGGUUAGUUUUAAAAACAGCAAAGCAUAAACAUUAAACAUGGCCGUGUAAUGUAUAACGUGUAUUCGGUGAAAAAUUUAAUUUCAUUUAUGUUUCACUAAAAUUAAUUAUUUCAUGCAAUUUUACAACCUUAGUUGUAAUAUACAUGAAAUUUGAAUUGAGCUGAAGCGGAUAAUUAAAAUUAUAAAAAAAAAAAAACUAAUUAAUUUUUCUAUAACGACAAAUUUAACUGGUGUUUUAAAUUAGUAUAGUAAUUUCCAUUAACUGAAAACAAAAGUUCAAGAUUUACAUAAAUAUUGUCGCGAUAAACGUCGGACACUCUUAUAAUAUGUCGCCGAAAAUACUGCAAUGUCGUGCAGUUGUCGCGGUUAAUGGAUUUUAUUUUUUAUUAUUAUGUAGCUCGUAAAUAUACGCCCGCUUGAUGCAUUAGUAUCCGCGAACUACUAUAACACGGCCUUUGAAGAAUUUUAGCAUCGCGCUCAUUUCUGCCGCCACCGUUGGCAACCUCCGCCGACGCGCUCGUUGGUUACACACAUUUCGUAUGUUCGGUGUGUUUUUUCUUUAUUUAUUUAUUUAUUUUUUUUUUUUUUUUUGACGACUCCGUGUCAUUUUGCGCCUCGGGUUAUUAUUAUAUAGCACACAGUAUAGUAAUGCAAAAGCAAUUUAAUAUCUCGCCUUAUAACUUAUAAUAAUAUUAUACAAAUACUAAACGCGCGCUCGCGAGCUUUCUGCGCCGAGCACCAUCACAUUUACACUGUUACUAUACCGCACCUUCAACAUCACUCGCUCGUCAUUUAUUCCCCGCUGGUAUUUUUCCCGAAGAAUAUUAACGCUACUCAACACCUUACCAACAGCCGUAUAUUUCAAACGCGACACUUCUUUGGAAUUUGCCACGCGUCGAGUGUGUCACCGCCACGUGUACAUUAUGCCCGGCAUAUUCAAUGGAAUACCUAAAAUUGAAAUGCUUACACAUAUUUUAGACGCGUAAAUUGUAAAAAAAUACGCAGAUAGGCCAUAUUUAAUAUUUGCGUUUUUAUUUUUUUUAAUUUUUUUUUUUGUUGUCAUUAUAUACACAUGUUUUUCUUUAGUCAGUUAUUUCUUUCUCUAGAGUGCGAACUGUAUAGUAUUCGGAUAAAUGCGAAUCCCAUACGUUCAUAAGUUUACUUUGUGCACCUCGUCAACCCCCUCUCACCAAAAGCGACCUCGUAUGCGUAUAGAAAACAAUCUAAACCAUAAAUGAAAAAAAUAUAUAAUAUGUAUGUAUUUGUAUAAUAUAUAUAUAUACGUAUUAUUAAAGUGUAGGUAUACCUAUACUUUAUUAUACGUAUGAAGAGUAAACGCGUACGAGUUGUUUUUUUUUAAAUAUUAUACGGAGUAUAUUAAAGAGAAAAAUAAAUAAUAAUAAUAAUAAAUCAACAUCGGCUAUAAAAUGCCAACAAGCAAAUAUGAAUUUUAUAAAUCCCACGUUUACUGCUACUAUGUUAUUACUCGUCAACCUUUUAUUUAUCCCUCUUAGAAAAAAUCGUUUUUGAUCUGUAAAAUUGUUUCGAAAUAAUAUAAAUAAAUAAAUACAGAAUAUCUGUUUGUGACUAAAACUCAAAAUUAAUACUAUACGUAUAGUAUGCACGUGUUAUGUGCACUGUUAUUAUAUAUUUUUACAUAUAUAUAUAUAUACAUAUGACCCUCCUAAUAGUGAUGUCGUUUUUGAAAUUCUUCGACAAGAAAAAGAAAACUAAAUGUAUCACCGUAAUUUUAAACAAUAGUCUUAACUUAUAUUGUGGAUUUUUUUUAAAAUUUAAAACAGAACAAUUCUAUUCAUGUUUAAACUUAAAAUAACUACGGUGAGUCAAUGUAUAUGUAAUCUCUUUUGUAAAUCUGUUGAAAAAAUAUUAACAGGAUUGGUCAGAAUUUAUAUAUGAAUAUUUUCCCAUUUAAUUAAUGUGUUGAAAACGUAUAAAAUAGUGUGUAUUCUAAAAUUGCGUCUUGGCUUAAUAUUUUUAGACGAACUAUUUUUUUUAUUUUUUUUGGGGGGGGGGAAAGAGAGGUUGAGGUCAAAUUUAACAUUUUAUUGAAAAUUAAUAUUAUUUGGAAAACAGAUAUAUUACAGUUAUAUUAUUUAAUGUAUUUUAGGUGCGAAAAACUUAAUAUUUUAGGUAAUGCAAAACUCUUUUCUUGAGAGCAGAUGAUCCUAAUUUUUAAUCCGGGCUGAAGUGACGGUACAACUACGCACCCUGUAUUGACCUUAGGCUAUUCAGGAGGCGCAGAGGUUCGGGGAAGCCUCAUCUACAUGACAAUGCAUCAGAGCGCGGUCCUAGCAACUGUUACCCAAUUUACUUACCGUCUGCACACGGGUUCAGUCGUCGUCGGGUGGGUAGCCUUUGGCUUUUUAACUACUACCCAACGAAACUUGUAAGCCCGUCCGAAUCCAACCGCAAGGCACCGACUAUGGCACGAGACCACGGCCGACACCUGGGUCUCCGAUCGGCGCCGAACAUGGGUCGGCGCCGGGGCUCCGAAGUCCACCCGGACUACUUUUCAUAAAUUUCAAAAGUUGGACAUAUCUUGACAGUAAGCAAUCGACGAAGCGGAUGAUCAGUGUCCGUACCGGAGGCAUUCAAGAAUCUAUGGACACGCGUGUGAUAAUACAAUCUCCGUUUCUUGGAGGUAAAUGGAUCUCCCGAGAAUAUCAGGCACUGUGACCCAACGAUCGAAACGCAAAAAGACCUCCGAACGACUUUAUCUUAAAGCAAUUUAAAGUUUUUAAUAAUACUUUGAAGAUUUUAAUUUUAUCAAUCCAAAAUUAAAUAAAUUAUGAUUUUAUCGAUUUUAGUACCUAUAGCUAUAUUUCUGCGUAUACUAAAUCAUGAACAGUACCAAUUAGAUAUUUUUGUAAUAAUAUACGAGGAUAUUUGUAAAAUGUAGUCUGCAUUAUCCUCCCUCUUACUGCUGACUAUAUCCAAUUAUACAAAUUUAAUUGUAUUCCAUGUAAAAAUAUGUCAAUAUUGUAACUAAUAAUUAUUGGCAAUCGUUCAAGACUUUUAGCAAAAUAACUGAAAAAAGUUUAAUUUUUGUUUAUUGCUCCGAUUGCUGAUUAAUUGAUAUUAUACACUGUAUUGUUACAAUCGUUUGAAAAAUACAAUAAAACAUUUUAAAAUUUAACAAUAUUGUAAUAACGUGAUGUGUUUCACUAAAAUAGUAGGGAAAAAAAAGAUUUCAGACAAAUGGAAAGCUUAGAAUGAAAUGAGUUUUUCAAAGGGAAAUCAAGUGGUUGUAAAAUACACAUUAUUUUUAGUUUAUAUUUUCAAUAUUUUAAUCGUUGAAAAAAAUAAAACAAAUAUUUUUCCUUAAUGAAAACGCAGGGUUAGAAUUCUGAUAUUUUUUUUCAAGCAACUUCAAUUCAUACAUUUGUUUGCUGUCUUACAAAAAUUAAAAAUUUCUGUAAUGCAAUAUUUUAAGUAAUUAUAUUAUUAUCUUUAAUAAAAUUGUAAUUCUCUAGCUAUAGUUAAAUUGCAUCACUUUUAAAUUCAUAAGUUUUAAAUUUAUUGAUAAAGCCACAAACAAAAAUCAUAUUUUUUAAUUAAUAAAAAACACACUGUUUAUCAUAUAUUUCAUGACAUUUACGGAAGGGAUUAAAUAGAAUCAAAAAAAUUAAACACAUUCAAAUUCUAUGACUGUACUUAUUAUUUAUAUAAUACUGAUAUAAUUCAUGUUCGAUUCAAACCUUUAAAUAAUCAGAGAUUCUUACGCUUCAUGCAUUGAGUAUCCCAAGAGUACUCACUAAUUACUAUAAUCCCGAAGUUUAUAUAAAAAAAAGAGGAAUACCAAUUACGAUUAUUCUGUUUGUCAUAAAUAUUUGUAUAUAUUUCAGUAGACAUAAAAAAAAAAAAAAAAAUAAGUAUAAAUAUUGGUUUGUUUAAUUAUUACAAUUAAAUGUUUUAAUUAAUACUAUGUACAACUUUUCGCGGUAGAUUGAUUUUUUUAAAAUUUAAAUUAUUUUCCAUCGAAAAGAUCGUGUGUAUAAAUUUCCAGUACCCUUAAAAAAAAAAUCAUAACCUACUGCAGAUGUUACUACACUAUUGUGCCUAUUUAAAGCCUAGGAGAAUAUCCUGUACACUGAAUUGCCGUCCUGGUAGAGACUUUUGAAUACUUAUGAGUAUGCAAUAAUAUUUUAAUGUCAAAAUUCCAAAACUUUGUAUCAGUUAUUUUUAUAUUAAAUUUAAUACAUUUUAUGUUAAAAAAAAAUCUGUAAAAUAUUUUUCCUUCUAUAUUUAUCUCCUCCUAUUCUCGCAUCCAAAAUCAUUUUUUUUUUCUAUCUACUCAACUAUACUCCAUAGUCAUAUGACCUCUUUUUAUUACUUCAUCAUCACAACAUUAUAUGUUAUAAUUUUCUUUUUUAAUCACCUCUUUUCCAUUUCUGGUAUACACUUAACUAACUUAAUAUGUUCAGAAAGAAUAAACAACCGGUGUAUAAUUAUAUGAAUAAAUGAAUAUCUUGCUAUUUAUUUUAUAUUCUGAGUGGAGCAAGGAAGUUUAUGGUUUUACAAAGACGUUUUUUUUUUUACUUAUGCCCAACUUUUCUUAUCUGGAUCUAGUUUUUAAGUGUAGCAAAUUUUCUGAAAAAAAAAAAACAAAAAAACGGUAUGUUACUUAAGGUACUUUAGGGAGUCAUUUUUCGAUUUUCUUAAUAAUUUUCUCAUCAAAUGUGAAAAACCGAAAAAAAAAAAACGAGGAAAAACAAGAAAAUCGGUACAACAUUAAAAAAAAAUAUAUAAUGCCUGUUUAAUUAUUUUUCAAUAAUAUUGCAUAAAUAUUGUUGACAAAACAUCAAUAUCGACUUAACUCCUCUCAGAAUCGUUUUUUCGUUGGUAACGGUUUACCGCGGCUUACAGGACCUGAUAUACAUUAAAUUACCUAUAACUGUGGAUGCAUCCGUCUCCAUUAUCUUAGGACAGCUAUUUAUUUUUAUCCAUUAUCUAUAAAGUAAUUAAUAUAUUUUGGUGUUAACUAUUCCAACUUGGGUCUUAUGUACAUCUUAUAGAUAAAAUUUCACAGGAUUUUCAAGAAAAAUAAAAUUAGGAUUUUAUUAUUGAUAAUAUUAUUGACCGCUCAUUUUACUCGUCUUCUUCACCGCCUACCAUUAUCGAUGUUGUAUUAACUGCAGUGACUGUUUUUUUUAUUUUUAAGAAAAUCAACUUCUGGUGAAGGUAUUAGGUAAUUAUUUUAUGAGUUACCUAAUCGAAAAAUAACGCAAUUCUUAUAUAUAUAUAUUGUAUUGUAUAUACUUUUUUUUUUUAAAACCGCUUGAAAGCUUUUAUUGUAAACAUCAAACAACAAUACACUAUCAAAGGUAUACAUAAAUACUUGUGAUGUAUUUAUAUACAAAAAUAAUAAAAAAAAAUUUUUUUUUUAUAUUGUAUUAUAUUAUGAAUAUUUUUUGAUAAAAACUUAGUCACGUUUUACAUUUCGACUCUGAUAUACCCGAUGAUGAAUUUUUAAUUCAAAACCAGUCGUAUAAUACACUUGUGAUAAUACUUCAGGCGAUGCAUUCAUUCAUUUAUUUAUUUUAUUUUUAUUUAUACAUUUUUUACUUAUAUAUUUAUUUACUAUAUGUAUUAACUUUAUUUAUUUACGAGUAUCAACCAUUUUAGUAAUUUUGUUUUUACUUUAUUAUUCUAUUAAAAACAUUCUUACGUCAUACCUACUUAACCAAAUUCGUUAAGUGAGGUACCGUUUUGAAGAUUAUAAGUUGGCCGCUUCUUACGAAUCGUUAUAGUUCACAGUUAUACAUUGUAUCUAUAUUUGCACUGCAAUUUUUUUGGGCUAAAUUUUCGUCACGGCAGUAUAGGAAUGAAACGAAAAUCUGUUAUUGGAAAAUUGUUACUCGCGUUAGUGCGGAGUAUUCGCAUGGGCUUUAAGUAAUAUAUUAUUUUAUUAAAUAUACGCCAGGUAUAUGGUACUAGUAAAUAUAAGUACCUAUAUAUUAUGGUAAUUCAACAUACUAUUUUAUAACGCAAUUUGACAGAUUUGUAUGGAUAUUUGAGCACAUACGCAUGUAACAUAAUAGUAUUCCAACGUUACCUAUACGCGUGGAAAAGCCGGGCAAAGGACACAAUAUAAUAAAUAUAUUUACGUAUAAAAAGUAAUGGAAAAAAAAAAAAAAAAUAAUACUGUUUUUGUAUAACUCUGUUGCUAGAUAACCAAACGGUCGUUGGAAUUCGCCGCACGUUUCAUUAUACGCUUAUAUAUAUAUAUAUAGGUAUAGAUUUAGAUAUAGGUAGAUACGUAACUCAAUAUAUUAUUAUUAUUAUCGUUGCAGGUUGUGUUUCGGUCAAAACGAAUAAAUUGUAUAGGUAGGCAUGUUCACUCUGUCAGGUUUAACGUACUGCCUAUACUGAACGUUGUUCCAUAAUAUAUAAUAAUAUAAUAUCGUAAAUUUGGUUUUUCACAGGAAAAAGUAUUUUAAAAGGCAUUUUAAAUACUCCGCGCGGGUCACCGAAUAUGCUAAUUCGGAUAUUGUUCAAAUUAUUUCGAUUCAAUCGUCCGCCUCGCUGUACGUUUGCUAUUAUUGUGUGUAUUUCUGCAAUGCGCGUGUACAAAACCUAAUGCGAUGCCUACACUUUUUGAAAUAGUACCUAGGUAUAUACAAUGUCACAUAAAAUAUUUUAUCUAUGUAAGCAUUUUUCGAUUAACCUAACCGUUAACCAAUGGUCACUCGCUGUGAUAAUAGUAUUUGUGCGUAGUUUUGAAUUCACAUGGUUAAUAUAAUCAUUAGUUUUACUAAUAAAUUAUAUAAACAACAAAAAAUAUUUUUAAUGCAUUAUUUAGAUAAAAUUUACUACCUACUACUACUCACUACUAUUCAAGUUGUCGAUUAGAGGAAAAUUUCUAAAUGAAAAGUUGUUUGACAGGAAAAAAAAACUAUAAUAGAAGGGUACACAUGAGAAUUUAACUUUAUAGACGCUAUCGAGAAAAAUUAUUAAUUGAUUUUAGACGCAAAUUCUGGUAUUUCAUUAAUUUACUGAAAAUGAACACUUUCGAUUUCUGAAAUUCUCGAAUGGUUUUAGAAAACAGUCUGGGUAAAACUACAAAAAAACUACAUCUAUACGGUAUUGGUCCAUCAAUAAUAAUAAUUUUUUUUUUUUUUUUAAAUUCAUUACCGUUACAUACAGAGUCCGUGUUCAUGGUCACAACAUUCGUAUAAUAUUUCAUUUCUUAUAAAUUUAUAACGUCGUCGUCUUUUGAAUAAUUGACGAGGAUGAUAUUGUAGUGGGACACCCUAAUAAAACUGUACGACAAUGAUUGUCGUGCUACACGGAACAAUGAAACAGUUUCAGAACUAAACCCAUUAAAGGUUUCGAAAUGGGUUAUGAUGAUGUGCAUAAGGAAAAGUGACAAAAGUACUAAACCAAAGUAAAAAAUUCACGAUUUAAUAAAAUGAUACGUAUAAUAUAUUUUGCUUAUUAAUAUUUGAUUAGUCGAAAAAAUCGUUUUUCUGUGUUUUUCGUGUUUUUCGGCGAUUACUUCGUGAUCAAAUACUUAUAUUCUAAAUGUAUAGUUGUUAAAUAUGUUACAACAAAAUGUUUUAGAUAAUUCGCUCGCGUCAAAUUUAAAACUCACGAACGUUUACGUGGACAGAGAACCUAUGAUUGAAUAAUAAUAGAAUGCAAUUUUUUGCAAUUUAAUAGUAAACUUGAUCAGCAAUGAUAAUAGAUUCUUCUUCUCUCUUUUAAAACUCAAAAAAUCCAAAAUGAUUUUGAAUUGAUAACAGUUCUCGUUGGCUAUUAAUCAAGCCAUAUUAUACAUAUUAUAAUUAUAAUAUAGAUUGCGUUGCUCGUGAACAAAAUUCAAGUCAAAUACGCGUAUCUUCGUGAAUCUUUGAUAAACAUUAAAACUACAAAUAACAUUAAUAAAUACAAUUUUGACAAAAAUAUACGCUUAGGUUAUACGCUAUGUUGUGGUCCAUGAUGAUGAUCGGAGUAGAGGAGGGGAAGUUGGAUAGGAUGGUAAACGGGGUGGCGAGAUGGUAUCAUUAACACUGACCCGUCGGAAGACGAUGUUUGGGUCGGAUGGGGAAGAGGAGGGGGGGACUAUCGAUCUGCACGGCUGGCGGCGGCGGCGUUACAGUUGUAUAGUAGCCUACACAACGGUUUCCGGUGCCAACAAUCUCGCGGCGGAACACGAGCUGCGGUGGUGGUCGGCCCGCCGUUAAUCUGUUUACGAAUCGCACCGGCCAAACUUCGGAAUAAUAAUAAUAAUAAUAAUAAUAAUAAUAAUAAUAAUUUGUCUCUCUCGCCCUCUCGCACUAUUCCGCCGUAUACCGGAGCCCGUGUCGAAAACCUUUAGCCCGCCGCCGGUCUUCCCGUCCUCCUAGUUAAUUCUUCCGCCGCCCGCAGCGGCCGCGUAUCGACGGGCCGGCCGUGCGAAAAACACAAACAAAACUGUGAGCAUUGAACGCGACCGGACUCGGUCCGCAUCGCCGAGCGGAUUAGGUACGAAAAUAGCCGACGAACGAUUAUAAUAUUAUCCCCGACGUCGGUAUAGCGAGGUUAAUGAAAUCAUCGGAUCUCUAAAUUUUCGAGAGAAGAGGGGACCGUGGUUUUUAGCCGGGCUGCCUGAAACUACAAUCUGGGCGCGUUUAACCAUUCUAAUAUCCGUUCCAGCACCUGUAGGAAGCAUACCCCGCUUAUGAUUGGUCCGUUGUAAUCGUGCGCUUGCGGAACGGUUAAACUGUAGUCUUUAUUCGUUUACUAUAAAUUAACCGGGCGAUCCCUUUACUUAAGUAUAAAACACGCAACGUAAUAAGUACUUAAAAGUAACCAAAAUAAUAUUAUAAAAACGUAAAUAACAAUAACAAAACUAAUUGUGAUAAAGUCAAAUUAUCUAGGAGUGCUGGGCGUCACCAGAUUAUUUCAUUAAACUGCAUAUUUAAUUCAUAGUGCACCUAUAAUAGUUAAGCGUUUUUGGUUUUGUUAGAUAUAUAUAUAUAUAAGCGCAGUGGCGUAUCAAAAAAAUUUUUUUUUUUUGGUAAAGGAGAUACUGAUAAGGAUACUGAUCGCGUUUAAUAAAACCUAGUACUUUCAAUACUCUGCGUGUAUAAAAUAAUCUCAUCAAUUCUAAUAUUCCUUUGUCUAGAGAUUUUGGCAACUUCUAUUUACUCGCUUCGUGAACUUUAUAAGAAUUUUAUCAAAAAUAAUACUUUGUUAUGCAAAGCCAUAUUAGAUAGAUCAGAAGAGCAGAAGUUCUCCACUACAUUUAUAAAUUUUUGCUUUUUUGUUUUGAUAACAGAAUAACAGAACUACCCGAAGCCCGACAAAUUCAAUUAUAAUAAAUCAGAGAAGUAAAGUCGAAAUACCACACACAAUAUUCCUUUUAUAUAGAUGUUGUAUCUAAAUAUAUAGUACGUCUAGCCCCUUUUCAUAACUUAUUUAAAUGUCUUUCACUACUAUUACAGACUAUAACUACUACUAUUCCUACUACGAAACGCGUUAUAGUUAUUUAAUAGAGUUUUUGCGAUGUAAUUGCACUGCAGUGGCAUUGAGUAAGUGUAUGCACUGACUGCACUGCCAAUUUUAGUACAGUAAAAUAUAACUAUGAACCGUUUUUCUUUACCCAGGGGGUCGAUAAAAAAAAAAUGCGAUACAAAAAAGAUAAUUAAAUAAUAGAUAUGUUUGUAUUCGGUAUAAAAACCCUAUUGUUGUGAAAGGGUUUCCCUUGUGCAAUUUUAUCAAAAACGCUUUUAACUUUAACCUUAAAAGGAGAUCGUAAUACUAUUAUAUGAAAUGAAAAAAAAAAAAAUUAAAAUUGAUCUUAUCUUUUUAAUUAUAGCUUUUUAAAACAUGUAUAACCGAACUCUACUCAAAAAUACCUCAAAUAUUUUGAACAUUUCGUUCACGUUUAGAAAAGGCAAAUAUAAGUUUUAUGUCAAAAUUUCAAGUUUCUAUGGAUAUUUUAAACUGAAAUACAUUAAAAAAAUAAAAUUUUAAAUACUAAAAUAAUUAUUUUCUUGAUUUGUUUAGUACUUUCUACGUAUUUUUCGAUGUUACUCAACUUUUUUAAAUACUAUAAAGAAAAACAAAAAACACCCUCCUUUGUUCACCAACAAAAUUACAAAUUAAACAUAAAAGAUCUCUUAUUGUAUUUCUAUUGGAGUAAUAUUUCUGUUAGAAACCGGAAGGCGUAAAAAUGUAAAAUAAUUAAAUCGUUACACCUUAAAUUUUUCAAUUUUCAUUUUACGUUUCUUUCCGGUUUUCUCUAUUACCAUGGAAAUAACUUUGAUUAAAAAACGAUUUUGUUCGUGAGUAUCUAGAUUCAAAAUAAAACAAAAAAAAUCUCUUGUCGUUUUUUCUAUUGUAGUUAUAUAUCUGGUAGAACACAGUUUACAAAAAUUAAAAACGAUGAAAACGGUAUCUUCAUAGCACGCCGUUAUAUUUGCCGUUUUACCUAUAAUGUUCUUAAAUAUAAUAAUAUAAUCAUAAUUAAGUAUAAUUUUAUUACAAGUUCAAGAUGAAAAUGUAUUUUUCUACGUAUUAGGUAACAUAGUGAUUAUUUUAUUAUGCUCUAUUUACAUUUAAACUGGACUGGACCGAAGAAUCGGACUUAAAAAUUGUAGACGGACUGGACCGGACCGAAAGAAGAAUCAGACGGACCGGACUGGACCGUAGUAAAUUCCAAAAUAAAAAAGACCGGAAGUACCGGAGUGCAGUCCGGUUUGAUCAAAGCAGGACUGGACCGUGCAUAAUUCUACUCGUGAUACUUCAAAUCUAACAAAUUCAAUAUCAUUGUAAAACCAUUAGAUUACUCGCUAUGCUCCGAAUCUAAAAAUACACACUAAAAAUCAAAUAUCUACGUCAAAUGUAUAAUAAAAAUUUCAAUUUUCAAUAUCUGUUACAUAAGUCAUUGUCUUAGAUCGCCCAAAACCAAUGCAUUUUGUUUAAUAUCUAGACCCUAAACUUAUUAUGGAUCUAUGUUCUUCAAAGCUUUAAGCGAUUCAAACAUUGGAUUAUUUAAUUAUACUGUUAUAGAAAGAUACGAUGUCGAUGUCUGUUAUAUUUUAAUAAAUGGUCGAUAACUACAAAUGGUUUAGUUAAUAUACAUAUGAAAAAAAGUAGUUAGAAAUAAAAUAGAUGUAUGUAAAAUUAAAUACAACAAAUCGAUUUUAAAACCUAAUUUGUUUUAUUCAAUUCAAUUACCUACACUAUAUAUUUACAUUUUACUAUAAAAUACUUUCAAUUAAAUUGUUUUGCAACUAAUUUUUUUUUUUUUCUGUGUUAAAAUGUUAUGAAAUACGAGAGGAAAUAUCUGCGAGCAACAGAGUUCCGUUCUACCUAGAGUGGAGUUUCUCCCUGUCUAUAAUAUAUUCUUGACAUAUUUUUUGUAAAAAAUAAACAACUGAAUACUAUUAUAAUUAAAAUGCUAUAGGUACCUUUUAAUGCUUAAACUAUUCUACUUAUAUAAAAAAAAAAAUAAAAAUUGUAAAAUUUGAUCAUGAAAAUGUCAGGCGUGAAUUUUGAAAAUUGAAAUCACCAAAAGGCGUUUUCCCCUUUUUUUGUUGAAGGAAAUGGUUCCAUCCCGUUUCAUCAGUAUCUCUAAUAUAAUAAUUCGUUUUAUUCGUGCAGAGAACGUAAACUCAAUUUUUUUAUAUAUAUAUAUAUAUAUAUAUAUAUAUAUAUAUGUACUUAUAUAAUAUAUAUAAUCCUAUAUAAUAUUAUACGGCACAUUGUGCAGAAAUACCGUAUACGAACCUAAUGAACCGAAUACGAACUGCUCGCAAGAAUACUGAAUAGACAUAUUCUAUAUUGGGCGUGUAGGUGUUUAGGUGUGCAGAUACAUAGAAGGUACAACAACAGAAUUGUCGGGUAAAAUAUUCGAGUAGGUAGGUAGUAGUGAUCUUUGUUUCGAUUUAAUAUUCGGUAAAAUUCGCACAAAUCGCCGUCCCAAAGAGAAUCAGGCUACUGUAUUUAAAGGUAUAGAGUUGCAAUAUGAUAACAAGUCUGUAAAUAAAUUACAGAUCCUAUAGGUGUAUGACGUUGUGCAAAAUUAUAAUGGCUCGGUAACAUGUAAAUAUGCUUAACCUAAUAAAACUUAAGUAAUAUUGUCGUGUCUCGUAUGAUCGACAAGAUGAUUUACAAUAUUUGUAUUGUGAAUUUUCAUAUUUUGUUCACCAUAAAUUAAACCGUAAAUACCUCUAACCAUUUACCGAAAGAGUACAGUGUGUACACAACACGACGCUUGCGGUAAAGUGUGUGUGUGUGUGUGUGUAUGUGUUUGUUAUGUCUUAACUGAUCGAUUCGAAACGACUCUGAGAAAUGAGGGGUAGAGCGAGCAGUGUGAUGCCGCAUGAAUAUUUAUGAUCGUUAUAAUACUUAUAAUAGAUACAACCCGAAAACAGUAUCAUUAGUGGGAUGUUAAACACUUAAAAUUAAAAAUAUAUAUAUAUAUGAUGUUCCGAAACAAAAAAUGUAUAUAAAAUGUAAUUAUUCUUAAUUAAUAAUAUACUUUAAUUAUGAACGUAAAAUACGCAGCUUUUUAGGUUGGAAAAAAAACUUUAAAUAUAAAUUAGGGUAUUAUAAAAUAUAUCGAUGUGAAAAAACAAAACUGAACGUUAUGAAUAUCAAACUGUUCGGUGUAAACUGUGUUGUGCUCCAUCUAGAUAGGUAUAGUAUUAUUUUAAUUUUUUUUUUACUUUAAUAUACCCACAUAAAUGAGGAAAGUUAGUUAAAAAUGUUAUGAACUACUAUAGAAAAAAUCGCAUACUACCAAAUUAUAAACAAAUACCGAAAAUUGAUUCCAUUUUUAUACCAUUUUUUUUUUUUUUUGAAACGAUUUAUGUCGUUACUAGAAAUAUUAGUUGAUUGUCGGCAAUAAAGUUGAGCAUAUGAGGAUAUAAUUGCACUAGUUGCAGAAAACUGGAGCUCAUUUUAGAUUUUACCGGAAAACAAGAGACAAAAAUAAAGCUUAAAAUAAAGAUUUGAUACUGGGAAAAGAUGGGCCACUGUUUUAGGUGGGUAGUAGGGAAGUUUAGGUCACAGGAGAAUUUUUCAAAUAGUAUCAAGAUACGAGAUUUUAUAUAUGGUACUUAUUUACUUGAAAAUCUGUAAACAUUUAUGAUGGUUUUUCUUAAAAAAAAAUAAAUAAUAAUAAUAAUAUUAUAAUGUGUGUUAAUAAUAGUAUAAUACGUUGGAUUUAUUUUCAUUUAUUUCUUAGUAACCUUAGCUACAAUAGACAAAAAACUACUAAUGUAGUAUAACCUUAUCAGUUUAUAGAGCUCCAUGUUAUUUGAUUUCAAUUAUGUGUUUUAACUUAAUUUCCUUAAAUCCUAUGUCCUCGAGUCUUCCACCUUCGGCAAUGUGAUUUACCCACGGUGCGAAGUAUACCUAGAUUCAUUUUUUCUUGUACUGUUAAUAUUAUCAUUUUUGUUUAUAAAUGCGUUUAUGUGAGUUUUAUUUUAUUUUUUUUUUUUAGAUAACCGUUUAUUUCUUUUUAUGUUAUGAUGUUAUGAUGACAAUAUUUUCAUAAUAACAAUCGUAAAAUAACUAAAAUUGUAUAAUGUCUCAUAUAAAUUAAAUUCUUCCAACUACACAACUGCGCUUUUUAUAGUAAUUUGUAUAGAAACGAAAUAAAUAACGACGUGCUCUAGACUGGAAAUAAUAUCCACGAAAAACACGGCGAAAUGUCCGUUCCUUAUACUGCGUAAUAUCCGCUUUUUGCUCGUUGUUAAAGUUAGUUUCAGGUGUAUUAUGGACUUUGUAAGACAAAAGUACCAUUAAUUUUGAUUUUACGUAAAAAGCUCGAAUAAGUUUUCGAACGGGCGGCGUUGUUACCUUGCCGUUAUAAUUAAGAUAAGCGGAAUUCGGUGUUGAUAUCGUACCAGCUACCUAUAAUACACACAUAGUAAUGAUUUAAUUGAGACUAGGUACAUGAUAAAAACCAAAAAUAAAAAUCAAAUAAUUAUUAUACAAACAAAUGAUAAUUACAAAGAGGUUGUCAAAUAAUGAAAACUACGGACGAAAUGGAUAAAUUUAUCGAUUUAAACGUGCCAGAAUAUUGAUUUAGGUAAAUACUUAUUAUACAUAAUAGACUUUUUGAAAAUCUAAAACGCAUCAACCACACUAUUAAUAAUAUUAAUCUUCACGGGGGUGUACAUUAUUAAGCGCGAUUACGUUAAUAUUAUAUCACAUUUGUUUACUUUGAUCAUGAAUGGGGAAGAAACUGUACUGAGAUGAGUUUUUCUCGAAAACGGUUUUUCGGUUAGUAAAAAUACUCAAAAAGUUUUACACGGUAUCGUACUUACUUUAAAAGAAGAAUAUUUUUCACUCGACCGCACUUAAUUUGAAGCAUUUUUACAUAUAUAAUUAUAUAUGUACAUAUUCUAAAUAUUUUUCAUAUUUAAGUUUUAUACGUUGAAUUUGAGCUUAAAAGUACACGAUUUAAAAAGUACCUACCCAAAAAAUCAUAUAUUUAUAUAAAUUUGUCUCUUUUAAUUUUGUAUAUUUUAAGCAAUUUAACAAUUGAAAAUAUUUUUACAGUGAAUUUUUAUCACGAUUGGUUCACGACCGGUGUCCUACACCGUGUCGAACUUGUUGAAAUAAUAAAACAAUAAAACUGGGAAAUAUUAUUCUGCUCGAUAAAAGCAAUCGUUUAAACAUAUAAAUUCGAUUAGUCCAAACCUUUUAAUGCCCAAUUCGUCUUGAAAAUGUUUAUAAAUGAAAGCGUAAAUUUGCAGAAAAAAUAACAAAAUUAUUUUACUCGAUAGAAUGUUUUCCCUUAUACACACAAAAACAAUAAUAUUUCAGAAAAGCUUUUUUUUAUUAUUUAUUAUUAUUUUAACAGUUUGUAUUCUUUUUCUUGUUGUUUUAUUAAGAUUUGUGUGUUUUUCUUUAAAAACAUUUUUUUGUAUCUUAAAAGAUAGAUCUUGACAUUUUUGUUUAUUUUCUCGAAUACUAAAACACUGAUAUCAAAUGACAAUAUAACGGUUCAGUGGUGCUGAAGUCAAUUUUAUCAGUGAUGGGUGGGGGAGGUAAAGCAUUUAUUGUGGUGCCCACCCAGGUUAGAAAAAAAGUUAAUUACUCACUUAAUUUUUAAACUUUUCAAACAAGAUAAUUUUACGUUUAAUACUAACUAAUAAGCAAAAAACGUUCUUAAAUAUAAAUAUAUAUAUAUAUAUGAUGUGUAUUUUUUUUUCUGUAUGUAUGCAACUUUUAUCCUAGAAAUCUUGCUCUAAUCAAAACAUGAUGACACGAUAGGUUAUUUGUUGAAUUUUAGCUCUAGUCGAUAAUUUAAAAAGGGUAUUUUUUAAAUUUGAGAUAAUGGAGAAAAAUUGAUUCAUUAAGUUAUUCUUUAAAAUAAAAUGAUAAAAAUUAAAAUAAUCAUUAGCAAUCGUUUUUAUUAAUAUUAAUAUUUUAUAUUUUAUUUUUUUAAUUUUUUUUUAAACAAUUAGUUUUGUACUGAAAACGCACAUUGUUGAAAAAGCAAAACUAUUGACCGAGCUGUGCUCAUAAUCGUUUUUCGUUAUUAAUGACUAAUAGUUGCGUACAAAUAUAAAUUAAAUUUCCCUAUACAUCCUACCUUCCUAACUUUUUACCUACAGCAGUUGCCCACCCGUCACCAUUAUUAGCUCUUUUUUUUCAUUUAAAUAUUAAGUUAAAACUUACUAAAAUACUGACGUCUAAAGUUUAGUUUUAUAUAUUUACAGUUGUCAUAUUUUAUUUUUACUGGAUAUUGAGAUAACUUGUCUAUGUUUACAAUGCACAUUAUAUGAAAAACAGUCAAUAAUCGUUACUUUUAUUGACUUUAAAAGGAACAUAACCUUUGCUUAGUCAUCCAAGAUCCAAACAAUUGCACACAAGGCAUCCCACCCACCACCCAGCCAUAAAAUAACAGGAGUAUUUAUUUUAAUUGACUCUAGUGUUCGGCGCCACUGUACAGGUUUUGUUUAUGUUGAUUUCAGGAUUACCGAAAAAAAAACACGACUUUUUAAUUUCAUAGAACCUUAUCGAGCUUCGCACCAAAUCAUUUUUUGAUUGCAAUGAUUUAUUGUUGCUUUCAGUAUAAACACUAUAAACUAAAUUACCGAAUACCCUUAUGUAUUAUACCCUAUACCUUCCCAAAUUCCUUCCUAUAAAAGUCCGGCUUACCCACGGUGUGAAGUAUGUCUGGCGUUUGUUUUUAUUCUUGACGUUUUAGAGAGAACCCGCGGUAAAAUCAGUAGCAAAUUAACUUUCCCGUCGAUUGGACGUGUCUAACUGAUUGAUGCCAUUACAGGACGCUGACGUAAGUAUCUCAUAGUACUUAUUACAGGGGCGUUCUAUUUUUAAGCAAAUAAUAUAACGUAAACAGUAAUAAUUUUCAGUGACGUUGCAUGCUCCGAUUUCAAAAAGUUUCAAUGCUUAAUGAGUCUUUAGACAAUUAUGAGCGAAAGGUACCGUGAAUAAAAUAACCGUACAUAUUAGAAAAGUUACAACAGCUGCCAGUUUCAAAGAAAUAUAUAACAUAUAACGUGCCUGAGAAAUGGAAUUGUAUUAAAUUACUCUUUGACUUUGUGUCUUUGUCCUUAUUUAUAUAUGUAUUUCUGGAGUAUUUUAUUCUCCGGAGGGAUACAGUCUACUGUACUAUCUAAAGAAUUUAUGACGAUAUUAUGUUUGGUACUAUUGCUGCCAUAUUGUAACAUAUGUCAUUAAUAUCAUAUGUAUUUGUAUAAAUUAAAGACAAUGUAAAUCGGUAACACCGCGUUGCGUCGUAAAUAAUUUACAUUCUUUCGGAAAUUCGUUUUUCAGUUUUUCUCAAUUACCUAUUAUGAAAACCCAUUGAAAAAUUAUAAGAUAUUCUCCCAAUACACCAGUCAGAUUCAACAUUUUUCGAUCAGAGCAAGUUUUCUGUUCGAAAAUUUACUCAUGCAUACAAGAUUUAAUUAACACAUCAUACUAAAAUCAAGGGAUUCCUCACUACACUUCGAAUCUAAAAAAAGUCCAGUAAAAAUGUUUAAUAUAGUAUAUAUUUAGAAAGAUGAAUACGAUUUCAAUAUUCAAUAACUAUAUUUUAAAAAAGUAAUGUAAAAGUGUAUUUUAAAAUACAUUUUAAUGUUAAAUCUUGGAAGUGUAUUAGUUUUUCAAAAAAGAUUUUUAAAAAUGUUAUAAUCAUUUAAUUCAAUCGGGAGGGAACAUUGUACCAGAGUUUUGCGGGAAAUAAUAAACCAGCACUAUCGUCCGACAUCACAAACGGGUUAAAUUCGAUUAGGUCACAUCGAAUUAUGUCCAAUUGAAUAAAUAGAAAAAUAAACAAACCUAUGUAAUUUAAUAAACGCAUUUUUCCAUCGCGUGCUCAUCGAAAAUAAUUCAAAUUCAAAUUAAAAAAAAAGUACACGCUUUAUUAAAAAGAGAUUUAAUCGCAUUUAAAGAGCGUUUAUAUUAACCAGAUUUGUAUAGAAAGAUAAAAUUUCUACCUUAUAGUAUAAUAUUUCGAAUAUUGUAGAAUAAUCAACUGGUAUUAUUGCGUUAUUUACACUCUGUUCCGUAAAAGUUAAACACUGUGAUAAUAUCAUUGUAUACAGUUAUAAACGUUUGUUUAUGUACAUUUGUUUCAUUUUUCGUGUUGAUAAACAAUUAAGACUAAUUUAUUGUGUUUGUUUUACUGAUUUUAGUGAAAGAUAUUUAUGCAUUGUGUACAAUUUGAACGCAACUAUUAUCGUGUUCGAAUAAGAUUAAAAACAAAAAACAAAAUAUGAUUACAAUUAUUAUUAUGUUUUUCUUUUCUCAGUGAUUUGAACCAUAUUCCUUAUAAAAUAAAACAACUGAAUAUUAGUCUUUAUAAAUCAAAUAUUAUACCAAAUGACAGCCAUAUUUUAGUACAUUUAUUGAAUUGAUUAUCAAAUAUAAUAUUUGUUUAUGCCGUGAACUUUGUAACAAAUACACGUAAAUAUAUGAAAAAUGUUUAUAAUGUCUUUAUCACCUUAAAUACUUUUAUCGUCGCUUCAUUCAAAUUAAUACAAAUAUUAUCCGGAUACAAUAUGCCCUAUUUUGACACCAAACUUUAUAUUAUCUCUUACGGUAAUCUUUAUCAUUCGGACAUUUAGUUGACCAUCUAUUUAUAAUUGAUUUAUUGUUUUCUCGUAUACUCGUAGUUUAUCUAAACUGACUAGAAAAAAAAUUACACAUAUCAUCGGAAACUUGAAAUCGUAUUAUAAUAUAAAUCACCACGUUAUUCGAUACGUAUGUAAAUUCUAAAUGAUUAAAAUGAUUACAAAUUAUGAUAAUAAAACAAAAUGCUUUAGUAUCCGAUAAAAUUUAAAUAUUACAAAUUAUUUUGUAAUAUAUUUACCAUUGAGUUAAGAAAUUCGAAACACUUUUAAAAACAUAAUGGUAAUCGUAAUAAUAAUUACCACAGUAAUAGGCACAUAAUGUGUAGAGUAAAUUAAUUCGAAACUUAGUUUGGAAACACAGUGUAUAAUAUGAUAACUGCUUUUGAAUUGUUCCAAAAACUUAGGAUUCAUGACCUAAUGUUAUUAAAGAUGUUAAUAGUAUCAUUAUUACUAAUUAUGAAAUAUAAUAUUUUAUUGUACACAAUGUAAAGAAUCUAAUUAUCAUACAAAUGGCAUAGGUCGAUUCAGAUGAAUUAUUUUGAUGGAAGUAUAUGUGUAUACUUCAUAAUGCAGACAUUAUAUUGGUAAACAAUGGAUGGAUAUUCUUCUGAUUGAUAUGUUGGCACUUGAAAAUUGUUUAAAAGGAACUACAAAUAUUCUAUUUGUUAUAAUUACAAUAUCGAAAUUAUAACAUUUUUUUUUUUUUAUUUUAAUAUUUUAUCAACAUGCCGAUUAAAUGUUUCACUUUUCUCAUAAAUUCAUAAUCACUGAAGUAUGACGAAUUAUCGAACUAUGAAGAUACUAACAUACGAAUAAUUUUAAAUAACAUUUGCAACUACAUUCGAUUUCGAAGAAAUGUCACUCAGUGUUAUAAAAUGUAAUCAUCCAUUUAGUAUUCAAACAUAGUUCUCACUGUAAAAUAAAUAUAUUCUACGUAUGUUCAAGGUGAUAAAAAAAAAAAAACUUAUACGGCUUUAUACAUAGGCAAACUGACUGCAUUACUGCAGUAAUAAUUUGUGUAAAUAAUGUAUUAUCACGCGAUGUUAAACAGAAAAAAAUAGCACAAAAAUCAUAGUAUACAAAGGCACGUUUAUUGAGAAUAUAUUAUAUUGUUUUCGGAUCAAAUAAUAUGAUAAAAAGAGAUUUUUUGGGGGGUUAAAGAGAGUUUGACUUUGAAUACGAGAUUAUUUUUCCAUAGCCCGUCUUAUAUAAGUGAUUCAAAAACUGAAUCUGAACCUACACGUACCUCCUGCGUAGCAAUUUUGGGUUGAAAAAAAAAAUAAUAAUAAUAAAAAAAAUCGCACGGAAAACGUUUCUCACGUAAUCGUAUCGAGUGGUGAACGCGUUGAACGUGUCCGUAAUAAUAUUAUAGAUUUCGUUAUCGGGGUGGCGGUCGGUAGCUAGGUCGGUAUAAUGCGUGUGCGUUCGUAUACGUUACUUGACGUAUCGAUUGCGUGUUGAUUACGUCGGUUAGGUACGGAGUUUAUAACGAACGCUGUUAAUUGACGUUAUAACAUUAUAGUAUUGUUAUUAUUGCAUACGAGUAUUAUGCUGUAUACACAAUACGCCCGACUGAACGAUCCGAUUAUUACCUCGAGCGACUUGCCAUGUGUGUGUCGGGAAUCUAAAGCUAUGACGAUGUCUAUCUAAAAGUGUUUUCUCUUAGCAGCAGUCACGUUGUAAUAAUUAUUAUCUUGAGAUUUAGAUUAUUAUAUCAAAGAUUAAAUGAUCUUAAUGAUGUACUGCGUAUUUCACCUCCUAUCUAUAUAAAACCAACAUGUUUUAUAUUCAUAGUUAUUUUUGGUAAAUACUUAGAUAAUACAAAUUAAAUUAUAAUAUCAUUCCUUAAAGUUUUUUUUUUUAACCACACAUUAAUCUUGGUCAUUUACAAAUAUCUCGUAAUUUACAAACACUAAAGAAAUUGAAUUUUAAUAUAUAUGUAUAUAUGCAAAAUAUUUUACAUAUAUUUAAUAUAAUAGACGGCUUCACUAGUAUCUGUGUUUUGAAUCUGAAUUGCAUAAUUUCUUUUUAAUAUAUAAUCUGUAUUAUCUUUUUACGUUACUCCCUGUUAGAGAAAAUCAAAAUACUCCCACGGUACCUCUGUCUGUUGUAAGAGAUGACAAAUUGAACGGGUUAGAAAGAUAGCUGGCGUACAAUUCUGUUAAACAAUAUGAGAAGUUUUAAACAAGACUUAAGCUGAUUGUCCCAUUUUGUAUGUACGUGGGGAUAACAGGUGAGGUGUAUGAUGUAUGCAGAUGGUUUAGUUUUAAUAGCAGAAAAUCUGGAAGAAGUUAGUAAUAGGCUUAGGAGAGUAGCAAUUGAAAGAAAGGGACUACAAAUAAGUGUAAGUAAAACAGAUAAUAUAGAGCAUAGGUUUUGAUAAAUAGAAAAAAAUACCUAACGGUACUAACGAUAUUGAGAAGUAAAAGUACCUAGGAUAUUCUGUACAAAAGAACGAUGGUUUUACGAGGAUGUAAAAUAUAAGAUUAUAGUUGUUACUAGAUACAGUGGAGAGAGGCAUCAAGAUUUUAUGGAACAAGCGAAUUACAAAGAUACAUAAUGGUAAGUUCUAAAAAAUUUUGGUGACACCAAUCAUGUUUUAUGUCUCAGAGUGUUGCUCUGUAGAGAAAAAAAUAUAACAGAGAAUGAAAGAAGUAGAUAUUAGAUGGAUGAGUAUUGAGUAGUGACGGGGAAGAUAGAAUAAAAUAUAAGUAGAUUAGAAAUAGCUUAGGUGCGGUUUCGAUAGUAGACAAUAUGAGAGAAAAUGAAUCGAGAUGGUUUGAGCAUGUAGAAAGAGGAAUCAAAAGCAGUAAUAAUUGUAAUAAAAAUAAACUUAGAAAGAGAGGAAGACCGAAAAAGAGGUUAUUAGGUGUGUCUGUGGAUGAUAUGAGAAUACCCGAUGUAAGUAAGGUAAGAGAUCAGAUCAAGUAGUAGUUUAGGAUGAAGGUGGCCGAUCUUAAAUAGUUAGGAUGAAUGUGAAGAGGAAGAAGAUUAUAUUUUUACGUUCGUUAUCUAUACUGGAAAUUAUAAUUUGUUCAUUAUCUUAUAUACAUUUAUAAUCAUUGUCUUUUGUUUAAAAUCAUAGGUGGCCCUAAGUAUUUAAUAAAAUAUGACUUGUCUAAGAAAAAUUUGAGUGGAAAUUUAUAAUUUCUAUUUAUUAAUAAUACUAAAAUUUUAUUUGAGGACAAUUUAUUGACAAUUCGUAAGUGAUAUUUGUUUAACCUUAAAAUGACAUGUAUUGUUUAUGUUGUUAUCAAUCAUAAUAUUUAUAUUUGAAACAAAAUGUAAAGAAGAUAUAUUGUGAAACGUGGUUAGAAACCUAUAAUUUGUAGUCGUCAUGUCAAAAUCAAAAUCAAAAGUUUUCAUCACUGAUAAAAUUACAUGUUUAGAAAAAUUAUUUUUAAAAUAUAAAAACGUUAUAACAAAAAAGAAAAGUAAUUCGUCCACAGACGCAAUGAAGCAAAAGACUUGAAUGCCGGUUGAAAAAAAAUGCAAUGCUUUGCACUGAAUUAUUUUUCUUAUUUGUAAAUGUAAGUAGGAUAUCUGAAAUAGCAACUCAAGUAUUUUUAUUUUAACAUAACUAAUGUAUAACAUAAUGCUGAUCGACUAAAAAAAAUAUGAAUCAAAUAAUACAUGUAGGUAGGUAAAGCCUUUACGGUAUAGGUAGUAACAUACAUAUACUUAUUUUAUAAUUGUAUAAAUUCUUGAUAUUUGCUUACUGAACACUUUUAUAUUUUAUUAGUAUCAUUGUUAUAAACGAAUGUAAAUAACUUACAUUUCAAAAAGUUUUUCUGCAUCCGGUACAUACCGUUUAAACACACGAACUAAGUAGUCGUCAAUCUAGUCAAAAAUAUCACAAAUAUCUUCUAAAUACGUACACAUAAUUGUCAAAAUAAUCAAUUAUAUUAAUUUAGGUAAUUUGUAAAAAUCUAAAUGUGAUGAUGAUAAAUAAACGGUAGUUAUAAUAGUUUUAAAUGAAAUAAUGUGAAAUAUCAAAACAGAUUACACUUGAUUCUUAUUUAAGUGUCCUCGAGAGGUAUCUUAACUUUUCCUUACUUCAGACUAACAAAUAUCUAAACAUUUUUUUAAAAUCUGUCUAUAAAUACCAGAAUAUAGGACUUAUUAAGGAUUUUAUUUUUCUCAAGAAAAACUUAGGAAAUUUUCUAAAUGAUAUUUAUAAAUACCAAUUUCUAGUUGUACUUAAAAUAAAUCUCAACAUUUUCUUUUAGUUGUUUAUGAAUUUGGUUAAUUAUCUUUGAAUAAAUAAAAAUAUUGGUGAUAUUUUCUAAUACUAAUUAUCUAAGAUAAAAAUAAUUAUCUUUUUGGUAACUAUCUUAAAAAAUAUAUUAAAAUUAUAAGUCUUUUUUUUUUUUUUUUAUGAUUUUCACUAGCCAUGACCGCUUUAAUUUGGACGAUACGUACGAUUUAUAUAAUAUAAUUAAGAAAAACAAUAAUAUUGUAAUAUCGGUAGAUUUCAAUGAUCAUGCAGUUAUCAAGCUUAUACCAUUAUUUUUACUCGAUAAUAAUAUAAAUAUUUAAUUAUCAAAUAAAUUGUAUUUUUUUAUAAAUCUGUGCAAACCAUAAAACUUUUUAAUAUAUCAUUUUAAAUGAUAUUAGUUAUUUCUUCUGAUAUUGUCUGUAUUAUGGUAAAUUUAAGAGAAAACAGUUUUUUUUUUACUAUCAUAUUAUUGCGUAAUUAAUUCGAAAGAAAAACUAAGUUAUCCUUUUGUUCAGGUAUUGUUUUAAAACGAGUGCUUAAAAUAAAAUACCAAUUAAAAAAAAUAAAUAAAAAUAAUUUUAACUAACCGAAAUGAAAAAUAAUAUUACAAAGUACAUCGCACGGGCUUUUUAACAACGGUUUUUUUAAUAUUAUUAUAGCGUUUAUUUCUAAAAAUGUUUAUGAGGAAAUUAAAUACUUUGCUGUUUCGUUUUAAACUUUCGUUUUUAAACGCAUUUAAUAUUAUUUAAAAUAAAAAUAUGACAAAAAAAAAAAGAUCAUCAAGAUAGAGAUAAAGAUAAAUAUUAAAUUGUUGAGCAUUUAAUAGCAGGACAAUUGAAAUUUAAACUAUUAAAAUUAAUUUGGAUGUGUUAAUGAUAUAAAUCAAUAGCUAUAAUAUAGUUACUUUGAAUUUUUAACUAAAUAGUAAAAAUCCAAUUUAUAAAGUUAAUUAAUAUUUUAUAGUACAGCACUUUUAUAAAUUACUGCAAAAAGCAUUUCAUAAAAAUAAUACAACAAAUAGUAGAAUAUCCCCUGUCUAACGGCUCUAAAAUCUAAAUGAUUGAGCACAGUUCUCUAACACGAUACAAAUGAUAAACAAUAAGUAAUUAUGUUUUAAAAAAAUUAUACGCAUUAUAAAAAAAAAUAAAAAGUUAAUAAUUUAUGUAAUUAUUAAUAAUUAUAUUUAAUAGGUUUUUAAUAUUCGUUAAAAAUUGAACUUUUAACUUUCAACUUUAAAACAAUAUUUGUAUCAAGGUUAAAUUAGGCUAGGUUACCUUUUUUUAAGUAUUUUUUAAUGGUUUAAACGCUUUUUUUUUGAUUUUAUACAGCAAUAAAUCUUGAGCCCUAAUAAAUAGUCAAUUAGCAAUAAUUAAAUGUAAUAUUAUUAUGAAUUUAAAAUAUUAAACAAAAACUGAUUGUUUUAAUGAUAUAUUGAGAUGUAGUUUUUUCUACAUCAAAGUGAAUAGAAAUUAUUUAUUUAUUGUUAUAUAGAUAUUUUAAAAUAUAAAAAACUCCAUAUAUUCUUGGUACCAUUGGCAGAGUACUAAAUGUUAUAAUUGUAUAGUUGGGAAGGUGAAAAGGAUAAGCAGGAUAUGUCGGGAAAAAUUUAGAUCAAUGUGAUGUGAAUGUAAGGCAAUAUAAUCUAUGGCAAUGAUAAAUCAAUAGAACCAAUUCUGAUGAAAAAUGUGCCUAUUAGUCGCGGUUUUUCCCCUGUUGCAACAUAGAAAUCAGAAAAAAAAAAUAAAAAUUUCAAAACAAUGUCCUAUAGAAGCCAAAUAAUUGAAUAAUAUAAUAACUGUUUAAACAAAUUCUCAUCCAUAAUGAUUAUUGGAGGAAUGGCAUGAAAAAAUUAAAUACUUAUAUACUAAAAAUUAGAAUUGUAAUGCAAGAAUAAAAUACCGAACUAGUGUUGAAAUUUGAGGAGAAAACUCCUGUUCAUGUUUUUGGCAAAACAUUUUAUAAAUAAACAUUUCUUGGUAUAUUUUUGCCGUGUAUCUUUUGGGAAUAACGCCAAGUCCAUAAUUAUUCGGAAGGAUAAAGAACGUCGAAAUUUAUUUUCAGAGCAAUCUAUACAUUUUCAUUGUUAAAUAGGUAUGGUUAGGUACCGGCAUUUUAUUCGAAACAAGAAUACCGAGUAAUAGUGCGUUUGUUCGUGAAUGUUAUAUUUCCUUUUGGUGAGCAGUACGACUCGAUAACAUUUAUUUUGUCCAAUACUAAUUAAUAACAUUUUAUCCAUACUUUUAACAGACUUACACUUAAUUAAUUUUUACAGCAUUUCAACAUUUUCAAGGAAAGCAAAUCAAGCGUUAAACAAACACAAUCUCAUCUUCAAGUGUUUGUUGAACGUUAAUUACGUAUCUUAAAAUUCGCAUAUUAAUUAGGUGAAUCAUUUUGAGACGUUGCCGUCGUUGUGACAGAUGGUAGUGGAUUUCUCAAAGUUUAGUAUGAGAGAAAUACUACUACUAUUUUAAAUUUAAUUUUUUAAAUAUUUUUUUUAAUUACGUUUGAAGUAAUGUUCAAUCAAAAUAAAAACUGUCGACACAUAACUAUUACAACUUAUGCAGUAGACAAUAAAGAGAGACGGACGUAAUUCGCACGGGAGUGGGCCAUUGUUAUAGUGGGGAAGUUAGGAAGAUAGUAUAUUGGUAAUUUAAUAUAUAUCUGCACUCAACGAUUAACCCUUGCUAACGAAAAAAUGAUUCUGAGCGAAUUGAAACUGUGUUGCUUUUUCAACAAUUUAUAUGUCAUAUUAUGGUAAAAUAUUUAUAUUGCAUUAUAUAUUUUCUUUUAUAAUAUUUAUUUAAUAUUGUACCUAUUUACCCGUUUUUCUACGUUUCUUGCCGUUAUUCCCAUUUAUUAGAAAAACUCCUAGGGAAAUUGAAAAAUUACCAUCCCAAAGUAAUUCUUUAGGCCGAUUUCAUUUCAGAAAAAGUGCUUCCAUAGUAAAUCGGAGAAAAAUUGAGGGUAGAAAAGUUAUCCUCAGAAAAUAUAAUAAUAACAAACAUCAUUGUAAAACCAAUACACUCCUCGCUGCACUCAGAAUCUAAAAUAUACCAUUACGUCGUUAAAUUUGAGAAUUAAAAAACAAGUUGCAUGUUGUAUUUUUAAAAAGUUAUUAUUAAAACAAAUAAUUGUUUGUUUCAAUAAUAUUACAAUUUAAAUAUUUUCUGGAGUUGUUAAACUGAAUGUCAAAUUGAGGUAUACUGAGUUCUAAUAUAAAAAUCCUGAAGAAUAUUAAUUGAGUAUAUCUGAGUUCCGUAAGUUCAAAAACGGAAAUACAAAUAUUCUUGCAUAUUUUUCUUCUCGCACAUACAUAAUUGAUUCGUAAAUAAAUCGUUUAUACUCACUUUAUCUAACACAUUUCAAUUACGGACUCAGUUUACCGGUGAUUUAUAUAGUUAUUUUUGAGCUCCAAAUGAUUUACGUGUCUUCAUAUUUUUUUAUUACUUUUCGUUUUAAAUUUCAACCGGCUGUCAAAAUCUAGUAUACAAGAAUGCUAUUGACAAUACAUAAAUUACAAAAAAAAAAAUUUAAUUUAUACAAUUUUUAUUUUAACUAAAAUGAUUGUUACGGACGGGAGUUAGAAAGUUAAUUAUACCUAUCUGUUUGAGUAAGUUAGUAGGUAAUCAAACAUAGGAAUAAUAAAAAUAAAAAUUAUUGAAAUAUGCUAAUGAGAACUCUAUUUUAAAAACGAAAAGUUUCCAAACUUUUAAAUUAAAAGUAAGGUAGGAGACUGCUCUGUAUAUAAGAAGAUAUUUUAAUGGAAUUAAAACUGUACGCUAUAAUAUCGGAGGUGAAAUAAAUCCAAAGACAGAUUUGUGUGUUGUGUUUAUCAUUUACAGCAUAGUGCAUAUUUUUGUUUUUCAAACCACGAAACCAAAAUGAAUUUGUGCAACUUUUUAUUUUUCAAUUAAAAUGAAAUAUUUAUAUUGUAUAAGGUGUAGUACAGUUGAAAAACAAAAUACAAAAACUUAACUAGUAGUAUCCGCUGAUCGCUACUAAACUUGACUAUUGAAUACUUACUUAAAAUUAUAUAAAUGAUGAAUUAUAUAUUAUGUUGAGAAAGCCUUAUUUAGGUACAAAGCACAAAAGCCUUUAAAUAAAAUGUUUUAAUUUUUUGCAAUUUUUGGUUUAAGAAAUAUUUCUAGAAAAAACAUUGUUAUUUGCUAAAAUUGAAUACGUAUACAUACUAUUGAACCAUGGCGCGUUGUAAACCAUUUGUAUUUUACGUACAAUUUUGCUUCCGUUUUCCCUAAUUAUUUUGAAAAUCCCAUUAUUUUUAACCCAUGGAAAAUCAAAAUAUGACCUCUCUAAUACACCAAUUAAGUACAAUUUUCUUUCAAAAAAGGCUUUACAUUUGAUUAAUUGGAUCAAAUUUUCUAUUCGAAAAGUUGUUUAUUGCAUUCGGAAAAUAUUUUGUUAAAAAAACACAUCAUAGUAAAACCAAUAAAUCUCUCGUUACACUUCAAAUCUAAAAUAUUAAUUAUGUAUUAGUUGAAGACGAAAUUAAUGAAUAGACUAUUAUAAUACGAAAAGGAUAGUUGAAAUUAAUUAUAGAAAGGAGCACAAAAAAGAAAAACCAUAGAGGAUGACCUAGACUAGAAUGCAUUCAAUAAUUAAUAAAAGACCAAGGAUACGGAUAAAAAAUUAAACAGAUAAUUGAGAAGAUUAACAAGAUGAUAACCAAUCUACAGAUUUAAACUGUAUAAAUAUUAUGUUACGCGGAAAAUGGUGCGGUGAAAAUGAUUGUUGUAUCUGUAAUGCGGGAAAUAUAGUUUUGGGAAUUUAUAUUUGGAUAUUGUUUUUGUCAAGUUCAAAUGGUACCAAAAAAGAAUUCACACAUUUUAUAAAACUCAUACGUGUCGGAUUCGUUCUCAAAUAUCGAUGAGAGUUCGUUGUGUAUAAAAUCGUUAUCAUUUACGACGUACCCGUCGCCAUUUUUGGAGCAUUUGGCUCGGGCAUCACGUGAUUUUUGGCAAACUUUUAAUGAACGUCGUCGUCGGUACAAACAUUGAAGCGAAUAACACAAUGCGUACUUCGAUAACAAUAGUAUAUUGGUUGUACCUACCCUUGAAAAUACGACUAAAAAUAAAUACAUUUUGGAACCAAGCUCGGCUUGGCUCGAGAUAACUCGAGAUGACUCGAGACUCCGCCUCCAUUCGAUUACAUAUAUUAUAGUAACGUGAAAUAUAUAGUGAGAUAACUAAUUUUGAUGGAAAAAAUCAACACCAUUUUAUUAUAUAGCAUGAUGGCACAAUUAUGAAUCAAGCAUUAACAAGGAAACAAAUAUUUUUGAGAGUCGAGAACUACAAAAAUGCGUUAAAACAAACUAUACAUUGAAUGAUUUAUUAGGAAUAAACGUUUAAAAUAGUUUUUCCCAUCUUAAAAGCAGAUUUUUUAUCAGUAAAUGCUUAGUGAAACAAAUAAAAAGAACGAGAUGCACGGGGAGACCCAGACUUCGAUGGGUUGAAUCGUCGAUUACAAAAACCGUAGAUCGAUGGAUCAGAAUAUAACACAAUAUAAAUAGUUAGCUGGUGUUUAAAAACAAAAUAAAUUUUAUAUGCGAGGCAUAAAAUCCAUAAUGAAAAAAAUGUAUGUAUUGUUUGGCAUUCGCUCAUUUCUUCGGCGGGCUUUAAAUCCCUGCAGUAGAAAUGCAUUCAAAUAAGAAACUUGAACUUUAAAAAAAGAUAGGUUUAAAAGCUGAUGAUCAAACGUUCACUAUUUUUUAUUUUAUUUAUCAAUGUUUAUUAUUUAAUCUGAAUACUGUUAAAAUAAAACUUAAACGAUUUCGUAAUGAUUCAAAAAAAUUCACUUAAAAUCCUCAGAAAAAAUCUCUGGUAAUCACACGAGAUCAUGUAAUCAAUCUAUAUACGCGUCAGUAAUGUUCUUACAGUUUGCUGCAUAUAAUAUUAAACAUUUUUUUAUUUUCAAUGAGAAUUACAUUGUAUUAACUUGGUUUUAAAAAUGUAUGUAAAUUUUAUAAUUUUAUAAAAUAAUAAUGCGAUUAAAAUAACGUUACAAAUAAUUGCAAAUUCACGAAGCGUAUAAUAAAAUAUUUUAAAUAAAAAAUCUAAUAUUCUUCUUUAAAUGUAUAGGUAAUGCAUACAAAAUUCUAUUAUAAAGCGAAUAAAAUAAUUGUUCUGUUCGUUUUAAACGGGCGGGUUGUCGCUUAUCUUUAACUUUUUAUUAUACAAAAUAAAAAAAAAAUAAAAUAAACUGUUAUUUUAUUUUACGAUUAACCAUUUUGCAAUUUAAAAUAAUAUUCAACAUAGUCCUAUUAGCUGAAUUUUAUUUGGACUUUUAUGAGAGCUGACGGUGUGUAAUCUAAAACAUAUAUAUGAGUUUAAACUCGAGGCGCCCGACAAAUGGAUAAUAAUAAUUAUUAUUUCAAUCGAACGGUUAUUCGGAGACGUUUAAAUGAAAGUCACGUACCCAAUCAAAAUGGCUUUCCUUCACAGAUUUUAUUUACGUUAUAUAAUAAUAUAUUAUAUGGUUUUUAUAUUUGCAAUCCUAUAGCCGUAUUAUCGCGAUGUUUCGAAUCUGAUCCGUGUACAAUAAAACGCCCUUCACCUUAUUUUAUGAUAUGCAAACAACGUAUAUAUAAGUUAAAUAAUAAGUAUAUAUUUGUGUAUUUAAAAACGUAAUUGUUUUGAUUAAAACAAAAAUCUGUUGGGCUUACCAUCAUUGUAUAUAAGCGAGGUAUUGGGAAGGUUCGGAAUAUAAGGUAAAUUUAGUUUAAUAAUAUACUGAAAACAACGAUAAAUAUGAAAUUUGUUGCAUUUUUAACAAUAGAAAAAAAAUUUUGUGAAAAACAGAUCACAAUAUAGAUAAGAAUCAAGAUAGUUGGCUAUAGUAAACGAAUAUUAUGGUCAAAUGAUGCAUUACACCUGAAGCAGUAAAUAUUAUCAAACAAAUAGACUAGAAAUACUAAAAAGAAAUAUCUGCUCAUCUGGUCUUUGAAAAUAUCGUUUUUAUACCACCAAAUAAUUCUAGAAAAUAAAAGGGUUUUCUAUAAUAUAUAAAUAUAAGUAUGUAUUCAUUUAAUAUGAAACAAUUUCCAUAAUUCACUCAGAAACAAUGUGGAAAAUAAAUAUUGUUUCCAUAAUGAAAAACGGCAUUGACUGUUUUUUCUUUUCAUUUCUACUGUUAAAUUAGUUACGGGUAGGCCACUGUUGUAUGUGAGAAAUUAUAAAGGUGAGAAAGACAAAUGUAUUUAAUUUAUAUCUGUAAACAACGAUAAAAUAGUUCUAACGAAAAACGAUUCGGAGCAAAGAUCGAUUAUAUAUAUUUUUUAAAAGGCCAUAAUAUUUACGAUUUAAAUCCGACAUUAUACUCGAUUUCUUUUUUAUUAUGUGAACAACUUUUCUACCAGAAAUCUUGUUCAAAUGUGUUAAGUAUACUAUCUUUUAUGAAAGAAAAUUUUAUUCACUUGAUACUUAAAGUAUCAAGGAAAUCAAUAUUUUGAUUUUCCAGUAGGUUUUCAUAAUAAUUGAGAAAACCCGGGAAAAUUUACGAAAUGUAAUAUUUCAAUUUUAUGUUUUUUAUUAGUUGGACAUGGACAUGGUAAAAUUUAAAAAAAUAAUUAAGCCUUUUUUUUAACUAUUUCUAGAAAUGUAUAGUUAAGAUUUUUUACGUAAUUUUUAUUUGGCUGGUACUCUUACAAAAUGUUUAGACUAAACAGAAAUGCUUGAAAAUUUAACAAGUUCAAUUUAAAUUGUUAUAAGUCAUUGUAAUUUUAAAGUUGAGAGAAAUGUAGUAUUUUUUUUUUUUUUUUUUUGAUGAAAUUUGUAAAUAUUAUAACUUUUCAAAACACGUACAACCGAACUUAUAUCCUCAUCGUUAUUUGUUAGCAAUAUUCGUUAGCAAUUCGUUAACAUGUGUAUCGUUGCGUACAGAUAUAAAUUAAAUUUCCUUCUUUACCUACCUUCCCAACUUCUCACCUACAACAGUGGUUCACCCGUAAUGUGAUAUAUACCCGUAUUUUUUUUUAAUUCCAAUUUUUGAAAUGGACAUAUUUUUACUCGUUCUGUGAAACGGGCUACAAAUUUCUUAUAUCAUGAAUUGAAUAUAUUUACUUAUUGUGUGCUUUAUAUUUAUAUACAAACCGAUCAAAUGCAUGCGUAUUCGAAUUUAUCCGUAACCGACAUCAUUUUAGGUACGUAAUAGCACGAUGACGGUGACGGUGAAAUAGUUUAAUUCAUUUCCACAAUUUUACACAGAAAGAAUAUUAAACGGUUGUAGUAAUAGUAGUAGUGUUGGAAGCCUAUAUGAAGAACACGUUGAACCGGGUUGACAAAUGGAUAUGCUGCAAUGACAUGUAGAUCUCUGUAAGCAAGACAGUCGCUAUGACGAUGACAUCCAAGUUAUACCACAAACAUCCUUAUUUUGUUUUUCUAGGCGAGACCUUAGAGCUCCAAGACCACAUUGGGUAUCUCAGCGUUGAACUUAGCUCGAAGCUCAAUUUCAAAGAGCAUAUAAAAUAAGUGCGGGAGAAGGCCAUUAAUACGACUACUGCUCUAUCAAGGAUAAUGCCGAAUACUAAAGAUCCUAAACCGGUAAAUAGGAUAUUUCUUGCGUCAGUGGUACACAGCCAGUGGCUGUAUGUAACCCCUGUGCUGUGUUCGUCGCUGGUUUUUCAAAACCACAGGCAGUUGCUAAUUGGCCCUCAGUACACAAUGGCUUUAAGGGUAGCUAGCGUCUAUAGAAUAGUAUCUACUAGAGCUAUCCUGGUAGUGGCUGGUAUUAUCCCAGUUCACUUGAUGGCACGUGGUCGAUGUGAGCUACGGCGGCUUUAAAAUAACGGAUGAGAAAAUUCUAGGAGAACAGUGAACAACAAAUAUGUGGGGCUAGUAGCAGCAAAAAUGAGAGGAGGUAUCCACCAUUUGAGCGUGGAUGAGGCGGCUAAUACCGGACGUGUGCUGCUGGCCAAGUCGUACCCAACUUGCAACGGGCUAUUACAUGACCCAGUUCUUGACGGGGCACGAUUGCUUUCAAGCCUACCUGUACAGAUUUUUGCGGAUAACAUGUGGACAUGCGUUGGGCGAUUCUGAAGAUACGUCCUUCAAUUGCGAUCGAUGGACGAGAAGACACUUGGGACUAGAGACUUAGGUGGACGAGGAAGUCACGUCAGAAUCUAUUAUAGAUAUUAUGUUAAGUAGCCGGAAUAAGUGGUAUACGUAUACAGUGGAGCAGUACAUCAUGCAUAUAAUGAGCAUAAAGACAAAGGAGGAUCAGCAGAGGCACAGCGAACAAAAUGGGCAGCCAUAGCACACGAACCGAUAGCAGAUCGUUGCCAGAGCGCUGAGCGCAACCGCUUCUAAUAUUAUUACUAAUUUUUAUCAACUAUUAUUGUUUAAUUCUUCUGUGUUGCUAUUAUUUAAAUCAUGCAUAAUGUUAAUAAACAAUGAUGGCCCGGUGGGAAAGCAGAGCAUAGGCAGUUCACCCCCGGGUCGACGAUUCAGGAUAAAAAAAAAUAAAGUAGUAGUAAUAGUAGUCAUAUUAGAAGUUUGAUUUAGGCUAAAAAAUAAAAAUAAAAGAAGUACUAUUGUACUACUGUGUUCACAUAUAUUAAUUUAUUACAUGAAAUAAUAAUAAUAUCACCGUCGAAUGAAAAAUUCUCAAAAUAACAGUGAUCGUAUAGCUCGUAUAUUCCACCGCUACCGCCACCGCGAGAUAAGACACUUAAUAUUUUUAAAGGUCUUGGUGAUUUAUAUUUUAUAAAGGGGUUUGAAAAGUUUGGUAGGGGGGGGAGGAAAUUGGGCGGAAUACAAAAAAACGAGAACGUCCGUAAUCUGUUUGAUUGAUAGCGAAUAAUGAUUGCGUAGACGUUCGUCGUCGUCACCGCCGCGCCGCCGUGCACUAGUCGCCAAAAUUAUACGAAUUUCGUUUUACACAGUUAUUUUAUUUCGUUGGUCGGUCUGCAUGUUUCGCGAUUUCUAUCUAUCUAUCUCUCUUUGUAUACGAAUGAUAACGACAGCAACAUAUUUUAUAAUAUUAUAAUAAUAUUUUGUAUAAUAAUCGAGUGUUUGUUCAUGAUUUUACAGGUAUCGUGGAUGCGAAAACGGGACUUGCAUAUACUGACGUCCAGCAUUCACACGUACACCGGCGACGGUCGAUUCGGGGUUGUACAUCCGGAAAACAGCGAACAGUGGGACCUAAAAGUAGAGUUUGUGCAAAAAAGAGAUGCCGGUAUAUACGAGUGUCAGGUGAACACUGAACCCAAGAUCAAUUUGGCUGUGCAACUGAACGUCGAAGGUAGUACGUAUAACAUCAUCAGAGCAUUGCAUUUUUGUUUACCUAGGUAUUUUUAUUUUCAAAAUCAAUGGGUUUCUAUAAGUAUAACCUAAUACCGACAAUAAGUACCUCUAUAUUCUUAUGGAAUUACAGAAAUUAGUAAAUUUCGAACUGCGAGGUGUGGCUAUUAAACAACGAGACUGGUUACGAAAAAAUGUUGUAUUAUAAAAAUUAUUCUACAUUCAAAUGCUCCCCUUCAAUAUACUCCCCUCCCCUCGCCACACACCUUUCCAUACGUUUUUUCCAUUGAUCAAAGCAGUGCUGGAAGUCUUCUUUGGUGAGGGCUUUUAGGAGCUCUGCCGUUUUUUGCUUUACCGCUUCCAUCGACUCAAAUCGGGUCCCUUUCAAUGCAGAUUUUAUCUUUAGAAACAAAAAAUGUCGCAUGGUGCCAAAUCUGGCGAGUACGGCGCGUGUUCGAGCACUGGAGUGCGCUUACCGGCCAAAUAUUGCUUCACAGAUAGCACGUUAUGGGCAGGUGCAUUGUCCUGGUGCAAAAUCCACGAGUUGUUCUUCCACAACUCGGGCCGUUUCUUACGAACUCUUUCUCGCAAUGUUGCCAAAACUGAUAAAUAGUAAAUCUUGUUGACAGUCUGACCCUCUGGAACCCAUUCAUUCAUCACGAUACCGUUAAUGUCAAAAAAAACGAUCAACAUUGCCUUAAAUUUUGAUUUGGACCUCCUUGCUUUUUUGAUUCUGGGCAAUUCAGGUGUCUUCCAAUGCAUCGAUUGUCACUUUGUUUCAACAUCGUAUUGAAAAAUCCAUGUUUCGUCUCAAGUUAUAAUGUUUUUCAUCAGUCCGGGAUCUUCUUUUAACUUUUCAAGGAAAUCUGAGCAGACCUGUUGACGCAAGAACUUUUGGUCAGGAGUCAGGUUUUUUGGCACCAACUUCGCACAGACUUUUGUCAUAUGUAAUUCCUCAUGUAAAAUUUGUCUAACCGUUUCUUUAUCGGCGUUUACAGCCUCAGCAAUCAUCCGGAUGCUCAUUCGACGAUCUGCACGCACAAUCUGGUUGAUUUUGGUCACUGUUUCCGGAGUUUAAACAGUGACAGGGCGACCUGGGCUCUGGUAAUCUUCAGUGCUCUCUCGGCCCACACUGAAGCGCUUAUACCACUCAAAAACACGUGCACGAGAUAGAGAAUUGCCUCCAUAGGCCCCUUGCAACAAUUUAUAGCACUCAGUUGGAGUUUUUUUUUAAUUUAACGAGAAAUUUGAGAUUUAUACGUUGCUCCUGUUUUUCGUCACACAUGGUUUUCGGCACGAGAAAAAAACACGUUCGUUUCAAACCCCUACUGCACAAAUACUAUAAUAGGGACGAAAACGUGUUUUGGUACGUGCAUAGAUAAGAUAUCUAGAUACUCAACGCAUUACUCGUUUUUUUCACUACCCAUCUAGGGCGCCCUCUAGGCGAGCAGUCUCGUUAUUUAAUAGCCACAUCUCGUAUAAUGGUAUAAGUUGGUACUGGUUUUUUCGCCGGUUGCCUUAUUACGAUAUUAAUAAAGGUCCUAAAAAAAAAAAGGAAAGUAACUGUAGCUACUUAUACUCUGUUGGUGUCGAAGAAUUUGCUCAGCUCUACUUUAGAUCGAUCGGUGGCCUUCCGUUGAAAAAUGACCUCACGGUAUUUAUUUAGUUGGUAUUUUUUUCUUUAUAUAUAUAUAAAUCCAUUUGUUAUUUCCGAAUCGUCGACAUUCAUACUUAAGACCAUAUAACUACACCUUCGUCUUGUUUUGUGACAUUAUCUAAACCGUCUAUAAUAUAAUUCACUUUCGCGUAUCGUCUUAGUCCAGUCCGCGAGCUUAAACUUUAUCAUCCAACGCACAUGUGCAUAAUAAAUUAUCGGUUUAUUGAAAAAUUAAUAAAUAAAUACAUGAUGUAUAAUGCAGGUAUAUAAAAACCGUUUUCGUCAAAAAAAAAAAAAAUAAAUAUUUAUAUCGAUUUAAAACAUUUCAAAGAAUUAUAACAAUAUACACUGUAAUAAUAAUAAUAAUAUUAAUAAUUCUAUACUUUAUAACGAUAAAUAUUAUUUUAUUUAACUUUUUUAUAUACUAACGUAAAUAUUUUUUGAGUUCAAAAUGUAAGCUGGAACAACCCAAAUAUACCUAUAUACUGUUGUAGUUGAUGAAAAUAGCAGCGUAAAACGUGCACAAAAGGUUAAGGAAUCACUACUUUAGACGAUAAUAUUAUGUACUAUAUUUGAGCGGGACAAAAUAAUAAUAAAAACGAACCGAACUGCAAAUAUAGUGGAGAGAGCGAUGACAAAAAGACGCGAUUAUGUGUAGCAGGUAGUAUAUUAUGUGUGUAUACUGUAUACUGUAUACGAGUAUAUGUAUUUUUUCCCUGUUGACGAAAAAGUCCAUUUUGUACCGAUUGAGAUGCACGAUAAACACGCGUUGACACGUUAUUAUUCAGUGACUUCGUCGAUAUAAAUAACGAUUUAAAUAAAUUUCACGCGUUGGUCGGAACAGCCGUGAAAUAAACUAUAUAUUAUAAUAAUACACUCGGUUCGUGGCGACGGCGACGACGACGAUAUACUAACACCAUAAGUCGGUGAUAAUAAACUAUUCCAAUAGCACGUCCAGAAAUAUUUUCGAAAUUAGAGAAAGGGGAGGGUGAGAAUAAAUUAACAAUCCAGUAAUGCCUAACCAAAAAAUUAUUUAAACAAAAUUUUAAAAAAUGUAGGUAGUAGCCAUUAUAUAGAAAAAUCGGUUGUGAUUUCGAAAAAUGUUUUAAAUUAAGUGCCUAAAAAUACAUAGCUUAGUGAAAUAAUAACUUUUUUGCAAUAUGUUUGUAAUAAUGGUUAACGUCAUAUUAGUGAUCUGAAUAAUACCCUGUGUUUCUUAAAUCGGUUACAAAAAAAAUGAGCCUUAUAGAUAAAUAAACACGCGUUAUGAGGGCCUUGUGGCCCCCUCCUUGGUAGAGUUUGAGUUACGCUCUUCUUAUAUACAAGUAUUAUUUAAAAUUACCGUGUAACACUUAUAGAACAGAUGUUAUAAAAUAAAAUACUUUUUAAAUUUUAAAAAACUGUCGAAACAAAACAAACUUUCCUACUAAUUAUAUGUUUUUAUGAUCUGUGAAAACGAUAUUUAAGUACGUAUUAAGAUUAUUAUUGCCAGGCUAAAACAUGAACGGAUCUCGUCCUUUCGAGCAAUUCAAUUUUUUAAUGUAAAAAUCAUUAUAAGGUAUACAUAAACAAAAGAUAACUUGUUUUCUUCAUCUGAAAAAAUUAAUUAUUGUAAAUUUGUAAAUUUAUUGUAUUGCCCGAAUCCCUCUGUAUUACUACUCCUAUAUCUUUAUAUCCUCUGUAUUAAACACGCUAUACUGCAUCCAGUCAGCCGUAUGCCGUAUACCCGCCGACUGUAUCCGCUAUAUCCUCUGUUUACUGGAAUACUGUAUCCUGUAUCACUUGAGGACCUGGAGCCUAGGAGCGGAACCGUGGAGCCCUGUAAAAACCGAUGUCUAAACGUUUUUACCUGUUCUCGUAUCUCAGCUAACUUCUCUUGUAUCCUUAUUCCUUCAAGAUCCUAUUACCGCAUACACUAAAUCUUCAGUAUCCUGUUCAAGGGUUGAAGCCUCUUGAGAAGAACGCACGCAAUAACUUCGACCAGCAACUCGUUUAUUGAAUAAAAUCAAGUUGAAAAUUAUUAUAUUACUGACUAAUAACCGAUUUUAAUAACAUUUAACAGAGAGACUGCAUUCUAAAAACGGACAUUGGCUAGUUUUUAUACUGGACAUAUACUUAUAUAUAAGUUUAUUUAUUGGUCUUAUAUUUCAAAAUGUAUAUCAUAUUUUUUUCAUUUCUAGUUUCCAUUAGUUGAAAGUUGAAUGUAAAUAGUUGCUUUACAUAAAAUUGUAUUGUCUAAAAUAUAUAAAACCAUCUGUGAAUAGCAUAGUUCCAUCAAUAAAGUAAAAUUUUCGGGAUAAAGAUAAAAAUAAAUUUUAUAAAAAAAGACAAGAUGACAAAGAUUUAAAAAGAAUCUUUUUUUUUUCUUCUUCACUUAAAAGUCUAUGAUUUAAGUAUACACCCUCCUUAAGUUUUUACAGUCUUCAUCAUUAUAUCUAUACAUAAGCUUAAAAUACUUUUUGCAUUCUUAUGCGUAACUCUUAGAGUUUUAAGGUUCCUUCUACUAUAUCAACCUAUCUCUACGUGGUCUGACUUGGGGUAUCUUCAAUUCCAAUUUAUAUCCUAAGACUACUCUGAUAACCUCAUCACCGCUCUUUCUCAUUGCAUGUACCAGUCUUAAUGAAUUCUUUGAUCUUUUAUGUAACUAGUAAGCGAAAAUAAAUCCAUUUGUUUUGGCAGUUCAUUAUUGAAUUUUCUUCUCCGUUCUUUGAUCUAAUAUCAUGAACUGGUCCAAAUAUCAUUUUCUGUAAUUUGUUCUCAAAGCUUCCUUUAUACUACACUUCUCGUUGUCUAAGCUUCACAUUCAUAUGUGAGUGAAUCUAGAUAUUGAUGUAUAUAAUAUCUUGAUUUAUUAAAUAUUUAAAUUUAAUUUAAAACUAUGUAUAAAAUCGUAGGUAAAAAAGCAGCCAUUUUAUCCUGGUAAAGGGGGUUUCAACCGCGGGCAUUUUGCAUUUAUUUGUAAUACAUACUUAGGGAAAAAAUCCCUUUUAUUCUAAAUUUUGAAAACAAUUCUUAGUUGCACGUAGCUCUCUUAAACGAAAAAUGAAAUGAAAUUUCAUUGAUACAAUAAUAUUUAAAAACAACAAAAGUAAUAGAUAUUAUGAUUGCGAUUACGAAAGCAUUUUUUGUUUACUUAAAUUUACUGCGGUUAACACCAAUAAUAUUCCACGUCGUACACAAUUCUUAGAAUAACACGAUAACUAACAAGGGAAUUUUCGAUUGAGUAUAUUUGUCGUUUAAUGAAAGAAAAUAAUAUUCUCUUGUUCUCUAUUAUUACUAUGCAUAAUCGAAUUCCAUAGAAAUACACCAAUAUGUACUUAUCGUAAAAACAAUACUCGUUCCAAUCAAAAUUGAAUUGUAUUGAGAAAAUAAUCGUCUUAAUAAAAUUAUAGACUGAAUUAAAAAUCAUCAUAAAUAAAAUAAACACCAGCUCGUUUUUUACCACUUACCUAAAUCAAAAGGAUCAAUUUUUUUUAUUUUAUAGUUUUCCAACUAUUAAAAGUUACAAAUUUGUUCAAUAUUAUGAUAUUUAAUAAUUGUGUACGAGUGGAUAUUGAAAACUUAAUAAAAUUCAUAUUCUAUAGACACUCAAUGCGAGUCGUCAAAAUUUAAUUUCGCAACCGAUCGAAGUAGAACACGCUAACCAAACUAUCUAAACCUAACAAUAUACCAUUGUUGUUUCAGCGGCACAAGCCAAUAUCCACGGACCCGCCGAAGUGUACGUGAAGAAGGGCAGCACCAUCAGUCUGACGUGUUCGGUGAACGUGCACUCGACGCCACCCAGUUCGGUAGUGUGGUUGCAAGGCACCAAGGUGGUGGAUUUUGACUCACCCCGUGGCCGCGGCGGCAUCAGCCUGGAGACGGAGAAAACCGAAUCGGGCACUACUAGCCGACUGCUGGUCACCAAAGCCGGAUUGUCCGACACCGGCAACUACACAUGUCAACCCAGCAAUGCCAACACGGCCACUGUGUUCGUCCACGUGCUUAACGGUAAGUGCGGUCUUAACCGUUAUCGAGGUAGAUUGGCGGCGAUGACCGAGGUUACCACGUAACCACAGCUGACAGCUCGCGUUCAUAGACAUCUAUCAUCGACAGUUAAAAGAUAUCGGUCCUCUAUUGUCUCAACAGCAUAUUUUAGCUUAUUAAUAUAUAAAUGACAUUAUAUCGCCAUCGUCGGCUCUUUAACUAACGAAAUCUAAGCAAUUUUUAUGUCCUUAGAAAUUGCCGAAAUUUAAAAUGAUUAGCGAUGAUUUUUAUUGUACAAAAAAAUUAAUCGAUUAUUCCCAUUUAUAUUACAUUUCACUAUCAGAUACUCAUUUGAAUCAAAAUUUAUAUCAAUUUUGAUUUUAAAAUUUCUUUAGACAUUUUGUUUCAUUUCAUGCUCGAUUUUGAAGUAUUUCCGAAUGCAUGUAGUUCUGACCUGAUCUGUACUGAGUAAUGUAAAUGAUUUAUGUGUUUCCAUCUAAUUCGUCUUUAAAAUAAUUAAAAACGGCCGAGAAAGAUUGACAUUUUUAAUUGACGAGUUCAGAUGUUUACACCGAAUUUUCGUACUUCAGUUGAUAACCGGUUAGGUUACGUCUAUCUGAUUUACAGUCCUAACCACGUGACGGAAGUUUGGAAAUAUCGUUAACGUUGUGUUCGAGUGGAAGUCACGUCCAAGAGUAAAUUCCGUUAUGUUUACCUUGUCAGUAUUUAUUUUGAUUUACUUUGACCCAUCUUUUUGGAUUCAAGUCAAACAUAACUGUAGUUUAGUUAGAAUUCGUUCGUUUGUUUAUUUUUUCAAUUUGUUUUUUUUUUUUUUUAAAUCCCUGAUUGAGCGUUCAUUAAUAAUUGAUAUAAUAGAUUCGCUAUCAACAUAUUAAUAGCUAGAUAUCUACAAAUAAUUACAGAUAACGUUGUUCGACAAGAUAUAUAAAUAUUUCAAAUAAUUUUUGAUGAGGGUAAAAUAUUGAAUUUUGUAAUAUUUAUAACACAGGUGGGUCAACGAAAACUUUAAAACGUCAAGUGUUCAAAUAUUAUAUUCAACUGAAAUAAAUACACUCAAGAUAACUAAAGAUUAACUUGAAUUAAAAAAAAAAAAAAAAAUCAUAAGAAUUUAGAUUCUAUCAAUGCUAUUAGUAUUAAAAAUUUAAAAAGCAAACAUGUGCAUUAAUUUUCAUUGUAAUGUUUGAAAUCACAUCGUCGGAUCAUCAUAUAUUAUAUAAUAUAAGUUAAAACCUAAAAUUUAAUCGUUGAACAACCAGAUGCUGAUAAAUCAUAGAAAAUAAAAAUUUAAAAACCACGCUGGGUAGGCACUGCGGGAAUAAGAUUAUCAUUAUUUUUAUUAUUGUCUUGUCUAAAUACUAAAUAUAAUUUCAAAUGUGCACCCAUUUGUGCAACGGAAAUUAUUAUUGGACUGGGGAAAACAACUACUGAGAUGACAGAUUUCCAUACAAAACAACAGUAAUUUUAUAAAAAAUAAUUAGGUAAUUUACUUUUUAAUCUAAAAAAUAAGCUACACAAUUAUGAUAACUUGAGAAUAAAAUAUUAACGAAUGUAAAUAAUACCUUAUUAAAAUCAAAAAUUACACGAAAAACAUAAUAUUCCAUGAUCAUAUUUGCAAGUAAAACAUUUAAUAGUUUUUGGUGAAAGCAACUAAUUUUUCUUUUGACCAUUUCUAAGAUAAAUCUAUUUAUAUGACAUUCGAGUAAAUAAUAUCAUUACAUACUAUGUUUAACAUUGUACGUUCCUAUUAACAAUUUUUUCUGGUUGUCUGAGAAGUGAAUUUGACACGUUCUGAAAUUGUAAAUCGCUAAGUGUGUCAUUUACAUUCGUUUUAUCGUGUCUGAUUGUAAAUCUCAAAAAUAAACUCCAUACCAUAGCAUUAUAUUAUACUAUUGUCAUUUAAUGUUUGAAAAUAAAAAAAUGAACAAACACCCAGAACUACGAUAGGCAAAAUACUACAGAAGAAACCAACCCUUUUUUUUUUUACAUACAUUUUAAUACUUUGUAUUUAUUUUAAUCGCGGAUAUGUUCAUUUUGCAUAUUAAUAUACGUUAUUGGAUCGGCCAUUUGUCCACUCGUUAAGUCAUAUCUAAUACUGUUACUGGAUAUUUCGAUUCUCUAUUCGUGUUAGCCUUAUAUAUAUAUAUAUACUCACUGAUUAAACUAAACAAAUUUUAUUUUUUUUUUUAAUUUUGUGUUUAAACAGUAAUUUUAUUUUAUGUCAUCGACAGAUUAUCUAACUGGGUAAUAGUUAGACUCAACAUUUUACAGAUAAAUUUCAUAGAUAAACGACCACUCAAUAAAAAAGUGAUUAGUUCCGAAUGAUUGAUUAUAUUACAUAAAUAUAUAUUAUACAUAAAAUUCUCGUAUCACGUGUAUGUUGUUACACUUUUCCGAACCGGCUUGACCGAUUUUCAUGAAAUUUUUUGUGUACAUUAAGUAGAUCUGAGAAUAGGUCAUAAAGUAUUUUUCACUCUCCUACCCACCAUCUACUAUUUUUUUAAUCGCGAUUUUAGUAUUUUCGCUUUUAUAAAUAUUUAUACACGAGCAACAUCAAACAAUUUUUUUUUUGAUUUGUGUCACCUUGGUAACAGGGAUGAAAACUAUGGUGAUGAAAUAUUAUUAGAAAUUAGUCGGAAAAUAUCAUAUGAUCAUCAAAAUCUAAGGCUUGUAGAUGAAUUGUCCUCAGAAAAAAAAAAUAAACAUCCUUGUAAAGCAAAAACAUUCCUCGCUCCAAUCAGAAUCUAAAUGAAAUAAUGGAAUUCUUACUCUAUGUUUAUAUCUUUUAUCAAAGUUAUUUAAUUUUUGUAAGAGAAAAAACCUUUUUUGGAAUCGUUAUAUUUAUUUUUCUUUAACUUUCAACAUUUACUUUGAGUUUUUUUUAACUUUUAACUUAAUUAAGUUAAUUAUUUCCAUUAACUUGCCCGUCACCGUCGCUAUACUAUAUGGUCUACCUUAUUUUAUAAGAAUCCCUCGGGAUAAAACACCGAAAACAAAAAACACAAUAACGAAAAGAUGUCCAGAAGGAUAUAAUAUCGAUGGAAACACUCGUGGAGGGAUUUAUUUUUUUUCUUUCGUUGUUUCAAACAAUAAAAAUUAGACGAUCGAAAAGAUAUAUUUCAUAUGAAUCGGUAUGUAUUGUCCAAUGACGCUGUUAAAACAUAUUUUUAUCGGACGGAUUUUGGUGGGUAAUUUUCAUCUAGUGAUCUAUUUUAGUGUUCCAAUUUGAACAACUAUGUUGUAAUAAUUUAGACGCGGUCAUAGGUAAAUAAAAGAAUAAAGAACAUUUCGGUUAUGGACACGCCAGAUGUUUGAUAGUGUGCAGCAGUUUUUCUUUCACUGACCGGAACUGUUCGAUUCAUUUUCGAGUAAACAAUCCAAAUAACGGUUAAAAUAUCCACACUUUAACAUAAAUAAUUUUGCUAAAAAUAUAUGUCCUUAUAAAACAAAAAAAAAACAAACUAUAAAACUCGAAACCAUAAAAUGGCUUUAAAUAUUUAAGUAAUUUUACUACGCUAAGGAUGAGAUCAUAUAAGUAUUCUGUGGAAAUUUCAGAUAAAUGUAUACAUUUAGAUCGGAACAAGUUUUCUGUUAGAAAAGUUGUUUACAGGUAGAAAAAACACAUACGUAUACAGUUAUAAACACGCCACUGCAUAAAUUAUUUAACCGAAUAUUAUGUGUAGAGUAAUUUGUAUGAUUUCAAUAAUUGGUAUGUUUAAAAAUGCAUAAGCAGAUUUCUGAAAAUUCAAUAGUAAAAUCUAUCGCAAAAAGUAAUUUAUUAUGAGAGUGUUAUGUUGGUUAACGUUUUUAAAUUUCGUAAAUUGUCAAACCGACAUGCAAUAUUGCCCGAAUCGACCCAAACCGUAAUUUACAGUUUUUAGCGUUUGAACUGUUUCUAUGACUUCUUAAUAUUUUCCUUUAAAAAAAAAAAAAAAAAACCAUUAGUAUACGUCACUUUUUUUCGAACUCUUCGCUUGCCGUUGACCAUACGUUGAACAUACAAAAUACAUUUUCUACGUCAUCGUACGAAUGGCGCUUUUUUUUUUUUAUGUAGAUAAAUUUUAAACCGAAAACACUAGAAAACUUUUUAAAAAUUAGUAAAUCGAAUAUUUAUUUAUGAAAAUCGAGUAAACGCGUUAGAUUCACGCGGUUAGUUCUGUAAUAAUAAAUACGGUAAAUUAUUAGCAGAUACCAGUGGUAAUAAGUUAUAUUAUUAUAAUUAUUUCAAUAAAUACAAUUUAAACGAUUAUGUUUAUUAUCAUGAGAUUUCUUGUUUGAUGUUACGUAAAUUGUUGUGUAGUGUGUUUAGGCAUAUUCUCAAUAAUUUCCCAUUACUAAACACAAAAAAAUAAUACGUAUGUGUAUAUAAAUAAAAUAAAAUAUAUAUUUAUAUAUAUACUAUAAGUACUUUAUAUAUAUUUUGCGUACUAUUUUCCUAUUUAUGAUGACACAAUUGUUUUUAGCUCUAUUCAAGAUGCUCAAAAGUUUAAGACAAAAAAAAAAAGUGGGUUAUUAUUUUAAUUUAUUUGGUAAUUCAAAGUAAUUAAAAAAACGUUUAACCGAUUUUCGCUCAGAACUGCUUUCCUCUAUAACAGUGACCCACCCAUAGUGUGAAGUAUGACCUUAUUUAUUUUUUUUAAAUUCAAUUAUAUUCUAAUCCGGCAAACUUUUUUUAUUUACAUAGAAAUAACAAUAUAAAAUUGGAAAAUUAAUGGCCAAGCGCCAACCGCACUAUAGGCCCGGUAGUCAGUAACUCUUGAAAAACUUCGAAACUCGAUUCGUAUCCGGGGAUCAAAGUUAUUCUUAUUAUACCGAGGAACGGAAAACAAAUACGUGAAUAUAAGUGAAUAUAUUAUUAUUAUUAAAAGGGCGUCUCUGUAGUAUUUUGCGUUUCUGUCUUUCUAACGACCAAUUUUUCCAAAAAUAAAUAUAUGCAAAUUAAACGAAAAGGGAUUUAAAAUAUUCUAUAAAUACAUAACACACAUUUUCAAAUUUAAAAAUGGCAAUAUUUGGCAGAAUACCUCGUCAACGUUUUACAGUAUUUUUUAAAUAUUUAACUCAUUAUCGAAGCCACAAAGAGUCAGAUUUAAAUUUUUUUAUGGAUAUACAUAUAUGCACGAAUAUAACUGAAUUUUUUACUAAGUGAUAUAUUUUAAACAAAUGAAGACAAAGCCGUCUUAAAAAUAUUGUCUUUGCAAAUAACAUUAUGGUUUUUUUUUUAUUUUUACAUUUAUCCGUCAUAGAAACGAAAACCUUAAAUUCUAACGCGGUGGCUUAUUUUAAAUAUGUCAAAUUGAAUAUAAUUGAUAUUUAUAACUCGAUGGAAACUGUUAACAAUACGCUUUUAAUCUAACAAUUGUACUCGAUUGUCGAUAAGUGGUAGCUCGUGAACCAUAUAAUUGAUGAGGCAAAUAUUUUGAAAUUUACAAGGGAUGAGAACUAUUAUACAAAAUAGAGAAACAAAAUUAAACUACCACAAACAGAAAACAUUGUGCUGUUAUGAUCAAUUAUUCUUUGUUGAUUUUAAGUUGAAGCAUUCAGUGCCUAGGUAUUAUUUUGAAAAUGUAAACAUAUUUAGUUCUUACUACUAAAUAUUUUUCUGACAUCGUUCAAUGCAAUCAUUUACUAGAUAAAACACUAAUUUUAAGAUUUUGAAUAAUAACAUUACAACAAAUUAAGGGAGCCCACCCUAAAACGAACUAAGUUUCUGAUUUCUAACAGUAUUUUUAACAAAAAACUAUAGUUUCGUAUACAGUUAGGUACUACUUAUAUUAUUAAUUUAUAUUUUUAAUAUUCUCUAGUAUGAAUGUAUAAGUUAUUCUUUUAUUUAAAAAAAUAAUGAUAAUGUCAUAAUAAUUACGAUUAUAAUAUGACAUAUUUAAAGUAAAAUAUAUAAUAAUAAUAUUUAUAACAACAACGGAAAUAUAAAGUGUCUAGAGUAAUAUUUAAAAACCUAAAAGCUCAUAUUUAAUAACCGAAUAAUCUAAGUGCUUACAUCUAUUUAAAUAAGAAAAUCGCAAAUAUGAAUUUCCAUCACUGGACCCUCGAUAUAUUUCGCUCCGAUAAUUUUAUAUGUUUACAAUAGAUUCAAAAAUGCAUAAAUAUAUAUGAUGUUAUCAGACUAUUUUUACAAUUUAAUACCCAAUUGAUAAUUGCAAUCACUUAGUUAUACUUAAAAAAAAAAAAGUAAUACUUUAAAUGAACAAAUUUAUCAUUAUAAAAUAGAGAUAAUUUUUUUCAAAACUAAUAAAACACUGGUAUACUGGUAUUAUAUGCUACAAAUAUACUACUUCAAAAAAACUAGUAGGGACGGAAUUUGAAAGUUAAAACUCACAAAAGACAAAUCCUUGAUAUUAAAAACGCUAUGUACAUGCCUAACGACAUUUAGUCUGUAGGGGUGAGUAAAGCUAAAAGACAAACUUUUUCCACAAAACCACGGUGAAAUUCACAUUGAUAUUCAUUUUAACUUCUAUAAUUUCAAUUUGUCCAAAAAACGACUGUAAUUUCCAAAUUUGAGCUCUUUUAUUCUAGAUGGAACCGCUAUAAAAGUGUACAAAUGUAGUGAGAAAAGUUUUAAACAUCACUCCUACGGAAAAUACUACAGUACAUAAAUCAAUAUAUUAUAUGGCUACAUUUUCCCCCAAAUUAUGUAGAUUAAGAAAAAAAAAAAAAAAAAUUCCACAUUGUCUUUGUAUCAAAAAUAAUGUUAUUUUUCAAUAGUAUUUUUGCUUGAAAAAAAAAUUGACAAAAGACAUGAUUAUAAAUAUUUUAUUUAAAUUCCAGCUGUGGUGUUUAUUACAAUUAUAAUCAAUAGUAACAAAAUAAAACCGAUGGUUAAUGAUUACGAUAUAAUUUUCGAAACCGUAUAGUUACCCGUUCACGGUGAAAACAUUAAGUAUUACAUUUCGGUGUCUAUAUAUUUUUUUUCUUUCCGAAAAAAACAAGAUUUCCAACCUUAGUAUAAAGACUAUAGGAACUUCACUUAAAAAACAAUAACCUCGAGGGAAAAAAUUCCCAUAAUCCAUACAAUGUCGAUUUAUAUUCAACGGUUCCCAAGAAGUAUUAUAAUAUGUAUUCUAUGUACAGGUAUGUAAAAAAAAAAAAACUGGCAGACCGUAUAUCUCCGUUCACUUAUAUGCAUAUAUAUAUAUAAUAUUCAGGUAUACACGGGAUGUAUUUGAGUAUUGUUUGAAAACGAAUAUCGUAAUAUCGAUAAGACAGAUAGUAUUUUUUUUCCAAUACAAUUUUUAUAUCUCAUUAGGAUAAGUACCUAUACAGAAUUGUAAAAGACUUUUUCUUCAGUAGAAAUACAGAUAAUAUAUCAUUUAAGAAUGCAUUGAAUAGUUACGUAUUUAAAAAAAAAAAAAAUACAGCUACUUAUGAAAAACAUUUAUAAAUACCUACUUGUAAAUACUUUUAUUUUACAUUAUACUAUUACUGAUUAAAAUAUGACACUUAGAUAGUUAACACCCAAAAAUUCAACAAGCCCCCCCCCUCACAAAAUCAAGACCUAAUCAAUUAUUUACCAAUUAUUUACUUGAUCAGAACUUGAUACUAAGUAUAUCUAAUAUAUCGAAUAAACAAUAUUUUUGCUUUUUAUACCUGUCCAUAUUAUCUCAUAAUAAGUAAAGUCGUUAAUACUCAGUUUAAAACUUAUAUUUAAGUGAUAUGUUGAAUUACUACCGAAAAUUAACGAUGAUUAAACAAUUUUUUUUUUUUGUUGAUUUCUAAAAAAUAAAUCUUAAAUUUGAUAAUCAACGGUUAUUCUGGUUAGUUGAAUAACUUUGAAUUUUAUAAAUUUAAAAUAUUAUACACAUCUCUAGAAAAAUUAUUUUAAUUAUAAACCGUAAUACCCAAAUAAUUACAAUAUGUAUGUAUACGUAUAACAAGUUAGAGUUAGUAACACAACAUAAAUAUUUACAAAUAUUUUUAAAAAUUAACAUAGGCGUAUAUGAAUAUUGAAUAUAAUAGACAAAAUAGAUUGUAUGGGAUAAAUUUAAUUGUUAUAGCUCUGAGAUAUAUGGAACUAUAAAAUUAAUAGCCAGGUUUUAUAUCAAGUGCAUCCUUAUUGGAUGUGUUGCUAUAUGAAAGAUCUUUUGUAUCGACAUUCGUAGGAAAGAGUAGCAUGUCGUUUCCAUGUAUAUAUUAUGUGAUUACACCAUCCAUGGUCUGUCCACAAACGAUUUCAAUUCACCCAAUUUUUCUUGAAAGAUCUAAUUUUUGUUGCGCUUGGUCAUUGGACUGGUAACAAUAUUAUGUUCAUCAGGGUUUUCUAAUAUUCAAUCUAUAUGCCAUUUGAAAUUUCCUUCAAAGUUUUCUUGUAAUAACUCUUUUACGGUUAACCAAGGUGAUUUACGAAAAUUAAGUCCCAGUCUUCACCCAAUUGUUAUCAAACCCACAUGGCUCGGAAAGUUCAUCUUAUUGGUGAUCUUAAUCGACUCGUGGAUGGGGACUUGUUCUUUUCGGAUCUUUGGGGGAACGAUGUUACUUAGUACUGGUAACCAUUUUAAAAGGAUAGAGUUUAAUGUUCCUCCUAUAAUCCUCAUCGCUGAGUUGAAUUGGGCAUCCAGUUUAUUAGUGUGCACCUUGUUUAUCUACACAGUCGAACAGUAUUCCGCUGCCAAAUAUACCAGUGCCAGCGUACUUAUAAACAAUGUAUUUGUAUCUGCUCCUACUCAAUCUAGCAAUUAUACUGUGACAAUUCUUUAUUUUCUUAACUUUUCUUAACUUAAUUAGAUGUCCCUUUCGGUCUAGCGCUACUCCUAAAUAUGUAUGGUAGGAAAUAUUUUUUACUAUCCGAUUUCCAAACUGUAACUGUAUGUCUUGAUUUGUUCUUCUUUUAUUUAGGUGAACGAGGUUAUAUAUAUAUAUAUAUAUACAUUAAAGUUUGACAAUUUGAAAUUGGAACUUAUAAAUUUAAAUUUUGAGUCUAUACUUGUAUAGUAACGUUAAAAACGGAGAGAAGUAAUUUAAAAUAUAAGGAAAACAAUGUUUAAAAUAUAAUAGAAGUAUUUGAAAUAUUAUGUUUUUAAGUAGAUAAAAAUGUAUAAACGUUUUAACUCAAAACUAAUGCUCGACAAUUCGACAAAAGAUUAAUUAUAAUAAGUUGUACUUAGAGGUGAAAACAAAAAUGUUGAUCAUUAUGCGGUCGUUGUUCAAAAUAUUUCGAUGGAAAUUAUAAAAAUCAUGACAUUUCUUAUAUUAUUUUCGAACUAGUAUAUUUAAAACGUGUUUGUUCCUACAAAAAUGCCGGUGUGUAGAAUAAAAUAUUAUAUUGUGCCACAUUAUUACGUCGGGUUUGUUGUUUUCUCGGUUAAGCGAGAAAUAAAAGACCGUCAAAACGUGGAGGUUUUACCAAAUGUUACGAAAUAUACAUUAGCUAGACAUUUGGUAUUUUCUGGCUUUCUAUCUUUUUUUAUUCAAGUUGUUUUUGUUUUUUGUUCUUUUUUAGGUGAACAUCCCGCCGCCAUGCAACACGGUGAACACGGUGCUGGGUCCAAAUUGGCCGCUUGGUCUUGGACACUGACGAUGGCCGCGUUCGCUCUGUCUUACAGAUGAUAUUGUUAAACACACUGUGGUUACGAAUGCUCACAUAUAUAU